CACAGCCAGAGUGCGCGGAGAUGUACUAACACAUCCUUACAGGGAAGCAAGUUCAGCACCACACCGGCUCCUAGCUCUCCCCGCAGGGCUCUCUCCCAUUCCCCCUGAGUGCAGUCACCGCACAGUCCCUGGUUGACAGCGUUCUUGGUAUCUGUGGCUGCAUUGCACCUUGUGUGUCUGUCUCUCCGGGUGUUCUUUGUCUCUGGAAUGGAGAAGUAUUUGCCCCAGCUGCUGGCUGAGAAAGACGCCCUGGAUCCCUCAUUCACUCAUGCUAUCAGGAUGGUCAAUGAAGGUGAGGAGCUGACAGUGAGUUUAAUGCUGUACCCAGGGAACCCCCAAAUCCCUCCUGCACCCACAUUAUUACUAGGUAAUAGUGUGCAUUCUGUGUGUAUGUAUGGACAAGGAAUUGAUUGCCUUUUCAUCUGGUGCUGAAAUACUUUUAAUUUCUGGAUAUCUAGACUGUCUAUUUAUACUGAGUAUUUUUUCCCUGCUUUUGUUCCCUGGAUUUGAGCAUUAUGUGCAGUUUAAUCAGACCAGAUGCAGCAUUCUUCAUUAUUUUUUUUAUUUUAUUUGUAUUUUUUUUUUUUUUUUGUAUGUGACAGUAACCUUGGUUUGUGAGAUUCCAUAGAAUUCUGUGAUUUUUACUGCUGGUCUUGACAGCUCUAACUGAUCUCAAAACCUCUUUUAACAUGUGCUCCUGUUGACUGGGGAGUAUUUAAUUUCCCAUUAGUCUGUACAGGUAGAUUCUGGAGAAAUCAGAUUUCCUGCCCUUCUAGGGGGCUUUAAUUUGGGAAGAUUCUGCUUUGCAAGUUCCUUAUUCUAACUGCAAAGACUAGGCUGCAGUUAAAAAAUCUUUCAUAUCUCUGCAGAAAAUGAUAAUCUAAAACUUUUUUUAUUUCUCUGAUGAUACAGACUAGUUCUCUUGCUUAUAUUUAAAUACUUGCUGAAAUAGGGUGGUAUUAAUACUGUUUUUUUUUUUUUUGUUUUUUAUAUAUAUAUAUAUAUAUAUAUAUAUAUAUAUAUAUAUAUAUAUAUAUAUAUAUAUUUGCUCUGUGCUUUGGAUGUCAUUUUAGCCUGUCUCUUGUAUUACAUUGUGUUUACAUUAUCUUACAAUAUUUUAUGAUUUAAAAAAUUUUUUUUUUUUUAUGAAGGACUUAACUAGUACUUGGUAGCUCUGCAUGAUGGGACUAGAAGUCUUUAAUUCUGACUCUCCCAGUAAUAGGUGUCUGUUACCUUAAUUUACUAUAACUUUGAUGUGUGAGAGUCAUGCCAGAUUUGAUGGAUUGCCAUUUGAAGCAUAUUAGACUUGGGGUAUUUUUUGAUUCAUCCCACCCUGUGGCUGCUUUUCUGGCAGGUUCAGCUUCCUUUCUCGUGAGUAAACAUUUUUGAAUGUAUUUUCUUGAAACUUGGCUAGCAAUCAGGCCAUCUAUAAGCUGUUUUAAUGAACAGCUUGAGGUUUCAGACUGUGCAAUGUUACCCUACAAUUAUUCUAUUUAAGACUGCUGUGGUGUGUAGUGUUUAACUCUUUAUGUGCCAGGAUAUUCAAAGAACCAUUCUUUGCUCACAAUUCAAACCCAAUAGAUGAGCACCUUAACAGAGCUGUCCAAAGCAUUGUCUGCAGAUCAUGUUUGGUUUUCACCCCAUUACGGCUAAUUACUGCUGCUGGUGGCUUUGUUAGUAAUUGCUUCAUUAUUCACAAGGUCCUCGGGCAUUUUGACUGUACAGAUGUAAAGACAUGAAGGAGAUAUUUAAUGUAACGCCAGGCUUGUUAUUGUAUGGCCCCCUUUGGUGAGGAGCAUUUGGUGUUGCAUGUGCAAUGCGUGCACACUCAGCCCCUAGAGGCAAUGCUGCAACAACAGAAGUGCGUUUUAUUAAUUCUGAACCUUCUUGGGGGCACGCAUCUUGGGGGAAAAUGUAAUAUUUCACUUCAUUCACUCAUCCAUUCUGUAAAUGCAAUCACUGCGUUCAAUUCAGUCGCAUUCUGAAACCUUGACUCUAAAUAUAUAUGGUUUUUAAGUAAUUGGGGAUAAAACAUCCUUCUAGUUAUUUAUCAUGUUAAUUAUUGAAGAUAGAUGAAAUGGGCAAAGACAAAUUGAGUUGCUAUUUGUUUGUAAUAUUACACUUAAAAAAAAAAAAAUAUAUAUAAUUUGUUUUUUUUUUUCCAUGAAUAAUUGUAAGAGUUUCUGACAAGUGACAAGAUGAGAGCCUGUUUUGCUAGAGAUUCCUUAUGUGCCAUCUUGUAUUUUGCUCUGUCUGACGCCUGUCUUUCUUGACAUGCUCAUCACUAGAGGUUUCUCACAAAUUGGCAAGAUUAAAAUGGAAUUUGUUGCAUAAUUCACACAACCUGACUCCUUCUGCAUUGGGAUUAAGUGUUCUGCACUCAGAUUCCUGUACAACACCAGUGAGAAUGCAGCUGAGCCCAGAGCUACGUAAGGGAGUCCAUUAGGCGUUAAGACCAAUAAUCUGAUAGAAGCUGGAUAUAGCAAUUCAUGGUUUAUUUUUAUUUUAUUUUUUUAGUUUACUCCUUUUUCAAAGAUGAGGUCUUUGGUCACAAAUGUUGCAAACUGAGCUGUGCACAACAAUUGUGUGUGUGUGUGUGUGUGUGUGUGUGGUGGAGUCUGUUAACUAAACCAAAUAUUGCAGAUAAUUUUGCAAGAGUAUUGUAAUGUUUCUGGCAAAACGGCUGAUCUAGGCAAUUUAUCAGGUUUUCUAUUUUGUCCUAUGAUUUGUGCCCCCCCCCUUUGUGUUUUGUUUUGUUGCACUUCUUUAGGUAAAUAACUCCCUCUGCAUCUACACCUACAAUUCCAUGUUUUUUUUUUUUUGUUUGUUUGUUUUUGUUCUCAUCCAAAGUACACUUUGAGUCUACUGAUCUCAAGGAAACUUUAAGAAAUAAAACCACAAUUGCCUUAUGGUUGUAGGAUAUAUUUCUCAGAUCCGGAUUAUACAAGGAUUUCCAGGUCCACAGAAUGUAAAGUAUCAAAUGUAUGCUUCAAUCCAUGCGUUCCAUUAGUUACUUGAUUCUGUGCUUCUUGCUUGUUGAAGAUUUCAAACAUUAAGUUUAACAAGACCUGUUUUAAGAGACAAGAAUAACAGACUACACAAAGCUGUGCUCAUUGCUGACCCUUAGCAGUCAGUCUUCUCCACUCUACUGCACAGCCUAAAUCUGUGGUCCCUGGAGAGAUUUUGUGUGCAUGAAGAUAAACACCAUUCCUGGGCUAGCGUUAAACACAAACUCUUGGCGAACAAUAUUUGAGGUGCCAUGCUUACAUUUUAUGGUGGUUCCUGUAACUGGGGAGAUCGAUCUAUUGAUCUUGCCUCACAUGACUUGUCAAUGUCCUCGUAAUCAAGUUUUCUAUUGUAUCUGAAAAAUUUGAAUUUACAGUUGCUCAUUUUUUUUCUGUAGCUUGUAUUAAUCAUUAUUACUUUCAUUUUCUCUUUUUUGCCAUUUUUAGGGUGAGUUUAACCUCUAAUAACAUCUUCUCUUUUCCUCAUAUUAAGAACUCUAAAUGAAGGUAUUUCUGGAGCUUACACCCUCGAUAAAAUAAUCAAUGUACCACAACCACAUUGUGCAGUAUUAGAAUCUAUUGAUUAACAAUAGGGCUGACAAGCCUAUGUAAUAAUGCAUUAGAAUGCAUACUUUCAGAAGUAUAAUGUGGUCCUACACUUGGAAUCUGUCCCUUCACACAUCUUUUAAAGUCCAUCAAUUUCAAUAUUUCAUUCACUACCACUCAAAAAAGAAAUCUUUUGAAAACAUUUCCAAUUGUGCCUCAGUUGCGUCCUUCAGGAAUUUCUAGUGGCCCAACAACUGGUUAUCGGUAUCUUACAUUAUACAUCUGCAUGGUGUUCUUUGCUAAAGCUAUAUAUCUAGCUAUUUUUUAAUGGCACUCAGUGAUAUUUACUAAAGGGAGAAUUUAAAGCAAGGAUUUGCAUGGGUAAAAAAAUUGGCUCGGAAAUUCGUGUGUGUGUAUAUGUCUGUCUGUCUGUCUGCUUCGGACAUUCGCAAGCGUCCGAAUGGCAUGAAAUACAUACGAAACAAAUCGUACAUGUCUAAUUCAAAGUGAUUUUUUUUUUUUCCCAUUUCACCUAUUAUGGCAUUAAAUUUGAAAUUCACUUUGAAUUUUCACCUGGUACAUAACACUGUUAAUUUUUAUAGAAAGCCAUCUUGUUUUGUUUGCUCUAAAAAAAAAAAAAAAAAAAAAAAAAAAGAUUUUACCAACUGCAAUUUAUUUUAUUUUUUUGAUUCAGUGGAUGACCUUUGUACAGUUUUGAGAUCUAUCUAGUGAAAUGCUCUCAUACUUGGCUUUAAUUUGUAAACUUGUAGAAUAUACCAGAGGCAAUGGUUUGCCUGUGCUCAUUGUUAAGUGGUUGUGUGUAGGCGUUAAUCCGCCUACAUGAAGUGGGUCAACUUUUUAUUUUCUUUCUUUUUUUUUUAAUAUAAAAACAACUGUUCAAUCUUCUUCUUUGGAGCUGAAGCGGGUUUACAGUCAGUCCCAUUUUUGGAAUAGAUAGGAUUCUAAACUAAAAACAAACAUCAGUCAUCAAUGUUUUGGUUACCUGCCGUUCACUUUCAAUGUAACAAGUUUCUUCUGUAUAUGUACUGUUGUCAUGGCUUUUAUAUUCAGGAUUCAGUUUGAGACUUGCUUCUCGUGGGAAGAGCAGUGAUAACAUAGCACAACAAAUGACUGAUUAGCACUUAAUGUUGAGAAUGCUAUUUAUUUAAACUAGUUUUGUCAAUGAGCAAUGCUAGGAAAGUCCUUUUAUAUUGCAAUAAUGUAAAAUGUGGUCAUUUUUAGGUUGCAAGUGUGAGAUCUAGUGUGGAUCUAUAACACAAGCAUAUGACAAAACUUUGGUUAUAGUCCUGUAAUGUCACUUGUAUUUCCAAAAUCUGUCUUGUCUCACACCAAAUGCUCAUGACAACUAUACAUCUACGAUAUCACCAAAUGUUGUUGUUGUUGUUGUCUUGCCUGCCAGCCCCUUUGUUGUUGAACAUUUUAUUUAAAAAACAAAAACAAAAAAAAAACUUUAGUUUGUUCAUUGACUCCUAACAUGUCAGUAUUUUCCUGGUUACUUAUGACAAGACGUCAAUGCCUCUUGAAUUCAUUAAUUAUGUUUGCAUUCAAUUUGUGUGUGUGUGUGUGUGUGUGUGUGUGUGUGCGCAUGUGUGUGCGCUCUGUACAUGAGUCCAGAAAAAUCUAAAAAUAAAAAGCAAAACUGUUGCAUGGAUUAACUUGUAUAACAGCCAUAAUGUCCAGAUCUUGGUUUUUGACCUAUUCAGGGUUCCAUCAAGUGACUACAUUUAAGGUGGCCACUUGUUCCUGUCUUAUCUUGGAAGCUUAAUAAAAUGUCUGCUACAGAGACAAGUGUUUUAACUAUAUGACUAGAAUAGAUGUAUGCCAUAUUUCUCAAUAAAUAGAAACACUGUUCAAAGCUGCAGAUGGUUAAUUUCCUCACACAGUAAAGCACAUUUUUAUCUGUCGUUCAAACCACUCUAAUUGACUGCAGAGUUCGGUCUCCAGCCAAAUAUCAAACUAUUGGAACAAUGUUCUGGCGUUACGCUUUUAGUGCUUAGUGACAAACCAAAAAAUUUAAUAUAAUAAACAAUUAAAAAAUUAACUGAUAUUGUAGAAAUCAGACAUAUGGUAGUAUGCCCGCACGCAAUCCAAAUCUCAAUGAUGUCUUCUGCUCUCAGUCAAGUCACAAAGGGUUGAAGUGAUAUUUUAAAAGCGACUUUAAUAUAGAGGUUAGAAAAGCUAUCAACUUUGCUUUUGCUGCAAGAGUGAACAUAUUUAGCUUCAGAGUACCCCUUUCCAAAACAUUCUGCCUCCAAAUAUAUCAUUUUAUGAACUUUUACAAUAUGUGCUUUUGGCCUCAAAACUAAAGUGUCUAAAAUUACAGACUCUCUGCAGGACUGGACCGGUCUGCCCCUUCUGUUGUUGACAUACGAAAUGCCAUGAUCACAAACUAACUUCUAUGAGAUUAUGGUCAUCACUUUAAUUCAACAGUUUGAACGUUUCUUGGGUUCAGCACCAUGCUUGGGCAAUAUGCUCGACGUUGGAAUGAUGGAAUGUAUUGCAUCAACCAUUUUUUUGUUUUUUUUUUUGUUUUUGUUUCUGUUUUCACAGGCAGGGCUAUUCCUUCACUGAUGGCUUGAACUAAACAUGCAUACAGCUGUUUUUACUAAUGAAUUUUUAACAAAUGAUGUUGAGUCAAAAAAACAAGAUUAUGCUGCCAUAGGCGGCAGCAAUUAUUCAUUCCCAUGAUAAUUUAUAAAUAUUUGUUUUGACUCGAGCAUUUAUCAUGGAAUUUCCAUUUUUCUAUGCAUAGCCAUUUUAACUGUUUACACUGUAAAAUGAAUUGCCUCUAAAAUUAAAGUUGACCUGUCGGUGAAAAUGUGCAUAAAGUUAAUAAUGAACUUCAUAAUUUAUGUAUAGGUUUUAUAAAAUAAUCUCUCUCUCCGCCAGGAGUAGUAAACCUUCCCAAAAUGAUCCUGGCAAAGCAUCAGGGGAGAUGUAAUCUGCAACACCCGAAGUGCUAUAGUUCGCCUAAACCUUCUCUGUGCUAACCAAUAGGUGAACUGAAGGAACUUGUGGGAGUGCACGGUUUGCAUUGAUGAAUAUCCUAAUGACCAGCAUUGUUAAUGUUUAUAUGGCAGCAAUGUAUAUACUAAAAUCAUCCUGGGAUACAAUCACAUUUUUACCCUUACUAAAAAUAUGGCCUGCUUAAUUUAGAGAUUAAACUGUGUCCUCUUUAAAGAGCCACCAACUACAUGAAUUUAUUUAUUUAUUUUUUUUUUAUUGGGGUUUUUUUUUUUUUUGGAAAGAUAAAGGGACUUAGUUAAUUUAGUAUAAUUCUGUCUGCAUCAUAAACAAAGUAUGUGGGUGUGAAUGAGGCCAGUCACCAUGAUUUGAGACUUGCUAGAGUCAAAAGGCACUUUCACCCUCUAAAGACCCAAAACCUUAAACUAUAUAAUGGGAACUUGUGCGCAUAGCCCAUUGGCAUUCGUUAACAUUAAGUUCAUUGAGGAAAUCUCAAGCAUAAGUGGCAUUACUAGAUGCAUGUGGAUAAUUGUUUUAUGUAUAUUUGAAGUUCUGUCCAGGCAUAUCUACUUUAUGUUCUACCCUAGAAUACAUCAGAGGUCGGCGAAGGUGUGCGGAAUUGUCACUUUUGUUUCAUGAAGAGUAAUGGUAGAUGAGAUCUCUUGAAAGGUUUGUGUUUUAUAUAAUAUAUACUUCAGUCUGUAUGUUGAAAGAACACUUCAAACAGCUGAAGCACCUUCAAUUUGCUGAAGUGUAUUGGGGGUUAACCAUAUCCCUUUUUCUUAGUUUAUGGAGGUGUUAAUUUGCAGAGAAAUGUUUUAUAAAGCACCCAGCUGGCAGAUCUCCAGGAAGGUGCUGUUUCUCCCGUGCUUUGAGUGUUCACUUAAAGGAACGCUAUCGUGUCUAACUAUUUAGGUCCCCAACCCCCUCUGAUAGCCGUACAAAGGUGUUUGAACUCACUUUUUUCCUACGUUGUGCCGGUCUUGCUUCCAUGGCUGGCUGAGAUAAUCCAUCUUGAUGAGCCCAUCCAAUCCAGUGGUUUCCCAUAGGACUGCAUUGGGAGGCUAUUGAGAAUUCAUGGCGAAACACGCCAUUCCAAUCAGCAUCUCCUCAUGAAUCAGUGCAUCUGUAUGGGAAGCGUUUAGUGUCACCAUCCAGAGCUUUGGAGAUGCCGAAUGUAGGUGCUGCACACUGUGCAGUAAUGAGCCCAGAAGCACCUCUAAUGGCCAUCUGAAUGACUGACUGCAAUUAGGUGUUACUAGCCAGCAAUGUAAACACUGCAUUUUCUCUGGCAAUUUAAAUUAUCAGCCCCAUGUCAAAAUUGGCAAUUAUUUUUUGACUCCAAAAUGUCACUGAUUUAUUUCUAUCCAUUGGAUCAACAAUCGGUUACUGCACCUAUCCAUGGAGUUUUUUUUAAAUAAAAUUAACAAGGGAUUUUUAUAUAUGCACUAUUUUAGGUUCCCAAAUAUCUGUUAAGUGAUAAUGCACAUUUUUACCUAGGUUGUUGCUUACAACAAUACACAAAUCCUUGCUGUAUUGUGUUAUGUAACUAUGUCCCAUAUAGGGUGUAGGUUGCUUAUGAUUUCCUUAUAUCCCAAAUGCGUAACUUUGCAUUUAUAUACAUUGUAUCUUGUCUUCUCUGUAAAUGUUUAUCCAGAUCAUGCUGUAGUGACAUGCUUAUUACAUUACCAAGUUUUGUCAUCUGCAAACACUGAUAUGAGACUUUUUUUUUUUUUUUCUUUUUCAAUGCCCAUUACAAAAUCAUCAAACAGAUUAAAGAGAAGUGGAUCCAGAACAGAAUUUAAUACUUUUGUCCAUCUUGAAUAUUUUAUUAUCUGUACCCUUGCGCAAGGGAAUCUUAAAUGCAAGAACAAGGAAGCUCCAUAAAAAUGAAUAACUAUUUUUUUAAUUGGUACAGUAACAUUUUGGGUGGAAUUCCAUCAAAUGAAAGUGCAGAAACAGAGUAGAUCAAUUCUUCUGCAACACUCUGAUCUAUACUUCAUGUGACUUCUUCAUGGCAUGUACUUAGAUUGUAUAAUGCUCACUGUGUAUAGUGUAUAGAAGGGGUGCCCAAAAGGUAGAUCCACAGAUGUUGUUGGACUAAAACUCCCAUGAUCCUUUGGAAUGCUUUUAAAAUGGCAAAGCAUCAUGGAAGGUGUAUUUUUAAGACCUCUGUAGAGCUACCCUUUGGGCACCCAUGAUGUAUAGUCACUAGCUUCCCCCACACCUCCCCAUUUGCCUCCAGCUGCAUGCAUAUUAUACAUUGCAGUAUAGAUGAUUGGAUACAAGCCUGUAUAUAUGUAAUACUGAGUUUGCAAUAACUUUUGAGCAUAUUUAUACCACAAAUGAUCAUUUUAAAUCUUUCUACAGAUUAGGGAGUCGAUUAAUUCCCAAGUAUUGCUAGAUAAGUCAAUUCCUCUUUUUUUGCCUUUGUUAAACCCAGACUAUGCCUAUUAUCGGUUUUCUAGAAACCUCUAGGCUGCUGUGAGCACUUUUAAAUUAGAAAGCUCUAUAAAGUACUUUACUAAAGGUUUCAUUAAUCAGGUUGUAGAAUUCUACUGCACUGCCUUUGAAAUAAGGCUCUUUUUUUUUUUUUUCUUUUUUUUUUUUCUCACCGGUGUGCACAGCAGUGUGCACGAAGAAUGCGUCAGAAAAAGGAAAUUAAAAUCUUCUUGAAAAUGAGUCUUUAUUUCCAAGAGAUGUCAAUGAUAUUAAUGACAUUGUACUGGAUUGGCAAUAAGAAGAAAUACUUUAGCUUGAGAGUUGAGUAAUAUUAUUUAAAUUGCUGAAUUUAACAUUUUAAAUACACAAAACAAUAUUGUGACGAAUCAUUGAAUGCACUUAGCUGGACUAUUCCACAAUGUGUGCAUUCAUUUUGAUGUUCAAAUAAGAAUUAGGUCUCAAUUGACGUGGUUUGAAUCAGAAAUGAUUCCAUUCUAUUAAAAGAGGGGGGAGGUGCUUUUAUCUGUAGAUCUCGUUAAAAUCUACAAGAAUUUUUAUAAUGGAAGCCUGGAUAUGGUAGUCAAAACUCCAUAUUAAAACUAUAAAACUAAGGAAAAUAACCAUUGUUAAAAACCCUAACACGCCACAGUCAUCCCAUGCUGUGUGGGAAAGCAAUAUAUAAUAAAAUCAAAUGGUCUCACCACCCCAAUAAAAUCAAACUGUACUGCAAAUAAGUUUAUACAAAAAAGUCUCUUUCUAAGUUACCUACUGUGCUGUAUAGUGGGUAUCUCGUAUAAUCAAGUUAAAGUUCCAUUUCCAGUGGAAAUAAUCUGAUGGCUUCUGGAUGUAAAUGUGCGUCCAAUACAAUCUUGCGGCACAUCAUCACAAUGUCCCUUCUGUCCUUAGCUCCAUAGAGAUGAUACCUUCCUCAGGAAGUGGAAAUCAUCCCAGUCUGCUUUAUCUUAAUCCACCUGAAGUGUGGACAACUGCACACGAUGCCUCUAUAUUUAAAAUUGGCAAAAAAUGUUUAUUGGUUGCAUGUUCAUAUGUGAUGUAUUCUGUGAUACAUUGUGUUAUCUUAUUUUGAUAUGUUCUCGAGAUAUACCAGCUGUUAUUAAACUUUUGUACACUGUUGGUAUUUAAUUCCAGAGUAGAUGUCUUUCAAUCACCUUUAUUGUUAUUUGUGGAGAGAACAUAAAUUAUUUUCAGGGUUAAAUUUCAGAUUGUCGCUCAUCACAUGUAUGUUGCUGCCUAGAUAAAAAUGUUCAUUGGAAUUAAUCUGUAUUAUCUUUUAUCUAUUAUUGGACUAUAUACAGUGAGAAAUAGGUGGUAACAAUACUUGACCAUCUAUGACAACAUAAAUCUAUCAGUAAGAUAUAACUAUAAAUUAUACACCUAUAUAGCAUGAUAUAUUAACAACCAGUAAAAUUGAUUAGGAGAGAUUCCAGACAAUAUCCAAAAGGCAAAUGUAUAUUACAAUUUAAACAUACACAAUCUAGCUUUAUGUUUUUUUAAUAAAAUAAUAUGAACAUUUAUUUUAGUUAAUCAAUUUACUCAAUUCCAUAAUUUUUUUUUUUUUUCUCCCCUCCAUGCAUUUUAAUUUGCUUAAAUAGCUCUAUAAAAUAAGUGGGAUGGAUUCUACUCCAAAAAUACUGAAAUACUAUUAUUGAAAUACAAUUCAUAGAUCUCCUUUUGGAUAUUGCCUAUGUAUCCUGCCAUUAAACUUUUAAAGGGAUACUGUAAGUCUGUAAGUGCCAGGAACACAAAGCUGGUUCCCUGGCAAUAUAGCUCUCUUCUACAAAUGUAUCCUUCUAACUUUAUAAAAAAAAAAUAAAAAAUGCUCAACCGCUCAACAACCUUAUUCAUGGGAAAUUAUGGUGUACAAACUAUUUAUAUUCAAUGUUAAAAGUAUACUAAAUUCAACUUGAAAUUAUUUUAAAACAUUUAGCAAUUGAGUAGAAACCUUCAAAUUAAACCAAUGUUUGUAAAAUGUUGUCUAUAUAUUAUGAAAAAAGACUUAAGUGAUCCGAUCCCUGAUCCUAUCUGUAUCCCUGCGUCCUGGGGAAUUUGAGGAUCUGAUAUAAAAUUUAAAAGAAUAUUGGAUCAGCAUUCCAUUAUUUUAUAUUGUAUCCAAAUUAAGAAUCUUUUUGGUUUUUAAGGUGCGUGACUUUUUUUUUUUUUCUUCUCUAAAAACACCAUAGACACAACUGGAUAAUUCCUAAAUCCCAGACUGGUAGGGGUGCCUGACAACUGGUUUGGAAACCACUGGAGUAAAGAAUAUAACAAAAAGUAACCAAUUAAAAAAAAAAUAAAAAAAAAAUAUUUGAACCCAAUAAUCAGGCCAUGCACAAGUCUAUAAGGCUCUUUUGAGGAAGACUUUGUGUUAAAAUUUGUUGUGCAACUGUGUACUUUUCCUUCAUGAUUACUUGCAUUGGAACCCAAUCUCCAAUAUUGAUAAGGAAGGUAAUUUGUGUUUUUAAAGGAAUGUGUACAAAGGUACCAUGAUUUGCUCAAUUUUACUUCUAUUUCAGAGGUAUUCCUUUUGCAGUUUAAAGGAAAGGAGCCAUCAUUACUUUACCGGAAAUUUGCUAUAUUAUUCUGUAUGAGUGUGCUGCAUUCUAUGGCUCAGAUAAAUGUGAAUUUAAAACUACAUGACCAUUAGCUGCAUUAAAGCUCUUCUUUUGUAAGACUGCAUAGCACACCCCAACGUCUGGGGGGAUUGUUUUAAAAAUAAAAAAAUUUGGAAUUAACAAAAAAAGCCACAUGCUCUGAAUUGUCAGUCCUUUGUAGUUUCCCUGGUGCUGAGGAAGAAGUAUGUUAUGGUUUUUGUCUUGUCUCACUUGCAAUGCAGCAAGUUUGCCUUUAAGAUUUCACAAGAAGUUGUUGGGGUGUGUUUUUUUUAUUUAUUUAUUUUUUUUAUUCAUUAAAUCCAUCUCUUCCUGAUAAAGAACCCAUAGUCAUAGGUUUUCUUAAUUCCUUUGAUUCAUAUGUAUACCCCGCUCUGACUUCUGCAUGCUGCUGCACUGCUAACACAACUCUUUACAUUUUGCUAGUCAAGUGAUUUUUUUGUACGCAGAAAACCAAAUGUUCCUCCAUCGCACUAGUUGUUUGCUCUGCUAAACAUCCAUUUGGCUGUUUGGAAAUGUGGAAUUUGGCUGAAGUUCCAAAUAUUUCUCAGAAACAUGUCUCUUUAUAUCACCAAAAUGUUUGAUUUCUGACUAAUUUGAAUUCGUUCCCUUUUUAAAUUCCCAGAAAUAUGCCUUCCAAACUUCCCACACAGAAGGUAAAGAUGCAAACCUGAACCUAUAAAUGAAGACUUUCUGUCUAUCCUAGAAACCAAUGGAAUAUAGCAUUCCAAUACACAUUUAUAAAACAAAUUAAGGACAGAUGAAACUUGCAAAAAGUAUUUUAAAAGCUCGCAAUGAAUACCAGAUCCAUCCAUAUACAGAGCGCAUUAGACUUGGCGCUACGCUAUCCAGCUAGUUCUACUAGAACAUAAAAAGGAGAGAAUCUAUAAACUAGUAUACCGUGAACAACGGCCCCUUUGUAGCUAAGGUUUUCAUAUCAAAACUCAAUUACAUAUAUAUGUUAUAAAAAAUUGAUGUAAAAUUAUGAAUUGAGUGGUAUCUGUACUUUCGUGCAUGUCUGACACAGACAACUGAGGUCUUUUAAAUGCGAGCAUUCCAUUAUCUCCAAUUGAUGCUGCAUCUACCUAUAGUUCUUGGCCAAGGAAACAUGAUUUCAGGGAGUGUAAAUGAGUGGGAGUUGUGGUCCGAGAAACCCAUUCCCAAGAAGACCCUUGUAUGUUGCUGUUGUCUGCGGUAAGGUUACGGCAUCUGUCGAGCCAGGGAAGUCCCAAUGGUCUACGUCCAGAUUUCAAUUUCAAGUAAAUUCAUUUAGUUUCCUGCAAAUGUCAAACUACCACUAUCAAAAGGCUAUAUCCUUAGGGCUUUAGGCAACAACCCUCUUUAUUCAUGUUCCAACCUUGGUCCCCUUCCACCCCAUACAUAAAUGUUGUGGUUGAUGAUGUUUAAUACAUCUCAGGAUGUUCGUUAAGGAUUGCUUGAAACAGAAAUUGUACUCUAGAAAGCAUGUUAAUCUUAAGUGUAUGUAAUGUCUACCAAACCAUGAUAUGCUCCUUAUUUCAGAGUGCACAGUCUACCUGAUGUCUCCUCAAGAAGAGACAUGAAACUUCAUAGAUAUAACUCAUCAAAAUGUGUUGGCACCCAUAUUCCCAAAGUUAUUCAAUGGUUCACUAUUCCUAGGGUGCAACAUCACAUUAAGGAUUUCCACUUUUGUUCUUGUUGAGUCUGAGGUUUGAAAAGGUACUAAAAUUCCAACAUGUGGCCGCCGUAUGUACGUGCCCCACCCCAACCUUUGAAAUUCAGAGUUUGCAGGAGGUGCUCCGUUCCAAUGGUAGAAUGAAAAAGAUGUGGGAGUAGGAUAGCUCCAAAGAUAUGAAAUCUUUUGCUAUCUGACCAUUUAAAUGCUUUGUGAUAUAUUUUUUUUCUUAUGUUCGCUUGUUUAGGCCUUAGGACUUGCCCCUUCUGUGGUAGUGAUAUAUAGUGACUGGUAAGAACUAGAAUCCAUAUUUAUUCCAGAAGCCAGGUGCGUGAUCUUUAUUUUAAAUGUAUGAUCCUCUGCCUUUUCUGGAGUGGAAGUAUAAAAUUUUUGCAAGAUUUGUGGUGGCAGGAUUGAGUUUCUCCCAAUCUAGGGAUACACAGGAGUUUUCUACAGGAAGAAACUCCUGUAUUUUAGUGGCCCACCACCAACUUCCAGUAAAUUUGUAAAAAACACAACCUUAUGUAGAAAGAAAACUGGUCACUGGUGAUCGGCUUUUAGUAGGGAAAAUCACACCAGUUCAAUAACUCAAUCUAUCUACUAAUCUAUAGCUAGGUUUAUGCCCACUAGCCCUUUGACCUUAUAUUGAAAUACAUAUAUAUAUAUAUAUAUAUAUGUGUGUGUGUGUGUGUGUGUGUGUGUGUGUGUGUGUAUAUAUAUAUAUAUAUAUAUAUAUGUGUGUGUGUGUGUGUAUAUAUAUAUGUGUGUGUGUGUGUGUGUAUAUAUAUAUAUAUAUAUGUAUUAUGUUUAUUACUGGUUCUCUCAGCUUUGUAGUAUUAUUUGUGUAUUUCACCACAUGUUUAAGGACAUGUCACGAAAGGCUAGUCCUUGUCCAAAAUACAGUACUGCAUGGUAGUUCCAUUGGGGGCUGUCUAUCAUGUUUGUUCAGGGAUUCAAGUAGCAGUGUUUUGGUACCUACUUGCUGGCUCCACUAGUCCUUGGUCCCAGGGACAUAAUAAGCAAGAUUUAUGCCUGAGAGCUGCAAGUUCCUUUGUAAAGGCAGUAGUUGGAAGCAGGGUAGGCAGAGGGGUCUAUGCCUGCUUGGCAGGACAAGGCUUUAUUGAGGUAUGCCUUGCUCGGGUAGCUGUAGCUACAGGCUUCACCCCCUUUAUCAGUAGUGGUCUUCACUGGUGGCAUAUGGUCACAGGGACUAAUAGCAAUCUUACCUAUUUUAACUAUACUGGAGUUGCCAAAACCUUAUUGAGGUUCCCCACACUAUUUUACGCACCUUAACACACACGGUAGUGCCAGAGGAUGUCUAGUCCUAAAGACACUACUACUUUUACUAAAAUAAAACUGCAACUCGCAUGGUGUUCAGGUCUCCAUAUGGUUUGUUGGUUGACUUCAAAAUAAAGGGCAUGCAAUGUGCAAAGUUUUUAGUGUGCUGACCGAGGCUUUUGUAAUUGACUGCAUCUUUAAUAUCUUCCUAAGCUUUUCAUCAGAUCCAUCCAUGAAAUAAACUGUUAACUAUUUCAUUGCUUGUAGUAAGCCUCCUUAAUGGUAGAUUGUGUUGUGUAAACCAUUUCUGCCAUGGCAACAAAAUAAUAAAGCAGAUAUCAUUAUAUCACUCUGUUGCAGAUUUGGGCUAAGUAUGCAGAGAUUUGGACAAACAGUCACUUAACUUUAUUUUUUUUUGUCUUUUUAGUAUUCUUAUUUAUAUAGCGCCAACCGAAUCCAUAGCGCUUUACACUAUUAUGAGAGGGGAUUAAACUAUAAAUAGGACAAUUACAAGAACUUACAGGAAUGAUAGGUUAAAGAGGACCCUGCUCAAACAAGCUUACAGUCUAUAGGAGGUGGGAUAUAAAACACAUUGGGACAAGAAAUGGCAAUCUAAAUAGGUUGGAGUGAAGCCAAGUUGGAGGAGAGAGUAAAUUGCUGCCCUUUUGGAGAGAGCAAGAGACAGGAAUGUGAGGUAGAGUUUACUCUGGGAGGCCAUAAGCUUAACUAAAGAGAUGGGUUUUAAGGCACUGUGGCAGUAGGCAGGCUAUUCCAUAGGAAGGGAGCCACCUGCGAGAAGUCCUGCAAGUGUGAGUUGGCCAUACGGAUGCGAGCAGAGGACAUGAGAAGGUCACAGGCAGAGUGGAGAGACUGGGAAGGGGCAUACCUCAGGAUCUGUGAAGAGAUAUGAGAGGCUAGAAUUGGUCAAUGCUUUAUAGGUAUGGGUUAGCACUUUGAAUUGACUCCUUUGGGAUACAGGAAGCCAAUGUAAGGACUGACAGAGGGGUGAGGUGUGAGAGGAAAAUCAGUCUGGUGGCAGCAUUCCUUACGGACUGUAGUGGGGCAAUACGGUUUUUGGGAAGACCAAUUAGGAGAGGGUUACAAUAAUCCAUGCAGGAAAUUACUAGAGCAUGGACAAGCUCUUUAGUAGCAUCUUGCAUCAGAAAGGGACAGAAGCGAGCUAGGUUUUUAAGAUGGAAUCUACAGGAUUUGGGAACAUUCAGUUUUAGAGAGAUUUAGUGUUAGAAAACAGGAGGACAUCCAGUCAGAAAUGGAGGAAAAGCAAGCAGUGACACGUUGCAGGAUGGCAGGGGAGAUGUCAGGGGAGGAGAUAUAACUGGGUGUCAUCAGCGUACCGGUGGUAGUGGAAUCCAAAAGAGGCAAUACGUUUGCCAAGAGCGGCAGUUUAAAGAGAAAAUAGAAGGGGACCAAGGAUGGAGCCUUGGGGGGGGGGGGGCUCCAACUGAGAUAGGAUGAAGGGGUGAAGUCUCAUUAGGAAAGGAGACACUGAGCAUUGGAAAAGACAAGAAGAAAACCACAACAGGACAGUGUCACAGAGUGAUUGACUAGUUUUGAAGAGGGAGAGCAUGAUCAACGGUAUCAGAGAGGUCAAGAACAAUUAGUAUGGAGUAGGGUCCUUUGGAUUUAUUCCUAAAACAAAUUAUAUAAACUGUAAAGUCAAAGGACAAAACCAUGUAAUGUAGGCCAGAACUAACAAAACUAAAAUAAAGUCUCUGGUUAAACAAGUAGGCAGAGGUUUACCAGGUGACCAGAACCGAAUCAGGUAGACAUGGAAAAACAGACUAGGGUAAAACAAGGCAGAGGAGGCUUGUAACAUCUAUGGAGUUCACAAGAAAACUGAGCAAAGAUCUCAGGGUGUUUUGGAUUUAAAUAAGGGAGAGGGAUUUGAUACCCUCACAGGAGGAGGGGUCUCUGUGCCUAUACAUCAGUAUGUGGACAGAAUGCUAUGAUUGUUUGACCUCAUAACUGGUUGUUACCCACACUGCUUUUGAAUAUGGCACCCAGGAUCCCCCAGUGUUCUGACACCACAAGUGGAUCAUAUGGCAGUGUGGGGGACAGAGCAUAUGUGGUGUAGAGGAUGCCCGCUGGAUAUGAUGCAGGCCACAGAGCAGACAUGGCUCACCUCUCUCUUCCUUGCAUGCUGCAACCUAUGUUGGGCCAGCAAUCCCAGAGCAAGUGCUGUGUGCCUUUUUGGUUGUGGUCCACCACCGAAAAACUAAAGAAUUAGCUGGCAGCCAGGAAGAGUCAGGCGCGUCCCUCACUCCAGGGAUACUGAGUUUCAUGUGGCGCCCAGUGAGUGAGUGCAGCGUGCCUACCUUUCCUGCCAUGCUGUGACCUAAUCCGCCUCUGAGGUGCGGAAUCCAUAAGGUGAAAUCUAAGGAAAGUUUUUGCCAGUGCAGGAGCGUGGUCAUUGGUGGAAGGUUCCCAUAAGCGCUCUUCUUGUCCAUAUCCCCUACUGUGUAUCAAAGAUUCAAGCCUCCCUCUGCGUAGUCUGGAGUCUAGGAUUUUGUGGACCUCAUGCUCCUCUUGUCAUUCGCCAAUAAAGGUAGGGAGUGUAGAUGUGAUGUGUCUUGAGAAGGAAUUUUGUAACAAUUGUUUAAGUAGGGAUACCUGAAAGAUUUAUACUGAAUUGGCAGUUGGAGCUUGACUGCAACUGGGUUGAUUUAUGGAUGUGACUGCAAAUGGGACAAAAUAAGCAGGACCCAAUUACUUGGAAGGAUAGGCAGUCCAUAGACAUUUGGUAGAGACAAAAACUUUAUAGCCUGACACACUGGAGCAGGAGACCUUGUGCUGAUGAGCUUUUCUUUUAUACUGCAUCGGAAGUUUCUGUAAAAUGUUCUGAACUUUUAGAAAUCCUUGCAGAAGAGGAGUUAUAUAGGUUUAGAAGUCUGGAAUGGGACUUUCAGUGGCUAGGUCUGGAGUAAUAUAUCCAAAGAUAAGCAAGCAAAGAUUCUCUUGUGUAGAUUUUUGCUUUUUCAUGAAUUAAUGGCAAAUUCCGAAACAGGCCGUAAUUUAUACCAGUCAUCCUGUAAAUAUGCAGUGUGCCAACGGACAUAUUGUUCCAGAACUUGGCUCAUUAUUUUUUCCAGUUUGCCCAUUAAUAUGUAAGUGGAAGGCUGAAGGUAGGUUGACUUGGAUAUGUAGGAUGCAAGAAGAUUCUUUCCAGAAACUGGAGGUAAACUGGUACUGUCAGAGGUAAUGGAAUCCAGAUCUCCAUGUAAUCAAAAAUAUCCUGGCCACCAGAAAUAUUUUUUUACAAGGUCCAGUGUUUUAGAACAGCCAGUAUAAUCAUAUUUGGGAGAAUCAUGGCAUGAUUGUUAGACCUCUUUCCUUAGUGCUUGAGGAAUAUGUGAAAAAGGCAUGGUGGGUUAUUUAGCACAUUCCUGUAUCUUUUCCAACAGGGAAGAGGAAAUUGCAAUUGUGAUCUUCUUGAAGAACCAUAGGAGGAUCAAGGCUUUGACUCUCCUUUGGGGUAGGAAUGUGGGACAAAGCAUCCGCCUUGCUGUUCUUGGACCCAGGCCCAUAAAUGUAUAUGGAACUGAAAGUAGGGGUACAUUUGGCUUGCCAGGACUGUAAUAGUUUGGCCCUAGGUAAAUAUUCCAGAUUUUUGUGCUCUGUGUAAAUUAUUGGGUGUAAGGCACCCUCUAAUAGAUGAUGCCAUUCUUCAAACGCUUGUUUGAUGGUGAGCAAUUAUUUAUCCCCAAUGUCAGUCUCUGUGAGUGGAAUACCACAGGGUGUAGUUGGUCCUCCUCUUUGUGAGAGGAUGGCACCGGUUACCACCUCUGAAGCAUUGACCUCCACAAAGUAUGGUUUCUCUGAGUCUGGGAGAGAUAAUAUAGGAGUGGGAAUGAAGUUGUUUUAGGGCUUCAAAAGCCUUUUUGUGCCUUUUUGAUCCAAGCAAACUUGUUAUACUUUUUGGUAAGGCAACCCACAUGGAACGGCUGCAGGGGCCGACUUGUUCUUGUGUUGCACCGCCAAGUAACUAAAGCAUUUGUUGGCAGUUGGGAGGAGAGUCAGGCAUGUCCCUCACUCCUGGGAUGCUGAGAUUCACGUGGUACCCAGUCAGUGAGUGCAGCGCCCCUACCUCUCCCAGCAUGCAGUCAUACUUUCUAGCAAUGUGUAGUACAUUGUAAGGAAUAGAAGGAGGCCUGAAUUUGUUACCAAGAUAUACUGAAAUCGGCUGUGUUGUGGCUGACUCUCCUUUUUACAGGUCUUCUAGGUCAGUGUCUCAUGAUUUUGUGAAAUAUGGCUUGGCAUGACUCUUGAAUAUGUUCCUGAACUUCUGGUGGCUUCUGGUAAACAUCACUUUGUAUUUGUUUCAUAUUUCAUUCACUUAAACAUUCCAGACACAAUAACUUAAUUUCAAUUAUGUUUUCAUGGUACCAGAAGGUCCCUGGUGCUGGCUCACCAUAAGGUGUUAACCCCAAAGUUUGCUGUUGCAGAAUUAGGCAGAUGCACCACUGAUUGGCUUAAUUUUUUUUUUCUUAAAUUAGCCAGUUUAAUGAAUGGGGAGUCACUGGCUGAAAGCAUCAGCUGGCUGCUAUUUGCGCAGUCACUGCCCGAUUCUGCAAGAGCCUUCUGGCUAAAGAUUUUUAGAAAACUGAAUGACAUUGGCAUGGUGAUUUAGCAAUGGAGCACAUACUUUUGGGUUAAAUGGUUCUAGAAUAUUUUAACCACUUAAGGUGAGGCAGCUCCAGGUACCUCCUGACAGGGGAGGGCUGGCAGCCUUAGGCCUGGGGGGCAAAACCAGUCAAGUGGCCUAUUGCACCACCAAAUCAGUUCACCAUCCAUGCCCACCUUUUCCUGGUUUUAGAACGGAUAUUGAUGUUAUGCUAAUACCCACUCCUUCACGGCUCUGACUUUCAAUGUUGUCAGAGCGCAGGCUGAGAAUCUCUGAGCCUGUGCUCUGACUCACUAACUAAGUGCCGGAACCACAAGGGAGAAGCUAUAAUCUGACUGCACCUACUGCUGGUGUGCACCAGUGGACCACCAGCAAAUCGUUUAAAUUGAAUAGGCUGGUGUCCCCAACUUGUGAGCUGCGUUGUCCGCCAGGCGCCUAUGUUGUCAUUGCACCCUGCGUGACCGCACAGCUUGCACACCCCAACGGCUGGCCACUGAUGUUACUAGUUAGACAUCCCUCAAUAUUAAUACAGACCUCUGAGUAAACACCAAUAAACUGUGGGAACAGAGCUGAUUUCCCCCCCACCCCCCCCCACCCCCCAAAUGUGGCUGCAUGGGGAACAGCUGGCUAAUGUAAUGCUUGCAGUGCAUUAACUGGUUAAUGUAAUGCUUGUAAUGCUUGCAGGACGGUCAGCUGCUGCAGAACCUCUUGUUCCUGUCUCUGCAAAGGGCUGCAGGCACUGCUUGCUGUGAGUGUGAGCCACUGUAAAUUAGGGGCAGAGGGCACUUGCACUGCGGAAAAGACAGGUCUGGGCAGGAAGAGAGUGCCGUGCAAUCAGUGCACUCCCCUCCUGUGGGUCACCAGUAGACUGGUGCACCUGCCCAGGAUCAAAGCCGGUGCAAGGAUUUUUGCUGCCCUAGGCAAAAGAAAAAUUUGCCGCCCCCCCAUGUGACAUCACAAUGCCCCACCUAUAUGAUCUGCCAUAUGAACUAAUGCCAAUGCUGCACACAGUGUGUGUUUACAUUAAAAAGCCUGCAGGGACCGGCUAUAGACACCAGAACCACUUCAUUAAGCUGAAGUGGUUCUGGGGACUAUAGUGUCCCUUUAAUGUGAGGUAAAUUAUAGAUUAGUGUCACUAAUAUCAUACUAGAUUGCCUACUUACAACCAGAUGAUGAUGGGCUGCAGUUUGGCUCCACUGGUCUGGUGUAGAACAGGAUCUCUGGAGGCUGUUUGCAACUGUGAUCACAAAAUUCAAUGUUCUGGGAGAAUUGGAAGCAGCUCCAUUUUUUGGGUGGCCCCUUACACAGCUCAAGGUCUGAGCCCCAGGGCCUGACGGUGAGUAUGCCCAUAAGGCCCACUCAUAAGUCCACUUAUAUGUUCCACCCACCCAUGAGUUUGCUCACAGGGAGUGGAGUGUGUAGGGGAUGUGUUGUGUUAUUGUAGAGGAUAUAAUAUGUGUGCUUAUGGUAUGUAGUGUAUAGGGAAAUACAGGUGAUGCAGUGUGUUUGUGUGUAGUGGAAGCAUUGUGUAUUUGUGUAUAAGGGAUGUAUUGUGUUUUUCUGGUUGUGUGUAAGGGAUGCAUUGUGUGAAUCUGUGUUUGUAUGCAUAAGGGAUGCAAGGUGUGUGUCUGUAUGUGUGUGCAUUGAGUGUGUGUAAGAGAUGCAUUGUGUUUCUGUGUGUAUGUAAGAAAAACAGUGUGUGUGUGUGUUUGCAUUGUGUUUCUGUGUAUGUUUGCCAAGGAUGCAUUGUCUUUGUGUGUAAGUGUUGCAUUGUGUGUGUGUAAUGGAUGCAUUGUCAGUUUCUCUGUGUGCAAGGGAAGCAUGAUGUGUUUCUGUGUGUGUACGGAUGCAUUGUGCGUUUCUGUUCAUGGAUAGGGAUGCAUUGUGUGUGUGUGCGCGUAGUGUGAAAGAGCUUAGUGUCUUGCCCCCUGUCCUAUAGAGCUGUCCAUUCUGUCCCUUCCCCCCCCCCUUGUUCUUCUUACUCCCUCCCCUUGUUCUUCUUACUCCCUCCCCUUGUUCUUCUUACUCCCUCCCCUUGUUCUUCUUACUCCCUCCCCUUGUUCUUCUUACUUCCCCCACAUUGUUCUUCUUACUUCCCCCACAUUGUUCUUCUUACUUCCCCCCCAUUGUUCUUCUUACUUCCCCCCCCAUUGUUCUUCUUACUUCCCACUUCAUUGUUCUUCUUGCCCCCAUUGUUCUUUUCCAUUGUUCUUCUUACUUCCCCCAUUGUUCUUCUUACUUCCCCAUUGUUCUUCUUACUUCCCUUCUUAUUGUUCUUCUUGCUUCCCCAUUGUUCUUCUUCUUCUUCUUCAUUCUUCCCAUUGUUCUUCUUACUUCCCCAUUUGUUCUUCUUCUCCCCCCCUUGUUCUUCUUACUCCCCUUGUUCUUCUUACUUCCCAUUGUUCUUCUUACUUCCCCAUUGUUCUUCUUAGCCCCCAUUGUUCUUCUUCUUCCCAUUGUUCUUCUUACUUCCCCAUUGUUCUUCUUGCUUCCCCAUUGUUCUUCUUGCUUCUCCCAUUGUUCUUGCUUCUCCCCCAUUUGUUCUUCUUGCUUCUCCCCAUUGUUCUUCUUGCUUCCCAUUUGUUCUUCUUACUUCUCCCCAUUGUUCUUCUUACUUCCCCAUUGUUCUUACCCCAUUGUUCUUCUUGCUUCCUCCCAUUGUUCUUCUUACUUCCACGCUACAGGGAAGGGGAGGGGAGGAGCAGCCGCCUGAGGCUCUUAACAGAGUGCUUAGGCGGCUGCAGCAUUAGGACCAGCCCUGCAGUCGCUGGUUUUAAAAUUAUUUAGGGUGGCCUGUCGGGCAAUUGCCACCCAGCCCGCCCCUGCCUCCUGGCACCAUAACUUUAAUAAUGAUGAAGUUGUUUUAUGGUUUCAAAAAAGAAACCCCAGACCCCAAAAGCACUUCAGCUUCCUGAAGUUCAUUAUGUAUAAAGUGUGUCUUUGUGGAUGGGAAGAAAAAAUACCAAUUGCAAUAGAAAUUGGCACUUUUUAUAAACUAAUCUUGUUACACUCAUGGCAAUCAAUCAGAUAACGGUCCUGUUACUUUUUGUUUAGCUCAGUCAAGCUAAAUUACCCCUUAAGGACACAAAUUCUGGAAUAAAAAGGAAUCAUGAUGGAAUAUUUCCAUCGUGUGUUUUUUAAGGGGUUAAGAGGCAGAAAUUGCUCCAAGCACGUGCCUUGUAAAGACUUUUCAUUGAGCUGCGUCGGGAAGUCUGUCAUUGGACAAAUACAGAAAGUCUAGAUGGGGCUACAGAGGAAAGAAGGGGCUUGCAUAGACUGCAGACGAGAUCUGCAGCUUUUGCAAGAAUGUUUUUAGGUAUACCCCAAUGGAAAAAUACACAAUAAAUAGAUGCAUGUCUUCAUUGGAGAUAAACAAGCUCUGUUCUGGAAUUGAUUUCACUCAUGUUCCACCACAAGGGCUGGAGAUUGAUGGGAGAACUGCUGUAUAAGGUAUGCUUACUAGGAAUCAUGGAAGUUACUUUUUAGGAAAGUUUAAUGGAAUGUUAUAGAAAUGUUUUUUGUACUUUUAAGACAUUUUUCCCCCCCUUGUAUAUAGAUCAACAUGCUUAUUUACAUGUUGAUACUCCGUUAAGCAGUUUUAGUUAUUUUCCUUGAUCUAGUGUGGCUCGUUACUUCACCUAAUCACGUUGACUUUAAUUUAAAUCCUAUCAGAGGUUUAAUUGAUAAUCAGAAACUAAGCGCUGUGGAUUUUUUUUUCUUCACCUAAUGGCCUCUGCGGUCUAUGUAGCUCACCCCUUAAGACUGACCUAACAAAAUAAUUAAUCAAUGUUCUCAUUAUUUAAUCACUAAAUAACCUGAGAUUGCUUUACCCAAAAAAAGAGUAACUGUGGUUUUCUUCAAUAAACCUAGAACUGUGGAGUCUUUUAACCCCUUAAGGACCAAACUUCUGGAAUAAAAGGGAAUCGAAUCAUGACGUGUCACACAUGUAAUGUGUCCUUAAGGGGUUAAUGAGAAUGAGACAAAUUAAGGCCAUGAUGUCGGACCUAUAAAAAAUUUUCUUCUCAAUGUGCUGGUUUUCUUUUUAACUUGGUAAUUUAUGCCCUGGACUUGUAAUUAGCUUGUUAGUUCUCAGUGAUUUCCAGUUUAGUUAAUUCCAUAGUGUGUGUAUUUUCUAAUUCUAUGGAAUUGGUUUUUGUAUAUCUUUUCUUAUGUCUAAAUAAUUGGAGGAUUUCUUUGAAAGUUCUUAUUUCCCUCGAUGAUCAGACAUUGUUUUCCAUUGUGUAUCCUUUGCUUUAGCCGAAAUUUAAUUCCCUCCAGUCUGCAUGGCUGACUUUAUUUUUUUUGCCUAUUGGUGACUUGUUAAUUAUAUAUUCACCAGAGCCACUUCAGCUUAAUGUAGUGUUCCUGGUGUCUAUAGUAUGCCUCUGUGGGCUGAGCACUGUAAAUGCUGCAAUUUUGGAGAAAAGGCAGGGUUUACAUUACUGCCCAGGAACUUCCUCAGACCUACUCUAGAGAAGCUUCCUAGUCUGGCGUUCAGCGUCUCCAUGCUCUGUGUGGAAGUGCUAAACAUAUAGAGUUAGUGAUUUGCUGGAAAGUGAUACAGUGACUCUUCCAGCUGUGUACCCUAACCAGCAGCUACUCUUACCAUGAGCUCUAUAACCUACAUGAGACUGUAAGAUUCCAGGGAGUUUACUUUUCCUGGGGCUGAAAUUGUAAUAAAAAUAUGACUGUGGACCCAAUGACCUAUAUUAAAGGGACACUAACAAUUUAGUCUAAUGAAAGUAGUUCUAGUACCUGGAGUCGUCUGGUGCUCAGUUCAGUGUGGUUUUGAGCAGUUUAAAACAAACACUAAAUAAGCAUCUCUAUUCACCCACAGUCCAGGCCCCACUGGAGGAAUGGCUAAUGCAGAUAUUACACACGCUCUUCUAGCCAUACCAAUUCAUACCAACAAUGUGUGCUGUGGUAGGCUAACAGGUCAGUGCAUUCUAGUCUCCUAUUGCUGCUAAACCUUAUCGUUCCUCAUUUGCUGAAGCAGAACAGAGGGAUGGAAUGCUGGAACUCUCAUUUAGCAUUAAAACAAUGAAAAUGUUUUAUAACGCUGGAAUGUCAGUACCUGGAACUCCAGACACCAUAACAACUUAAAUGAAUUGGGGCAGUAACAGUGCCUGCAAUGCACCUUUAACUAAUAAAGCAGUUAAAUUUGGUUGUUACAAUGCAGGGUGUAUUGUAGCUGUAUGUUUUGGUAAAAUACCUUUUUUACCUUUUUGUAUACCUUAAUUCUUGCCUUCCUUCUGAGCAGGAUACAACAUGUUUUUUUUUUUUGUGCUCUAUUAAAACAUUGUAUCCUUAUCAAAUAUUUCAUCCAGUACCCAAACUUAACCUGAAAUCUAUUUAACUUGAUUUGUAACUAUGUAAUAAUACAUAUAUUUUGAGUUUGUUUUUAUUUUUUAUUUUAUUUAAUCCCAAUGACCCAUGUCGGAUAGGAAACCAUAUUCUGAACCAUCUCAAUGCAUGUGUUCAAUAGAACAUAAUUCUGUUGGACAUAAACAUCAGACGGUCUCUGUGUGGAGCUGGGUGUUUUGCUUUUGAACUCAAAUUGGGCAGACUAGAUGGGCCGAAUGGCUCUUGUCUAACAUCACAUUCUGUGUUUCUUUCUGGGCAAGAAGAGGUUAACCUAAUUACAUGCAAUUUAUUAGUUUAUCUUGUAGGCCUAGUGCAGCACAUUGUCCCCCCGCCCCCCUCACUAUUCGUGGUCGCUGGGACAUAUGAAGGGCUAGCAAAAGUGAAUAGGAACAAUUAAAUUUGCACACCUACUAAAUAAGUAAAUAAUGUUCCUUUCGGGAGGUAAAAACAUGCUGAAUAAUCCACCAUAAGGAUUACUCCUAAUGGAGAUCGUAGAGUAUCUGAAAGAGUGAGCCUGAUUUAUAGAUGUACACCGUCAAGAAGAAACCUUGACAGGAACACUCACUGAGCAAGUAUUUUACCCCAAGAUAUACCUACUGGUUUCCUUUCCUAUAGUGUUACUUACUUUAAUUUACAUUACAGUGCUUGGUGACUUUAUGGUUAAUGUUGUUUAUGCUCUUAAUUGUAAAUUAGCAUUGCACAUUACAUUUUGUGUAAAUAUGUAUUUGGAUCAAUGUGACAAUUGUUGCUCACAUUGUUUUGUGAGUAACUCGAUAAAAAUUGUCCAAAAAUGUCAUGUCAUUUGCAGUUUAUCCCCUUAAUGCCUUUACACUGUUCUGCAUUCUAUGCAGUCCUACAUAAAGUGGGCUUUAAACCCCUAUAGGACAGAAUAGAACAUCCUGCAUAAUUAUCGUGAGCAGGGUUAAAUCCCUGCUCACACAAGGGAAUCCCAGGUAUUAUUGGAUCUCUCUCAGCUGUGGUCAUUUUUAGUGGCACCAGACUCUUUGAGAUGCAUGCAGUGCUGGAAGUCAGUACUGCAUAUAGCCCUUUAAAUCCAUAGAGAACACUGCAGGUGAAAAAUCAAGCUCAACCAAUGAUUCUUACUGGAUCUGAUGUUUUGGGGUCCCGCGGGGUAUAAGCAGAUCCUGGAGGGUCUCCCUCAAUGGCAUUUUGUUGGUUGCCCAGCACCGAUCUCAAUGCAUUGGUCGUACUAUAUUCAAUGAAAAAGAUGGGAAGCUUUCCUGCUGAAAAUCACCAGUAGAUAGCUGUAACAUGCCGCUCUGUUUUUGCUUGGAUUUCAUUCUGCUAAUAUCAGUGUGUCGGACCGCCUGGCACUCCGACCGGGUAUCUCCGUUAAUCGCUGCACUGUACUGGAACACCAUAACCACCGUAGACCCCACAAAUCGCCGCAGCUUGGUUGUGGUCUCGCCAUCCUCCACCCACCGAGGGCCCAAGACCAGAAUCCAGCUUCCAGUGGGUGAACCUCUCCUAGUCCAGAGAGCGUAGCAGGAACAGCUCUUAUAAGAGCAAGUGAUUUUACUCAGGGGAGUAUUGUGAUAUUGCAAUCCCCUGAGUGUAUGUAGUUCUCCAAUCCCCCAAACAUGAGCCAAGACUUCAUGAAGGGGUAAACGAAUCUCAGUUUAAUGGGAGCUACACUUGGCCUUAUAUGACAAUCCCCAUGCAAGGGGUAUGCCCACAAGGACCUUGUGGGGGACUGAUUUGCAAAUUCACAGCCCAAUAACAAGGUUACAAGGCACAACACUCCCACACACCGCACACAAUCCCUCCCCUCUCCCUGGGACAUAAUUGGAUCAGUAACUGUACUAAUUCUAAUCCAAUUGACUUCAAGCACGUAAAAAAAAAAAAAAUACCCUAAAAAUACAUAAUAUUCCCUGAUAGCCCUGACCUUGGUGACCAACAUAUCCAAAAAUCACCCAGAUCAGUUCAGGGGUUCAGGAAUUUCCCGGGAAGUCAUUUAUUUGACCGACCGCAGGCAUGGUACCAUAGCUGAAAAUAGUUAUAGAAUCGCGGCUAAGUGCCGCUGGGAAACCGCAAAGUUUUCAUGCCGAAAAUAGUUCCAGGGCAUUCGCAGCUAAGUCCCCGUGAAGUCUAUUCACAGUUUUGGUCCAUACAAAGAUGUCCGCCACUUGGUGGUCGUCCAUAGGAAUUGCUGCCACCCAGACGAACAAUUAGACCACUGUGGUGGAAAUUGCAACAAUGUAUCAAUUAAGCUUAACAAGCUCCAGGGUGGUCUCCGGUUCGUGCGGAUGCUCAGUUACCGAACCGUAUAAUUGUAAUAGACAAACUGAGACUUUUAUAUUACAGUUUACAGUGUCCAUAGUAUGUGGGCAGGAGGCUAGCAUGCAGGCCCCGCCAAGAACUCGUGGCAAACUCACUUGAAAAGGGGAGUUUGUCAUAAUUAGUGCCGAUAUUAUCAGAAGGAAACUUUUUUCGGAUUAUGGAUCAAGAUUAAGGGCGAAGAUUAGGUUUAGAAGAAAUAUUCGGUUUAAUGUUGUGUUUAUCAGUAGAUUUAUAUUUAAGGUUUAGAACGUGGAUUAGGAUUAGGGCCAGCAAGGCAAUUCCUCUGUUGACAUCAGUAGAGGGAAUCUUUCUAAUACUAUAGGGUUAGGAUUUAGAUUAGGAUUAAGAGUAUAUUUAGGUUUUGGUGUGAGUUAAGAUUAAGGGUUAGAUUUAGGAUUUGGUUUAGAAUUAGGUUUUUGUUAACAAUUAAAGAUUUAGACACGGGUUAAGAUUAAUACUUUGCAAAGAUUUACAAAUGGGGCAUCCUUGUUCUCAGGAGAUGUUGAUGAUUUGUAUUACACUGGGGCACAUGUAAUGUAAAAAAUAAGGUGAACAAAUACCAGGUGUACAAAAUUGAAAAAUAAAAAUGAAUACUUUGAGGGAAAAUAAAGUGAAAACAUAGCACCUAAAUAAAGCUAAAAGUAUAUCAAGUCCCAGUCCCCAUGGUGUCCACUUUUGCAAGUGGUAUGCAUGUAUUGAGUAAUGUAAAUGUGGCUCAUUAUAUUGCAUCAUAAACCCAUAUUAAAUUUGCCAUUUAAAAAAAAAAAAAAAAAAAUUGCAUUGGGCUGGUUUAUAAAUUCAGUUUAGUAUUUUCACAAAAUUAACAAGGGUAUACGAAGAGGGUCAUUCUGUAAACAGGAGAUAUAGUUGAGCAUGAUUUAGUGACAUUUAUUACAUUAGCUCAAGUUUACAAAAUAUUCUGCUAAAUUGCAGUGUGCAUGUAAACAAUGUGAAAAUAAAAUGCCAUACAAUUGGAAAGAAACUGGUGCUAAAAUAGCUGGAUGAUAGGGUUAAAUAAUUACCAUGUAACAUACCCUGUGAUGUCUACUUUCACAAAUGGUAUGCAUUUAUUGGGUAAUUUGAACUGUGAAACUGCUACAAUUCCCCCCCAAAAUAUAAACUGGGCCCAUCAAAUUCAUCUAUCAAAUUUCUAACUGUAAAAACUGAAAGUCAGAUCUGUUAUGACACUGCAAUUUUGCAAGAUGGUGCCAAAGGCAUACGUUGGCAGAAUGGUUUUAGUUAGAAGAUUUUGCUGAGCACAAUUUUGAAGUUUUGAUCAGUGGCACAUUAAAUUUGAAUAAUGCACUGUUGAAAAUGACCACAAACUUUGACAUAAACUGGUAAAACAGGACAACACGUUAUGGCACAAUAUAUACCAUAUGAGACCUCCCAGAUGUGUGUUACUUUUAAAAAUGGUAGGCUUUUGUGGGCUCAUUUGAACAAAUAAACCACUAGAAUGUCACAAAAUGAGCCAUAAGCCCAUCCAAUCCGUCUAACUGUAAACGCUAAAAUGGUCCGUUCUCUUUUAUGACACUGUAGCUUCACAGGAUAGUGAGAAAGACACAUACACACAUUAUCGCCAAAACUGUGAACCAUUUUUUUUUAUUUUUUGCAUUUUUGUGUAAUCUUUUGUUAAAUGAGAAGUUGUAUAUGCCACAAUAAAUUUUAAGACCUUUCUGUUCUGUACGGGGACACUCGAAGAAAUCCUUAAAUUACAAACCUAUAGCUCAAAUUCAAGUUGUGUGUUUUUUUUUGUUUUUUUUUGUAUUUGUUUUUUGUUUUCCCAUUGACCUCUGCACGGAAAAUACUCUUCUAAAGAUAUACGAUUUUAGAGAAUCUAUACACUAUGGUUGCAGGUUUCCAUUUCUGUUAGUUGACGCAUCACAUGCCCUCUGAAUUUAUUACUUUAAUAUUUAAUACUAAAUUAUGAAAACUUCCGCAGUUAUCCUUAAUUGCCAACCAACCAGAAAAGGGUUACGUUUAUCAAUGCUGUAGAAAGCGAAGUAUAAUGUUAUAGCUUUGGUGGGUGAUCUUACAUUUUUUAUUUCUUCUUUUAGAUUUCUACUAUGCCAGGAUCAAAUAAGUUAGAAAAUGUGACAAUGUGUUCAGUCACAACCAUGCAAUGUUUUUCUCUCCUAUUUAUGGCCCAAAUUGUGAGCACAUUAUUUAAUUUCCCUGUGGCACUGAUAUUUGCCCUGCUUGUGAAACAAUAGUUGAGAUGGAAGUAAUUCUGUAAUAAACGUCAUGGACCUAUACAGAACCAAUGUUAGUGUUUAUAGUGAAUUAGAUGACAUUGCGUAAUUUCCUUAUUAAACUGCCUAAUCCCUUUCCUAGGAUACAAGAUAAUCCCAUUUACUCUUUCAUUUAGGGUUCAGACCACAUUUGUAUGGAUAGCAUAACUGUUGUCUGAAAGUUUUCUCAAACUAGGUAUCGAUCAAGCCAUGAUGACAUUUUAACUUUUAUGCUAGGAGUUUCCUAGUGUGUUUAUUUUUAUUUUUAUUUUUAUUAACUCUGUUUGUAAUGAAAGGGUCAUGUGGAUUUGCUCAGAAUUACAAUUCCAGACAUAAAUACGUCUUUUGUUUAAACCGUGACACUGGGUUUUACAAUAUUAACAUGUUAACGCUACCAUUAGUACCUUAUGUAAACCUGAGACUCUCUAGAGGAGACUCGGAAGGGCAGAAUAAAGCAAUAUUAAAGGGGUGCUGCAACUGGUUCAUCUCAUUGAAGUGGUUAUAGUGUCUGGAUCCCCCUUGCACCGACAAUUCUGUAUUAAACCAUUUUUAAUGCUAGACUGGAGUCUCUUGAAGCCCAUCUAUGUUGCUAUGGAGGGAACAUUAAAGAGACACUAUACAGGGAGUGCAGAAUUAUUAGGCAAAUGAGUAUUUUGACCACAUCAUCCUCUUUAUGCAUGUUGUCUUACUCCAAGCUGUAUAGGCUCGAAAGCCUACUACCAAUUAAGCAUAUUAGGUGAUGUGCAUCUCUGUAAUGAGAAGGGGUGUGGUCUAAUGACAUCAACACCCUAUAUCAGGUGUGCAUAAUUAUUAGGCAACUUCCUUUCCUUUGGCAAAAUGGGUCAAAAGAAGGACUUGACAGGCUCAGAAAAGUCAAAAAUAGUGAGAUAUCUUGCAGAGGGAUGCAGCACUCUUAAAAUUGCAAAGCUUCUGAAGCGUGAUCAUCGAACAAUCAAGCGUUUCAUUCAAAAUAGUCAACAGGGUCGCAAGAAGCGUGUGGAAAAACCAAGGCGCAAAAUAACUGCCCAUGAACUGAGAAAAGUCAAGCGUGCAGCUGCCACGAUGCCACUUGCCACCAGUUUGGCCAUAUUUCAGAGCUGCAACAUCACUGGAGUGCCCAAAAGCACAAGGUGUGCAAUACUCAGAGACAUGGCCAAGGUAAGAAAGGCUGAAAGACGACCACCACUGAACAAGACACAGAAGCUGAAACGUCAAGACUGGGCCAAGAAAUAUCUCAAGACUGAUUUUUCUAAGGUUUUAUGGACUGAUGAAAUGAGAGUGAGUCUUGAUGGGCCAGAUGGAUGGGCCCGUGGCUGGAUUGGUAAAGGGCAGAGAGCUCCAGUCCGACUCAGACGCCAGCAAGGUGGAGGUGGAGUACUGGUUUGGGCUGGUAUCAUCAAAGAUGAGCUUGUGGGGCCUUUUCGGGUUGAGGAUGGAGUCAAGCUCAACUCCCAGUCCUACUGCCAGUUCCUGGAAGACACCUUCUUCAAGCAGUGGUACAGGAAGAAGUCUGCAUCCUUCAAGGAAAAACAUGAUUUUCAUGCAGGACAAUGCUCCAUCACACGCGUCCAAGUACUCCACAGCGUGGCUGGCAAGAAAGGGUAUAAAAGAAGAAAAUCUAAUGACAUGGCCUCCUUGUUCACCUGAUCUGAACCCCAUUGAGAACCUGUGGUCCAUCAUCAAAUGUGAGAUUUACAAGGAGGGAAAACAGUACACCUCUCUGAACAGUGUCUGGGAGGCUGUGGUUGCUGCUGCACGCAAUGUUGAUGGUGAACAGAUCAAAACACUGACAGAAUCCAUGGAUGGCAGGCUUUUGAGUGUCCUUGCAAAGAAAGGUGGCUAUAUUGGUCACUGAUUUGUUUUUGUUUUGUUUUUGAAUGUCAGAAAUGUAUAUUUGUGAAUGUUGAGAUGUUAUAUUGGUUUCACUGGUAAUAAUAAAUAAUUGAAAUGGGUAUAUAUUUGUUUUUUGUUAAGUUGCCUAAUAAUUAUGCACAGUAAUAGUCACCUGCACACACAGAUAUCCCCCUAACAUAGCUAUAACUAAAAACAAACUAAAAACUACUUCCAAAAAUAUUCAGCUUUGAUAUUAAUGAGUUUUUUGGGUUCAUUGAGAACAUGGUUGUUGUUCAAUAAUAAAAUUAAUCCUCAAAAAUACAACUUGCCUAAUAAUUCUGCACUCCCUGUAGUCACCCAAACAACUUUAGCUUAAUGAAGUGGUUUUGUUGUAAAUAUCAUGCCCCUGCAGUCUCACUGCUUAAUUCUCUGCCAUUUAGGAGUUAAAUUACUUUGUUUAUGCAGCCCUAGGCACACUUCCCUGCAUAUGACACUUCCUAAACACUUCUUGUAAAGACUCCUUUAAUGUUUACAUUUCCUUAUUGCAAAUUAUGAUUAAUUUAGAAUUAAUCUCCUGCAUUAUUAAUUUUUAGCUAGACUCUGCAGGAGCCUCCUGUAUGUGAUUUUUUUUUAAAGUUCAAUUUAGAGAACAAGUAAGUAAGCUACUAUCUGAUUUGAAAGUGAAACCAUUUUAUUUUUUUCAUGCAGGAUAGGCGUAGUUAAGGCUGCAUCAACAGAGACAAAAGUGAUUGAACUCCUAAAUGGCAGAGAAUUGAGCAGUGAUAAUUCAGAGGCAUGAUAUAUACAUCCAACCGUUUCAUUGAGCUAAAGUUUUUUUGGUAACUAUAGUGUCCCUUUAACUUAAGCAGCAACGGGAGAAUGUGAUUGGCUGAGAGCGUCUGCUGACUGCUUUCAGCCUUUCACAGUGCUGGUAUCAAUUGGUAUGGCUAGAAGCGUGUAUAAUUUCUGCCUUAGCCAUACCUUCAGCCAGGCAGUGAUUAGCCCUUAUUUAGUAUUACACUGCUCAAAUGGUUUCACACUAAAGAGAGGGACAGUGCCAGAGGACUCAAAGUCCAGCAAAUGUGUUGGUUUGUUUACUUGGAUAUUCUACUAUAUUGGCUGUAUCUAUUGUUCUUUUGAGCAAUCCGUUAUACUAAUUUGGGACACCUGAUGAAGGUCUAAUUUUCAGAAGUGAGAAGCAUGUGGAUGGUCUUUGUAAGCUUCUUGGUUGAAAUAAUUGUUUUAAAACAAUGGAGGGGUUAUCCAUCCUGAAGUAUGCAAUCUUGGUUUAUAUUUAUGCUGUUGAAUGUAUAUGUACUAAACGUACAUAACAUAUGAAUUAAAUGUUUUAUGUUCAAAUAAUAUCUUGAGUAUUUCAGGUCCCAAAUUACAAGCAAUACAGUUUUAACAUCCUCUUUCCACUUAGUCCAGUGAGAAUGAAGUUGGUAACACAAUGUAGAAGGUUGUCCAAGUUCCAGUUCAUAUGCAUUAUUUUCUAUCACUAUACAUAACACUUCUUUGAUAGUAGGAAUGGUAGAAGAUUUCCAGUAGCGAGGUAAACAAGAUGCUGCUUAUAUUUAGUUUAUCUACUUUGGUAAUGGAUUUUGGGAAUUUCCUAAAUAGGCCUGACUUUGAGGUGAAAACAGUGAUAGUUGGGUCUACUUAUUAUUACUUAUGUUAUGUAGGCAUGAGGAAGCAAAGUAUCAGUGGUAAAGAAUCUUAAAAUGGUUCUCCAAAUGGUUAGUACAUUAGGUAAUACCCAUCAAGGCAAGAAAAAAGUCAAACCAUUCCUCUAGUUUAUACUGUGUAACCAGCUCUCUCCCAGGACAACAAAUGAGACCUCACUUGAAGUAUUGUACGCAGUACUGGAGACCGUAGAAGGAUAUUGAUACUUUAGAGAGAGUUCAGAGAAGGGCUACUAAACUGGUUCAUGGAUUGCAGGAUAAAACUUGCCAGGAAAGGUUAAAGGAUCUUAACAUGUAUAGCUUGGAGGAAAGACGAGACAGGGGGGAUAUGAUAGAAACAUUUAAAUACAUAAAGGGAAUCAACACAAUAAAGGAGGAGACCAUAUUUAAAAGAAGAAAAACUACCACAGCAAAAGGACAUAGUCUUAAAUUAGAGGGGCAAAGGUUUAAAAAUAAUAACAGGAAGUAUUACUUUACUGAGAGGGUAGUGGAUGCAUGGAAUAGCCUUCCAGCUGAAAUGGUAGAGGUUAACACAGUAAAGGAGCUUAAGCAUGCGUGGGAUAGGCAUAAGGCCAUCUUAACUAUAAGAUAAGGCUAAUUAAAAGUAUUUUGAAAUAUUGGGCAGACUAGAUGGGCCAAAUCAACAUACAGUUACAAUGUAAAACACUCCCACAUAAACCGCAUAAUCCCCCCCCUCUCUAUCCUGCAGAUAAUUGGGUUAAGUGGCUGUAGUAAACGUAAUUAUCUCCAAGUACAGAAAAUGUUUCAAAGUUAUAAAAUUCACAAAACACUUAAAAAUACAUAAAAUCAUAUUUCGCAUAACCCAUAGUCUAUAUAUCCCCAGAUAGCUUGUAUCUGAGUGCUCAAUAUAUCCGAAAAGCACUCCGAUCCCACGAACACAAUUGAAUCGCCAUGGGGUUAAUGGCAUUAACCGACCGCACUGAAUUAGUCUGUCCAGAAAUAGUUACACGCUUUUAGCUAUAAGGGUCGGUUUAGUUUGUGCGUUUCAUCUGAACAGAAAGUAGUGAAAUCAACAAAAAGGUGACUGAAUCCCCUGGCUCCUAUUAUAGGAAUGGUAGGUAGUUUUAGUCGAACAAACCAUCGAACCAGGUUCUCUUAGCUUGCCUCAGCCAGAAGCAGGCGUUCGGGUCAUUGAGUGGCCGCCUCAGAGUUCCAGGCACUCGACAACCAAGUCCCGCUGCCUGCAUUCGUGCCACACAAAGAGAACAUGUAUUCAUGUGGUUUGUUUCAAGUUAACGAGCUAGGUGGGUGUUCAGUGAUUAGGUCGGCAAAUGAAAUAUGGAAGGAAAGAGGGUCAUCUGCUUAAACAGCAUACGAAAAGAGCACUGGUACACACAAAAGAGGGGGGUUUUGUCACAGGUCAAUUUUAGAUGUAGGCCUAGUUGAAGCCAAAGGGUUGCGGUACGUUAAAACAUUAUUUUGAUUUAUUAAUUAGCAAGUCGAAUUUCGGUUAGCGUAUCCGGUAGGCCAAAUUUUUAUUUUAUCUUUUGUUAAAUGGUAGUAGGAACACAAUUUGAAUAGGCAAUGAGUGUGCGGAAAAUUUAGGUUUACAGGGAACAAAUGUCAAUACAGUACAGAUUGUGGUAAAGCUCUAAAAAAAUUACUGGAAUACCCAUGCUACCAUUGAGUUUAAGAUGCUGCAUUGUUAAUUUAAUCCUGCUGAGUUUAUUCCAAAUCUUAUCAUUGAGGAAUGGAAUUUACUGAAAGUAUAAAGGUAUACAUUGUGCUAGCACUCUAAAAUAAUAAAUAAUCUUCGGGUGAACAGUCAUUUUGAUUGAUACUAUUCUAUCCAACCAUGAGAGCUCAAGUAGACAUCAUAUUUUAAUCUUUCUCUGGUGGUUAGGCUACAUUUUUUUUCAAAUGUAAAUGGGUUUUAGAACACCGGGCCCCACUCCCCAUCCCUAUUAUUGCUUUAGAGAGCCAGAAAUUCUCCUCACUGAGCUAACCCUGUAAUGUGCCUGCCAUAUUGGUUACAUAAAACGUUGUUAGCGGCAUGUACUCUUAAUGCACUGCUUGUGAGAUCACAUAGAGUGCAGUGUAAUUCAUGACAAUUGUAUCCUUGAUCUGUUGCAUCUGGUGUUGAUCUGGUUUGUAGCAUUUGAAGGUCAAUGGAUGUCAAUUCUGUGCAAAUUGCAAUGCACAGAUGCCCAUUAAUUGGCUGGGAAUGGUCAGCUGACAUUCUUAGCCAAUGAAUCCGUGCCUGCUUUGCCAAAGCCAAAUGUCCUAAAUCUGCCUUUAAAGAACACGAGCCCGAUAAGGCUUCGCUAAGAGGGAGAAACAUUACAAAACCAUAUGCCCCAUUUUCAUUUAUGUAGUUAUGGUUGGAGUAACCGUUUAAAGUCACUGCUAAUUCUUUGUAUAAAUUCAAUUAACUAUAUAGAUACUGAUUUGCCUGUUUUAUUGGUUAAGUGAGGUCUGGAGGUUGCAGCGGUCAGCGGGUGUCAAUGCUGGUUUAUCGCGGUCCAAUUUCACUCCAGAUUAUUGGCAUUGUGAAGAUAGGAUGUCUUUACAGUUUUAGCAUUAAACCUUGUCAUCCCAGAAACUGCUUCCUCUCUGUAUUAUAUAGGAUAAUGUCACAAAUUCCAUUUGACUUUAUUUUAGUAAAGUGGUGUUUCUUCAACUAAUCCUUGAUCAAACAUGAGAGAAGGCAGAGGCCAUCCUUAAACUCAAUUUUCUAAAUACUGCUACGCAUUUUGAUGUGUGCACAGCUACAAAUGCAACAUCUGUACUUGGAGGUUUUAAUCCCAGGCUUUAUGAGAAACCUUAAUCAUACUUCUCACUUAUUGUAAAGCUAGGAAAGGCUCACACAGUGGUAUGGAAUGUAAUCUGUGGAUUAGCAAAAAGCAAAUCAGACUACCCUUUCAACCUUGAAAAUCUGAUUAAAGAUCUGAGGGCCAUUUGCUCAAAAAGUAAUUAUAUGGUCAUCUAAUACAUUUUGUUUGCUUAUAAAGAGUGUGACAAAGUAGAAUGUGCUUUUUAAAGUGGGGGCAUCUAUAUUUAUACUAGUUUGCAAUUUGAAAUGCCUACGCAAGCAAAAAGCUUCAUUCAUUAUGCAGUGGAAUAAACAGAGAAUGCAUUCUAAGAUUGGACUGGGAGAAAUCCUUCAUGUCGCCUUACAGGUUUUAAAUGCUGUUUUUAUGUUUUAAUGUUUCACAGGGUUCUAAUAAAAAGUCACUAUUUGUAGCAAAGAUGAAUUGGCUUAUAAGUGUGGCGGAAGCAAUGCCAUUCUUUGAACAGUAGACCACAUUUGAUUAAGCAAUAUUGUUUGAAACUUGGCAAUACGGCUUCUUGUCUGGCUAUCAUUCCGAUUCUAUUUAUUUACCUUGUGUUUGCAAGGAUACAGUUCAGUUUUUAUUCUCGAAUAUCGUAAAACAUUCAUGUGUUUUUGGAUGCUUUUUAAAAAAAAAUAAUUUAUAUGUGCAUCUCACAAUCUAGAUGUAAGGUUACCUUCUCACUGCGCCUAGUGUUCCCUAUACCAGAGGCCUUAGAUUUCGCCCGCCAACACUCUGCACGCAUGCAGACAUCGUGGCAUCUUGACGUCAUACAUGAUGUGGAACACUCAGACUCUGCCUUCUUAUGUACUGUAUUUACUCAAAUCUAAUGCACACCUUUAUUGGCAAAAUGAAGUCUCCGAAACUUGAUUGCGCAUUAGAUUUAAGUACGAAUGGUGCUUUAGAGUUAAUGGGCAUACAACACAUAAUCACUGGGGAAAAAUUUGCAGAGGCAAAAUUUUCAUUCACAUCACUGCGAUAGGGUUUCUGUUUUCAGAAUUUCACCCGGGUGAGAGGACAGUCCUCUCUUAUCAACCUAUAUGUUGUAUAGUAGUAUCUUCUUGUACAAAUGCGCAUUACAUUCGCCAACAAAAAAGUAUUUAUUGGGCUUCCAGGUUUCAAAAUGUAAAUGAACAUUAGAUUCAUUGGUGCAUAAGAUUCGAGUAAAUAGGGUAUUUAAAGUGACAUGCCGCUUUUUUAAUGACUUGUUACUUUUUCGUGCCAUCACUGUACAUGCAGACAAUCACUGAACAGUAUUGGGGUAUUAAACUACCUGAUUGUUCUUCGUUCGUUGCCUGGUUUUUGUUUUUGUUUACCCGAGAGUGUUAUAUAUUACUUAUUGUUCUGUUUUCUGACCUUGGCUUGUCUGUCCAAUCAUGAUCAUUGUAACCCUGACCUUGGCAUGUUUCUCAUCUCUGUGUACCUCCUGUAAUCCCUUACCUCAGCUUGUGAACAUUUAUUCUGUGUCUGCUUGCAGACUUUGACUGAAGGACCAGUACGCAUACCUUACUUGCAUAUACCUAGGUUUCUGUGUUUGGGUCAGGCCAACCCUGGCACUAGAUAGCAAUAGAUGUCCUAUGGUUUGGCUUCUUUGAAUAUCCAAAAGAAAGUGGUCGAGGCACUACGUUUUGCAAGUUUUGAAUGCCGUUUAAUGUAGCAUAUUGCCAGCCUUCACAAGCAAACGAUUGGGGGUGUAUGCCUACCCAUGGGCAGGGAGCAUCACCUCUAUUAUUUUAUUCUCAUCUAAGGAAAUGUCCUCACAAAAGGAGUGCAGUCCCCUCCACUGGAAUUUUGGGACUUCUGUGUAUUGACAUAAAGAAUUUUUAUAAAGUGUAUAGUACAGUUAUGAGAUUGCAUAUCCUUAAAGCUCAGUCUUUCUCGCUGCAGUAAGAACCAUUUAACUGCUUCUUCUUGUUUGUGUACAUUUCAUUGCAGAAAAUAUAAGUAGAAUCUGUGUUUGAAGGCAAACUGGAAUGUAUACAUAACUGGUUCUGUUGAGCGAGAACUCUCAAUCUUUGUGAAACUAAAGAUAUGUAGAAAUAUAAAAUAUAUUAUUAUUAUUAUUAUUAUUAUUAUUAUUAUUAUAUUUUUUUUUUUUUUUUUCCUUCAUUGGCAGGGUGAUUUUUACAAGGCUGUCUGUCUUUCAUAGUAGAUUCAGUAUUGGGAGUUGAAGGAAUCGUCCCAUUAGCUAUUUAUUUUCUAUUUCAAUAAUUCUGUUAUUCGCAUAUUAGAUUUAGCAAGACUGUUGCAAAUACUGUAACUGCUGAUUUAAAAUGUGCAUUGUGUGCAUAAGAUACGUCCACUCAAUAUGAUUUUAUUUUUAACUGUUGCAAAUUGCUGAUCUGAAAUGUAGGAUGUAAUGCAGCAGACAUUCCAUCCAUUAUUAGUUUGCCCUUUAGUCAGCUUUUUUUUUUUUUUUUUGGUAAACAGAACAUGCAGUAUGAUUAGCUACAGUACAGAGUCCCUUUUAAGUGGAUUUUACAAAUCAAAAAUGAAGCAGACAUUUUGCUACGGAUGCGUUUUGUUGUACUCUAGUAGUUUAAAGACACAUUAAUGGGAACCUUGUUCCUGUGGAGCUCUGUUUUACACUCAGACACACUAACACUAUGGAGUUCCUAGAAAAUGGGGACAGAGGGACACUUGGGAGGUAUGGGGAUGAGAGAGAAUGAAUGACUGGGAUUUUGUUCUUGUAACAGCAGAGAUGCCUCCUAACCUUAAAUUCAGUUUCAUUCUCUUUGGUUAAUUUGCUGGAAUGCCCUUCUUCUUCUAUCUGGAAGUGACCCUUAUGAACCUUCAGAGCGUAAACCCUAUCGCAUCAUGCUAUCAGAGCCUUCAGCCCAGCCCCUCUGACAUUUUAUGUAAAAUUGUUUAGGCACAGUAUAACAUCAGUUUUCAGAGGGAGUGAUGCCUACAAAUUAUCUUCCCUUAUAGCCACUAUAAGGUACAUGUUUCUCAAUGAGUGUAUUCUGGUGUGUGUAAUGGUCUUUUUUAUUAUUUUUUUUUUUUUUGUGGGGACCCAUACCAAGUGCUUCCAACUGUUUUGAACAACAUUCCUGCUUGUAGAACAUUUAUUUAAUUUUAAGUCUUACUUGAGCAGUUGUUGACAUUGGUGAUUAUGUGACAAGUGUUAAGGGAUUGUCCAGUAAUGCAGUUUAACUUAUCUUUUUAUUUUUUUUUUUUUUUUUUUAGAAAUUGAAAAAGUCCAGAAAGGAGAGGAGAGCAAUGAAGACCAGUACAUAGAUGUUGUAAUCAAUAAGAAUAUGAAACUCGCCCAGAAAGUCCUAAUCCCUAUUAAACAGUUUCCCAAGGUGAGUGUCUUCUGUGAACAGAAAAAUAACAAGUGCAUGAAUAUUCAAAAUGUUUUAUUGCCACACUGUAGUUGUCUUCGCAGCAAUGUUUCUCAUUCUCUAAUCUCCAUUUAAUAUUUUUGGAUAAACCUUUAAAAUGAUUAAUCUACACAUUUCCCUAUAGAUUUUAAUUGUGAAGUCUGUAGAUAAAUAAUUAGAAGUUUUUUUUUUUUUGGGGGGGGGGGUUUAUCCAAAAAAUUAGAUCAAUGUCCAAAGAAAAACUCAACUCCCCUGUUAUAAAAGACAUGUGCCUACAUUUUGGCCUGUGAGUGGUUAAAGAAGCAAAGGUUAAAUACAAAGUGCACUUUGGAGAGAGAACAUGCAAUUGAAACAUUCAGUCUGAUGAUCUGGUCUAAUUGGUCACCGUUCCUCACUGUAAACAUGUGUGUUGGUUUGCAAUUUACCAAUAGCUCCUUGCAUUUUCUCAAGGUGGAAGCCAAUUUUGCGCUGCACGGAUGUGCUUUAGAUAUUAAAUUUUAUAUUUUAUUCUCCUCCCAUGGGAUUUGUCAAAGCUAAAGAACCAUCAGGUUUUUAUUUUGUAUGCUCACAUUUCAUGACUAUCAAACUACAUGUAAAUUCUAGAUACUAUAUUUCUAAGACGCUAAGCAUUUUAGUUUUAAAUAUUCUUCUAAGACAGAUGUUGGUAACCACAUGGUGCCACAAAUGAUGGAAAAAAAACUCUUGUAUCUGCCACAUGCAGUGUCCCUUUAUAGAAAUUAAUAAUUGUCCCCAAACCAGCAGUGGCUGGACAUAAAUGCAUACACAUGUUCCUACAAGGAAGACCCACUGGAGAUGUCAAAAAAUAUUUAAACAUUUAUACGAACCUAAAGUGUUAAAUGCUUCUCAGCAGAGAAAAUAAAAUGGUUCGUUCACAGAAUAGAAACACAAACUGCUGAUGUUUGUUAGCCAUCCAGCCCAUCAUUGUAAAGUAAAUACAUGGGUAUUGUGUGAAAGAUACCAGAAAACGUGCUAAAAUUUAAAAAAAAAUAUGUUCUCCUGAUCAACUACGUAUACCUGGUAAUCCGUGGAGCAGGGUGUAAUCUCUUACAUGUUUAAUUAAUCAAAGACCAUUUUUGGUUCUAGACCCAUAGAAUGUUUACACAGACCAAGUUUGUUCUUGGUCUGUGUAAACAUACAUAGAAAUUUAAGGUUUACUCUGUCCACUCCAAUAUUUACCAAACUCUGCAUAUACUGGUCAUAACAAAAGUGUGUUGCUGGUCUUGUCUUUAGUGCAGGAGACAUAAAGUUAUAGUUUGAAAGUGUUUUAUAUAUUUUUUUUUUUAUUAAUAUGCACAUACACUAAAACUGAUUAUUUCAAGGGUUUACUGUUAUCUUCAUUUUCCAAGAAAUUCUGGUUCCUGAUAUUGGAGAAUAGUGUGUGUGUAACAAUUGUUAAGAUUUAAGUAUACCACUUUUAUGCAUGUAAAACAAAAAUGCAGAAAAAAUUAAUAAAACUCCUUUUCACUGUUUAACUUUCCUUGUCCUAUUUUGUUGUACGCAAUAUCUGCUUGCUUUGACUACCAGAGUCUUUCAUGAAAACUGCAGGAUUUUCUCCAUAGUCCUCCCUAAUGUGGUUUAUCCAUAAAUUUGUAUUCAUGCAGAGUGCAAUUCCGCAUAGAUUUGCAUUUAAGGAAAAUGUACAGAAGCACAAACCUUAUACCAUUAAUGGAGAGAAUGACAGAACAAAUAUGGAAAGCUCUUAAACCCUAUAAAUGUUUUACCAAAACACCAGUGUAGUUUCAUUUUACAUUUAAGUGCCUGAAUUAUUUACAAAUUAUCUAGCUCAGGAUUUUUUUUUUAUACUUGCUUUUUUAUCAUGCUCUAGACCAGGGAUAGGCAACCUUUGGCACUCCAGAUGUUGUGGACUACAACCCCCAUAAUGCUGGUAAAGCAUCAUGGGAGGUGUAGUCCAAAACAUCUGGAGUGCCGAAUGUUGCCAAUGCCUGCUCUAGACAUACUGAAUCUAAUGGAACUAAUAUCAAAAUAUAAUAUUUGGAAUUCCAAAUUAGAAGACCGGUAUGUUCUUUAUUUAUCCAUAGUCAUCCAUCUGCUUCUUUGUAGUGAUAUAUAUUGUAUAUUUUUCCCUUAUAAUUAGAUUUUUUUGCUUUCAUAUAUGGCGUAUUGCAUGGUUAUUACAUUGUGCUUGGUGGUUCAAGAUGAAAUUGCCAUGCAUUUGUUGUUUAACUUGUUAUACUGACAUUCAAGUACUCUCUGGAAAUCUAAAUAAAUUGAAAAUCAUGCACAGAAUCACACACAUAUACACAUUUUUUCACUCAAUUGCUGGAAGAAUGCACACUUCUAAAUUAUUUAAUUUUGGAUUCAUUUAUUUUUAAAUGAUUAAUUUUAUGUAAAAUGGAGUCAGUUUUAAGAAAUAUCAAUAAAUGUAAAACCAUUUUCAUGGGAAGUGAGGGUGCAAAUGGAAAAAACAAAGACUCUAAUAUUGGCAGUUCAUGGUACUUGGUGGCUAUGGUAGACCAAAUAAAUGUUGUUGUGUAACUUUUCAAACAAUUGUACAAUUAAUGUUUACAAGUGUUAUUAAAAUGUUUAGAUCCAUGAGUUUCAUCAUUCUAAGCUUUCUGGGUUUCCUUGAAUUUAAUAACGUUUGACCUUUGAUUUAUUUAGAGCAGUAGUCCCCAAACCAGUCCUCAAGGCACCCUUACCAGUCCAAGAUUUAGGGAUUACCCAGAUGUGUCUCUAAGGUGGUUUUAGAAAAAAAGAAAGUGGUGGGAAACCUUGGACACAAUUGGGAUAUCCUUUAAAUCCUGGACUGGUAGGAGUGACUUUGGAAACCACUGCUUUAGAUUAUAAAUGUAGUCCAUGUAAUGUAUUUUUUCUCUAUUCUGGUGAAUUACAUUGUAGUGUAGAUACACUUCUUGAGACUGUCAAUUGCUUAUUAAGUAUCCGCCUUGCAUAAUUGUAAAGUGCUGUGGAAACUGUUGGCACAUUAUAAAUGCUGAUUAGUGAUGUCCAGAACGGUUCGCCACGGACGGCGAACAUAUGCGCUGUUCGGUCCACCCCCUAUUCGUCAUCAUUGAGUAAACUUUGACCCCGUACCUCACAGUCAGCAGACACAUUCCAGCCAAUCAGCAGCAGAUCCUCCCACCUCCUGGACAGCUCACUAAGAAUGCAGCUUCACAAUGAAUGUAAAAUGGAUGCUGUCCAGGAGGUGGUAGGGUCUGGGAGGGAGGGCCUGCUGCUGAUUGGCUGGAAUGUGUCUGCUGACUGUGAGGUACAGGGUCAAAGUUUACUCAAUGAUGACAUAGGGGGCGGACCGAACAGCGCAUAUGUUCGCCGUCCACGGCGAACCGUUCGGGACAUCACUAAUGCUGGUAUUACAGGAAAACUAAAACUAGGUUAAUUAAAAAAAAAUGAUUGUUUUGGGAAGUCCAAUCCACUCACAUAUUAAGAGUGUUUUGUCCCCUACAGGUUUCUCCUCUGUUAUUGAGAAUUGCAAUAACAGACAUAUCCACGCAAUAAAACAAAUGCAUAACAUGCAAUCCUGGCUGUUUUUGAUUCAUGGGCUUAUUUUGUUUUCUAUAGUUUAACUUUGUUGGGAAGCUUUUGGGUCCACGUGGAAAUUCUCUGAAGCGGUUACAAGAAGACACUCUAACAAAAAUGUCUAUUCUCGGGAAGGGUUCCAUGAGAGACAAGGCAAAGGUAGGUCUACAUUUACACUUAAUGCAUUUCUUAUUGCUACUUUCUCUUUUUAUUGUGUGGUAAUCUAUUCUAUAUAGAGAGCAUUAUUUUAUUAAUUAUAAAAGGCCAAUAAAAAUGUCUUAAAAUAAAUGUAAAGGGAAAACUGGAGGUUAAACAAAUAAAACCCAGAGAAGCGAGGAAUCAGGUGUAUUAUCACCCACACACUUAACUCCUAGCCAAAAAGAGCCUCAAUAUGCACAUUGAUAAACGAUCCUAUACAACACAAAGAUAAAGGAAAAACAUCAUAGUGUAGUAUAUAAAGUGCAUAAUUGAGGCAACUAAAGUGAUCAGAGAAACUAGCUUUCCAGGGCCUGUUAGUAGUCCUCUUUAAACUAUGCAGGCACAACAAUAUAUAUCCAGUAGUCCAGGACAGCCGAAAUUGACAGCAGGAACCCAGGAUCCACUGAGAAGCAAGUAUAAUUGUUCUAUUUUACAUGAACUAGGAACCAGAGUAGCAAAAUAAGGAUGUGAAACAAUCUUUAUUAUAUCGUCAAAGUAGAAAGAUAAGCACAAACAUUUCAACCCUAAUAGGGUCUUCCUCAGGAACAAUCUGAAAAUGUGAUUCUGAAUUUGGAAAGUCACAUGGGAUACUUAUCAUCGUUAUAUCAGAUACCAUCUUUUUCAAUAUAAUUGGGUAGUUUAUUUGAAAUAGGAAAGAAAACCCUUUCUCGUGUGUGUGUGUGUAAAAUAUAGUGAUUCAAUGCUGUAAUUAGCUGUAGGUUAAUUGCCAGUAAACUGGAUUGUAAACCCCAACGUCUAAACUAAUCAUUAUGAUAACGAGAGCUUCCAGAAUGUUGAGUUUGCCCCCUCAGAAAAAAAUGUUUUGUCCUAUUGCCACUAUCCAGAACAGAUAUAUAUAUAUAUAUAUAUAUAUAUAUAUAUAUAUAUAUAUAUAUAUAUAUAUAUAUAUAUAUAUAUAUAUAUAUAUAUAUAUAUAUAUAUAAAUUUUUUUUUUUUUUUUGUUAAAUCAUUAGAGAGAGAAAUUUGAAACAAUGUUGUCAGUUUCUAAUAUAAAUUUCUUGUAUAGUCUUGGUGUUUAAUAGGAAAAGAUAUUACCCAAUACAUUACCAUGUUCUCCCACACAUAUAAAAAAAAAAAAAAAAUGUGCUGUUGGAAUGUAAAAAAUUAAGGCAUACUGAGGCCUUAAUAAUUUUAACUAAACCAUCUUGAUUUAAGCUGCUCUUUAGCUAUUGUAUUGGAUUAAUUGUUGGAAUAACUGUUAUAAGACUUUAACUAUGAUCUGAUAACUUGGACAAUGCUUCAAUGGAAAGUAAUAUCAGUGGUCUGAGUGAUCUGCCAGUUUGGAGUAACCUUUUAAACCUUGUCCAAUGUCUAUAACCACUUCUGCUUUUAGAAGUGGUCAUGUAGGAAGGAAUCUAUUUGCAGUGUUUGUAUUGGAAAUGUUGUACAUACAGAAAUGUGCUCUCUUGUGCUGAGGAACAUGGUGGCAGGGUUAAAGUCUCUCGUAGACAUCGAUACAUUGUGCUAUUAAAAUCAGUGGGGGGAAACGACCCGCAAACCAUGCCUAAUGUGCAUUUGUAAAUUUUAUAGUAGGUACACUAAUCUUUUAAAAAAAAAAUUAAAAUGGUUAAAUGCCAUUCUGGUUGGGUUUCAAACCUUUUAACAGGGAAAAUAAGGUUUAUAGAGAAAUUAGGAUGCUGUUAAACGAGGUCUGUGAAUGUUUGUUUAUUAUGCUGAUGUUUGAAUGCAGGGGUAUGUUUGUAUGGGUGAGUUACCCUGCAUCCUUCUAUUUCAUAGUGGGUACUACUGGUGGUUCCAACAUGGCUAGGAAGUGUGAUGGACAUUGGUGGAACUCAUGACCUGCUCGUGCCACAGUGGGUUUGCACCAACUGUGUUGCUGGUAGUAAUGCACCUGGUCUUUCACUACUACUUGUCUUGCUAUAUCUCAGAGUGUGAAUUGAAAUACAUAUUAUAACUGGGUAUUGCCCCAAACAUUCUUUGUUAUAAGUGACCAUUCUUGAUCAUAGAAUGAUAUACAGGGAGAAAGAUAAUUGGACAUACUAAAACACAAACGUAUAAUAUAAAAAAUGGUCAAAAGGGUAAUCCAGAUGUGGACCCUGUGCUCACUGUGCCUAGUGUGCGAGGGGUGUACUGACUACACCUUGCUGACGAGGCCUGAAGAAGGCUGAAACUAUCAUCCAGGUUUUCUGUAUCUCUCAUGCAGAGAGAAAUCGCCAGCAUUUUGGUUGUGGAAUACCCUUAUUGGUGGGAUCUGUCUGAUAUUCCAUGGCACUGGUUCUCUCUGUAAUGGCACAAGUGAGCAAAAAACUAUUUUGAAACCAGAGCAAGGAUUUACCAAAUGGCAAUCUAUUGAGUUUCUCUAACGUUUUGUUUGAAAUUGAGUUUUGACUCCAAAGUAUGCACAGGCCAUCCCACACAGGGGAGGAUAAGUCAAGAUAGUAGUAAUUACAUGCAGUUUAUAAGAAAACGGUAAAGACACUUUCUCGGUGUAUACACCGCCUAGUUCCAGCUUUUAGUGAUCUUUUAAAAGAUUUGCGUUUAGUUCAAUUUUCUUCUGGGGUUUAGUUGGCAAUAGGGAAGUGGGUGAGAUUAGGGAAAGAGUUUCUCGAAGCUUUUGUGUGUUCUUAGUUCUCUUAUUGUUUGUUUUUGUUGUAAUUUACCAUAUGUAGAAGGUUUUUUAUAGACUUUUGAGCUAACAAUCUAAAGGGAGAAAAUAGGGUUACAAGUAAGAAUAUUAGGAAAGGUUAUUAUAAAUGUUUUCAUGACUUAUACUAGGUAGCAUGUAAUUAGUUGUGAUUUCACACCGUAGGAGAAUCCUAGUCUACAAGUUAGACACCGGGGGGAGGUGGAGGUGGGAGGAGAGAGAGGAGAUAUAAUGGAGCAAAAUGGUCUUUUGGAGGAAAAAUGACUGGAAUUUUAAUCAUAAAAAUAGUGAUACAGUGUCCUUUUUUUAUCAGUCGGUAUGUUCUGAAAGUAAUACUUUUCUUGUGAGGGUUACACACAAGGGAAUUUAAAGGAGUUGGUAAACACCAUAGCUAGAUAGUUUAGCAAAAGUGUUUGGACAUGUGCAGAAAUGCAUGUCAAGUUAUCAGUUAAUACAAAAAACAUAAUUUUUUUGCAGUUGUUAGUCUACUGGAAACCCCUCCCCCCCACCCCACAAACUUCAUAGUAGAGGUGUAAAUUUUAAAAUCUAAAACUUUGAGGGUCAUUAGAGCACAGACUUGGGAACAUAUAAACACAGGUGUGCAACUUCCAACAAUGUCAUGAUAUAACCUUCAUUGUAUCUUUCUGACCUAUUGAACCUUUAAGAUGAUUGGCAUCUGUCUAUUUCUGGAAUCUGUAUGUCUGAAAAAUGUUUGUUAUGCAUGCAUAGAUAAAGGAUUAAUUUUCUGUCAUUUAACAAAACUGUGUAGAGAAAAGAUCAAUGUUCAUUAAGUAUUUUUAUUUGAGUGAGGAUAGUUUUCCAGAACCCCAUAUGUUAGGAGUCAUAUUGCAGAUUUUGAAUUGAAUUGGAAAAAUCUUUCUUCUGCAGGAAGAGGAACUGAGGAAAAGUGAAGAAGCGAAAUAUUUCCAUCUUAACGAUGACCUACACGUCCUUAUUGAGGUUUUCGCUCCUCCAGCAGAAGCAUAUGCCAGAAUGGGGCAUGCACUGGAAGAAAUAAAGAAAUUUCUUAUUCCUGUAAGUAUCUUUAGAGCUUUUUAUAAUUGCUUUUUUUUUCUCUAUUUUUUUCAUAUUAAUGUUUCUCAUUACUGUAAAGAUGAGCUAUGAAAUGGCAUUUGGUAACUGCAUACCUCUUUUUAAGCUUAGCAAUGAUAUUAACUCACAAGUAAAGCAUUAUUUAAUCGUUUUCGGUUGUCACGGAGAAAGUAUGCCAACAUAAUUCUUCCCUUAUAGCCACCAGAUUCACAUUGUAUUCUCCAUGAACAUUCUUGUCCAAAAGCUUUUUUUUUUUUUUUUUUUCACUCGUGUUUGGUUGCAUUGCCACAUACAUGACAUUCUGGUGUGUCAAAUUGCAUCCCACAAACUUGCUCCCACAACUUUUUGCCUACAGUUUAAAAUGAUUUUUGUUACCCAUUCACUGCUGCUCAGCUAGAGGCUAGCUUUCUAUUAAAAAUUACAUUAGAAUUUUUGAAGAUUCAAAUCGGCUACUUAGUGUGACUGAAAUGGCUGUGAAGAUCGAGUGUGACAUCAAUCACAGCCUCUAAACAUCGAUAUUUGAACAGCUAAUGAUUUAUCCACUCAUGAUACCAAUGAAAAUGUACAGUCAACACCUAGAGCCUCGGAGCACUAGAAGUAAUACAGUAGGGUAAUAUGGUUAUGGUGCUUGGAAAGUCCCCUUAGUUUUAACAGAUUGGGCAUGGCCUGACAAUGUUGCACUAUGUAGUUAUUAGAAGACCACGUCAAAGACUUUCUAGGACUGCUAUGUUUAUUAGGGAGAAAAUUAAGUGGUUUCCGUUAUUUAAAAAAAAAUUGUUUAAUUGCUAAGCUGCUAUAUAAAUAAUGUAUUUAUCAAAUGAGUACUGAACAUUUAUUCUUUUUGUAGAUUCCAUGAUUUGCAGUAAAUUAACAAACAAAAUAGAAUACAUUUUGUUAGGAUUUUUUUAAAUAAAUUCCUUGCAUGUUUUUAGUUUUUUCAAUUUUUUUUUUUUUUUUUUUUAGUGUCUAGCUUGCCACUUAAAUACUUUUUCCUGUUUUUAUAUUCUUUUUCAUCCCAUAUUAAGCUUUGUAUUUCACCUGUCUGGUUAGGCUGUAUUGAGAUGAACAACUAUAAUGCUAAAUCUUCAUGGAGUCCUUAUUAAAUGUUUUUUAAAGAAUUGUUGUAAAGAAAAGUAGUAAUAUAUAUAUAUUUUUAAAUUGUAGAUAUGAUGUGGUUUUAAUUAAGAAAUGUAUAUGGAAAAUCCACCUACUUUAAGGAAGAAUUGUUGCGUUCUCAAUAUAUACCUUAGGGGAGUUAUCUGGAGAAAUCAUCAGUUGGCUUACACCAAUAGUACAUUCUAUUCUAUGUGCAAUCAUCUUAUGUGCAUCAAUAUUUAAUUGUGUAGAAUGCUUUUGAAUAGAUACUCCAUAAGUUUUGAUUUGGGUAAAAAGGUGGCUCUCAACAGUUUUUGCACAAAGAUACACUUUAAUAAGAGCUACAUUUCCGAAGCACAGCUGUCUUUCUGUUUAAUGUCGUCAGCCGAUUAUAAAGAUCACAUUUGCUUAAAUCCUCACUAGAGAGAGAUACCCAUACUUGUAGUCAAACUGACUGGUUUUAAUUAAUAGCCAGAUGGGAAUCUCAAUCUUGAUGCUGAUACUUGCUUACUAGAAACACAUUUUAAGGAUGCAUUCAACAUAUUACAGCUCUGAAUUUAAUUUGUUCAUUGCACCUUUUUGAGGAAGCUUAAAGGGACACUAUAGUCACCUGAACAACUUUAGCUUAAUGAAGCAGUUUUGGUGUAUAGAAAAUGCCCCUGCAGCCUCACUGCUCAGUCCUCUGCCAUUUAGGAGUUAAAUCCCUUUGUUUAUGAACCCUAGUCACACCUCCCUGCAUGUGACUUGCACAGCCUUCCAUAAAUACUUCCUGUAAAGAGAGCCCUAUUUAGGCUUUCUUUAUUGCAAGUUCUGUUGAAUUAACAUUUUCUUAUCCCCUGCUAUGUCAAUAGCUUGCUAGACCCUGCAAGAUCCUCCGGUAUGUGAUUAAAGUUCAAUUUAGAGAUUGAGAUACAAUUAUUUAAGGUAAAUUAUAUCUGUUUGAAAGUGAAACCAGUUUUUUUUUUUUCAUGCAGGCUCUGUCAAUCAUAGCCAGGGGAGGUGUGGCUAGGGCUGCAUAAACAGAAACAAAGUGAUUUAACUCCUAAAUGACAGUGAAUUGAGCAGUGAAAUUGCAGGGGAAUGAUCUAUACACUAAAACUGCUUUAUUUAGCUAAACUAAUUUAGGUGACUAUAGUGUUCCUUUAAGGCACACCAGUGAUCCGGUACACUGGUUUAAAACCAAUGGGGCAGGAGGUCCUCUGUAAAGAAUAUUUGAUCUUGUUGAAGGACAACAUUUGGUGCACUGAUUUUCUGAAAACAUCCGAUACAUGCAAGGAGAAUGAAGAGUAUUCUGUGUGCUGGUUAUUUGCACUACAUCUCAAUAUUUCUACUAGCAUCUGGAUGCCCUUAAUAUUUCCCAGUGUGAUAUUUUAUGUAACAUGAUCUUACUUGCUGAUGUCAAUGACACAAACCAAAGCCAAUCUAAUGUAAUGUUUUGAACAUUUAUGUAACAGUGUUACUAGUUUUUCUUUUAUAAAGGUUUAUUUGGUCUUGUAACAGUAUUUUUAUAUAAGAAGGUUAAAUCCAGUGGUCAAUAUAUUGAAUGCUACUUUUUACUACGGUCAGAGGCAUAAUCUGGUUGGCAUGACAUAAUCAGCCUUAUUAGGUUACUAGUUUGGGGGAAUGUGGACAAACAAAACAUAAAGUGUAUAUAAAAUAAUACAUAUAAAUGACUAUUGCAUAUGUAUAUAAUCAGUACAAUCUCCAAAAUUCUCACAUCUUGAAAUGUAGGUAAUUGAGAACAAUAAUACAACGUAGCAAUCUUCAUUAACUCUGACUCUGUUGAAACUUCCCAUUCUUUGUAUAACUCUCAAACAAAAUUUGGAAUGCAAUAUUAAAUGGUACCCCAGGAUUUUUAAUGUAAUAUUUACUUAUCCUCUUAAUAAAUAUGUAUUUAUGUGGGGAAAAACAAACUAAGAGGGACAUUAUAGUCACCAGAACAACUACAGCUAAUUGUAGCCGUUCUGGUGAAGAUCGUCAGUCCCUGCAGCUUUUUUUUUCAGUGAAAAGACCAUGUUCACAAUACAGCCUAGGAACACCUACAGUGGCGAAAGUGUACAGAGAAGACAAAAAUUUAAACAAUGGUAUUGUCGUAUUUUCAAUGGCAAUUUUUUCUCUAGUAAAAAUGAAAAUCCAGUGCACUCACUUAUCUAAUAAACCAUUAUUUUAGUGCUGAAAAUUUUGUUUUAUUAAAAACACCCAAUCUAGGCAAUAAAUAAUGGGGGUUUAGUUACAGUAUAUAAUCAUACAUUGCAUAAGCCUGCCACAACGUCAAUGUACCCCAUCUUUGGCAGAUCCUACUCUGUCUGCUAAAUGAGCUACUUACUUGGGGAAAUCCUUCCAUCUCGAGUUCUCUGCAGUACAAUGCUUAAAUAGGGUCCUGAGAUGAGUCACCUGUAACAGGGAGGGGUGCAAAACCAAGGAGAUGGCUAGACUCCUAAAUAUAUACAUAAAGGAGAAAACAAGGGUUUGGCUGCACUCACCUAAACAUACUUAAAUGGGCUGCUGCUCUGGCAUAAAAAGGCUAAUACAAGUUAUGUGACUUCCAAUGUUUUUAUUCAAAGGUGUAAAUUGAUCGUCCCCCUUCAAGCCUAUAAACUAGCUGUCGGUUAAUAAAUUACUUACUACUGACGUACUCUAUAUCACUCUCUAUUCCUCUUAAAGUACUCAAAAUAAAAUAUAAAAAUGUUACAGGGUUUAAAGUAGCAGAAGUCAAUCUCAAUGCUCAAGACAUUUACAUUUAAAAAAAAAAAAAAAGAUUAAUCAUUGGACAAUGUUUAUGCACAUCAGUAGAUUUGUCAUGACGAUAUUCAGGUUUUCCGAUCUCAAUGUACUUAUUACUUUUGAAAUUUGAUGAGAUCAAAUUUAAGUAAAUCCGUAAUCCAUGUUCUAAUUUUGUUUUUGUCUUCAUUUGUAGGAUUAUAAUGAUGAAAUCAGGCAGGCACAGCUGCAAGAACUCACAUAUCUAAACGGUGGUUCAGAAAAUGCAGAGGUCCCAGUGGUUAGGGGAAAACCACCACUCCGUGCUCGUGGAGCUCCUGUCCCUGCAUUGGCCAGGUAAUACUAAAUUUCUGAAUUUGUGUAAUAUAUAUUUUUUUUUAAUAUUAUAAUUUUUUAAAUUAAAAUACCUUUAUAUUUUUUUUAUAGCUUUUAAAUGAUGAAAUUAUAUUUUGGCUGGGUGGGUUUAGAAAAACCAAAGAUUGUAGGUGCUCAAACAGAAAUCUGAAAAGUGUGCAUCUUACUGCUUUUGGUAUUUACAAUGGUGUGUUUUUUGUUUGUUUUUUUUUUAAACUUGAAGUGUCCUUUCAAUAAUUCAAUUUAAAAUAAGAAAAACAUAAUACAGCUCUGUCCAGCCCUGCUUUUGUUAAAGAAGUAACAUUUUGAUACAAGAUAUAAGCUUACUUCCUAUGACCUAUUUAGAUCAUGGGUCCUUAGGGGUUAAUAACAAAGCUUGUUAGAUGUUUAAUUGGAAUUGGCUUUCUUUAAACUUGGGUGGCCAUCUAGUAGUAGCCUCACAAUGUGUAAACCCUUAUUGUGAGAGAAUGUCAUGUAGUGGUUUUGGUACAUUGGCCAUAUGCCCUCCUCUGACAAUGUAAAACAUUGCUGUAUCAGAGAAAAUGUUCUUUGCAUUGGAUUUCAUGCUUUCCUGUGAGAAGCAUUGGAUUGGAGGAGCACAGCACAUUGCGGCUGAUGUCCUCCGCAUUGGAUAGGAUCAAGAUUAUCAGUCAUGGUGAUCUCAUCAUACUUGCUUGGUUUCUUUCAAAUAUUAAUUAAAGACAAUUUAAGCAAUAGAAAUAUAUAUAUAUUCUAUUUUUUAUUUUUUUAACAUUAUGUAUAUUUAUCAAAGUCCUUAAGUUAAGGGUAGAGCACUUGCCUCAUGAUGUCAUAAGUCAGAUGAAACUUGAGAUUAGGAAAUUGUAUGGUGUGUGUGUGUGUGUGUGUGUGUGUGUGUGUGUGUGUAUAUGUAUAUAUAUAUAUAUAUAUAUAUAUAUAUAUAUAUAUAUAUAUAUAUAUAUAUAUAUAUAUAUAUAUAUAUAUAUAUAUAUAUAUAUAUAUAGUGAGGGCUUUUAUCUAUGUACAACCCCUCUAGACCAGUGACACAUGCAGCUUUAAGAUUUUUUUUUUGUUACCUCAAUAUUUUAUAUCGGGGAGGUUAAAACUAUUUUUAAACACAUCCAUUUCAACUUGAAGGGUCUAAUUGGUUUUAAUUUGGAUCUAAAAUAAAUGUUUGGGUGCAUAUUCUCUACAUAUAAUGGUAAUGGUUACAUUUGUGAUCACUUGUAGUGUUAAGAUUUUUUUCAUGAGAGUGACAUAUUUUUUGGGAGCACAUUUAGUGCACUUUUUUUAAUUUUUUUUUACUGCAAUGACAAAGUAAUUAUAUUCCUAAAUGUUUACAAAUCUUGUUGAUCAAUGGAUAUAUUUUUUGUUCCCAUGCAAUCUAGACCGUAACGUUAAAAUUAGCAGUCUCUUUAGAGAAUAGAAUUUCACCAGUAGAUAAUGUAAACAUAUUUUUUUUAGUAAAGAGAAAAAAAAUCUGUUCAUAUAUACCAUCUAUUUUAAACCAAUACAAUUGUUUUAAAUGUAAUAUACUAUAUAAAAAAACAUGUUUCAGUGUCUUUUAUGGAGAAGUAAAUGUUUAAAAUGGUUGUGAAAAGUAUAAAGCCUACAACCCCCCCUCAAAAAACUGAAUGAUGUAAUUCCUUUAAUAAUUCAUUAAUUAUCUUUACUUGGUUUCAGGGGCCGGAGAGGCGUACCACCCCCAGCUGCUGGUGUACCUAGAGGUGCACCUGCUCCUAGAGGAGUUACCCCAGCGAGGGUAUCCUCUUCACGUGCACGUGGACUCAUGUCUACAAGAGCAAGAGGAAUACCUCCACCCGCUGGAUACCGGCCCCCACCUCCUGCACAGGAUACAUACGGAGAAUAUGUAAGUAUUUUUGUUUUGUUUUUCUCGUGUUACACAGAUGGUGGCAUUCUAUCCCAGAUGCUUGUUGCCUUAUCUUGUGCUGCAGUUCUCUGUUUUGCAUUCAGAACCUCUAAAACCUCUCCCGCUCAAAAUAUAUUGUCCUCUUUCCAGCACAGAGAUAUGGCUUUAUAUACUUUACGUGGUUUUCUUACAAAUGUAAAAAUGAGUAAGAUUCAGUAUUGCAUACUUGUUGUAGAUUUAUUUCCUUUUUUUUUUUUUUAAACAUAUUCUUGUUUUUUUGUCAUUUAAAAAGCAAGCAGAUUAUCUUUACAAGUGGGGGUUUAAUUUAUAGAAUAUAAAUUUGUAAAUAAAUAAAAAAAAGAUGUCUGGGUGUAAUUAUAUUUAUAAAUAGAAGAGUUGAUUAAAGGGAAUCUAUAGUGUUAAGAAUACAAGGUUUAUUCUGAACCAUAGUGCCCUGUGGUCACCUCCCUCCCCUCAUGGACCACCAACUAACAGUAAAAUUGAGGGGAGAAAAACCCAAAACACAAAUACCUUUCUUUUUAUUCACCAAAUUACAACGCUGAUCUCCCUCAGUGCUAGGUCACACUCAGAAGUCCUCUGAGGGACCUAAUGUGCAUGUGCUGUGAGCUCAUUAGGCCUUCCCUAUAUGAAAGUAUUGAAUUAAUGAUUUCCUAUGGGGUUUUCACUGUCGUCAUGCACAGGGUGAGGACAUCCAGUGUCAUUUAAUGAAGUCAAACUCCAAAUUCCAAGUUGUAAAAUGUGGAAAGUCCAUGGGACACAUCCAGCAUUUUUAGGUGUACAGCAUUUCAUGCUUUAAGAGGACAGUGGAUUAAACUGUUAAAUCACCAAGAAAUAUGUGUCUGUAUGUAUGUGUGUUUGAGUAGUUUUAUUGGUGUGAAUAAUUAUGUAGGUUUAUAUAAGGUUGAUUAAUUAGUAAUGUGUGAUAGGUUUGGGUAUCUACAGGGACACUUAGCAUUGCAUCUGGGUGGGGGCAGGAUUUUGUUCUUGGGUCACCUUUAGAAGAAUUCUCUUGCAAAUGACUUGCCAUUCUGGAAGAUAGUUUAUAACAGAUGGGCUACUGCUUAAAUCUGUGUUUGUGUCUGUAUAAUAUAACAAAUCAUUUUAAAAGUGUGUUUGAGUCUGUCAGACUGGUUGUAGAAAAGUGUUAAAAAUAUAAAAAUAAGCUCUUUGGAAAGCCUGUCUUAAAAAUAUAAACUACUAUGACGAAGGUAAUGGUAAUCUGAAUCAAAUAUUUCUUCCAUCAACCCAGGUUGCAUUUUAAUUAACAAAGUUAACAUUUGUAUUGAAAACCUUAUCAAUUAAAACCUUUUUCACACUGGAUUAAUGCCUUGGCCCAGUUAUGCACACGUUUGUGCAACUAUUUAUGUUGAAUCAAUCACUGCCAUACAAUUGCAUGUAUUCAUAGCAAGUUGCUUUGAACCAGUAACAUGUUUUUUUGUUUUUUUUUCCUCUCUAAUGUAUGAUUAGCAGCUGCCAAAAAGUAGACUCAAAUUUGGAAUGAAUGAAACCUUUUUCAAAUUUUGCAUCAACUAUAAUUCAAACAAAAUUACAGAUGAAAAUUGAAAAGAAUGCCUACAAUUUUUCUUUAUUUUAUUCAAAGCAAAUGUGUCGAUUGACUUCCAGUCAAAUGCACUCUACACAUUCACACAGUGACCUUUCACACACACUCAUUCCUGCAUUCACACAGUGCUCUUUUUAUGCCUAAUCAUUUCUGCAUUCACUUGCUGUCUCUGCUACCUACAAAGCAUAACUUGAAUAAAACAUGCUUUUUGAGCAUCUCUGCUGGAGAAUAACUUGUAGGCCUCGUUAGUAGUUUUGACAUAAACACUGUUAUUUACCAAAGUAAAUUUAAGGCCAAAAUAGGCAAAUUGUAAAAAUUAUCUGCCAUUAAUGUUUUAAGCUUGGAAAAUUGGAAUACAACAUUUUAAAUUCACUUUCAAUUCUCACUUGAAUGAAUACAUCAUACACACGCACACACCCAAUUGAGAAACUAGGGCAUAACUGUUUGAACAUAUUGUUGGCAUAAAGCCUUGGCCAUUAAUGACUAAGUCUGCACCUCUGAUGAAUGGUUAAUAAAUCUGCACAUCUACUGAAUGGUUUGCCAGGAUAUUAGAGGAACACCAUAUUGAGAAGUUGCACUGUGCAUUAGAGCAAAUACAUUUACAACACAAAGUGGGAAAAAAACACAGCCAAAUAAACUAAAACCUGAUAUAAAACUGAGCAUUAAAACCAAGGAAUACUCCCAGAGUAAGAUUGGGGUUAGAAUUAAUGGGGUGGCUACGUACUGUAAGCACAAAAUCAUUGCAUGCAUCACUAUUGCUAAAGAAGACCAUUAAUACAAAUGGAUAGAAGGACAGUGAAGAAAAAAAUCCACAAAUAAAAAUAAUUUGAAACAAACUGCAAAAAGUAAAUUUAUGGUGAUCGUCCAUAAAAUACUGCUAAUCAUCUCAUAAUCUAGCAAGGCAGGUUAGAAAUAUGCAGAAGGGGUUUAUACAUUGAACAGCACAUGUUAGUGAAUUGAAAACUAAAUUACUAAAUUGUAGGCUGAAAUAUCUGAUAUGGAAAAAUUCACCAUCUCUGUUAUAGUCACAGCUUAGUAAUUCUAGCUAGGGAUUUAGUUUGGUACCUUCAGUGUUUAAUGAACACAACUCAUUGUGUACAUGGCAUCCAAAGUGUCUUAUGGAAUUAAAGUAUUGUACCUGUGUGAUGACUUUCUAAUGUCUUUACACUUCCAAUGCCUCAUUUACCUUGUGAUGGAACCUAAGGCUGCAAUCUAUUUUCAUGUUUUUCAUAAGACACGGUGAGCAGAUGUGGCUAUCACAGCCCUCUGUCAGUGAUAAAAGCCAGCAUGCUUCUGUAAUCUUUACCACUGCAAAAAAAUGCUAAACGUUUAUUGUGGAAGAUAUCCUAGUCAAAAUGUUUUUAAUGGUUUUAUUUUUUUGUUUUUGUUUGGUUUUUCCCUCUUUUGUGUAUUUUAGAUUAAAAACAGUUUGGUCAUAAAGCAUAAGUUCCGACAGUUUGGGAGAAACAAAUACAUUUUUGGUUUGGGGAUCGGCUGUAUAAUUUUUUUAUUUUUUUUUUUGGGGGGGGGGCAGGUUAAGGGGAGUGUGUGAAGGAGACUGGGCAUAGGAAGGGAUGCUGUGGAGAAUACUUGUCAUUAUGGUGAGGGGGAAAACAAAGCAUAUGAGAAUGGACAAAAGCUUAGAGGAUCUCAGUAGCUUGCCCUUCCCAACUCAGGUCUCAAAAUGGUUUUUGCUUACUUGUGACAUUGUAACGAGAACCUGUUCCAAGGCAAAUCAGAGUUAAUUCACCCAUAAGAGCAGUCUAGAACUGAAAUGUCAGCAAUUUCUCUCUGCAUGAGAGAUACAGGAAUCCCUGACCAUCAUUUCUUUGGGCCAUGUUAAUGAGGUGUUAUUGGUACCUCUCUGUGGAAGGUACCCAGGACAAGGAGAAGGCUGUGGAGGAUAUCUAGCACAGGAAAAGGUGUACAGUAGCUUAACAGUGGAGAGUAUUUUGUAUGUUAAAAAGGGUUAUUUGGAGGAUAUUUGUGAAAUAGUGGAGGAUAUCGAACAUGUAGAACAAGUGCAGAGGAGAAAAUGUGACAUAGUAAUGCUGCUCUGUGCUCCACCUAUGUUAACAUGCCCACACAAAUGCACCUUCACCAACAGUGAUAUUUCACACUGACAUCAUAACCUGCUGACAUUGGCAACUGUCUAGCUAUUCCUGUCAAAGCUGGGACAUCUCAGGCUGUAUUCUCUUGGUAUAUAUCUAUAUAUAAUAUAAACUACAGCAUUGUUACAUCACUAUUUCAUCAGCCAUCAAAAUACAUCCUUGUCUCACCAGACAGAAUAAUAUGUUAUCCGUUCAAAAGUAAUUUCUAUUAAUACUUGCUUUUGAGUAAAGGCAACAAACCAUAGUUCCUGAGAGAGAAAUGGUGUUUAUGAACAAACCUUUACAUUUCAAAUAGUGUUGAGAAGAUAGAUUCACCUGUUAGAUUUACCAACAUUUUUGACACCGAUAAUGGAGACCCCCCUUACGUGUGUAAUGAGAGGUUUGCACUGCAUUCCUGUAUUUUAAAUUUAGGUAAUCACCAUGCAGAUCAGUGGUAUCAAAUAUAAAAUCCAUUCAAUAGAUUAUAUACAAAAAAACAUGUCAACAAAUUGUACAUUGAGCAGUGCACAUAGUGUAAUUCUAGUGUAAUGUGGCAGUGCAACAAACCCACCUGUUGUUUUUGGUUUUUCCCCCCAGUGAUGAAAGAUUGCCGUAGGUGACUUAUGAAGAAUCUAUCUACUUUUAGUUAAGAUGGGAAUAUUCUAAAAAUACAAGUUAUUGAAUAUGUGUACUCUUUAUAGUAUCGAAAAUGAUCAAACCAUUCAUUUAAAAAAAGUUUAUAUUUUAAUGUUUAUAUAAAAUUUACCAUUUAAUAAAAAAUAAAAUCCAUUUUCUUCCCACCAAGGAUUAUGAUGAUGGAUAUGGAACGGCCUAUGAUGAACAGAGCUAUGAAUCUUACGAAAAUAACUACAACUCACAAGGGCAGGAGUAAGUUGGUUUAAUUUUGUAUUAUUAUUUGAGUACACAAACUGGUUCUUUUAAUUCCAGGGAUCCUCUAAAGAUCACUCAGAUUAGACUUGAGCAAUCAUUGAUGCAAAAAAAAAAAGAGCGCCAGUUCAGGUUUACAUGAUUGAAAGGUGCAUCCCUUGAUCCAUUUUAAUAUGCAAGGUUGUUGGAAAAUGCAUCUUCUGUUUUGAGCAAUUGUCAAAGGUUAGCUAUACCCAUAAGCUUUAAUACAGAAUGGAAUAUCCACAGUAUUAUUAGCAGUCAAAUUGAAUUGCUAGGUUUUAUCAAAAUAAUCUUUUCAUCCAUGGAAAUCAACUCAACCUAUAAAACUGGCAGUAGACGCGAUUAAACACUUUAUUACAAACUUGUGUAACUCGAGAUUGGCAUAUUUAUUUAAACACAUUGGAAUUCUUGUCAUGCUUCAUACUUUGUGCAGGUAUUGCUCUUUUUGUAAUCUAUCCUAUUUUGUAAGCAGUUACUAUUACUGCAUGACAUAUACUGUAUAAUAAUGUCAAAGUGUGUGUGUAUGUAUAUGUGUGUGUGUAUAUAUGUGUAUAUAUAUAUAUUCUGCCUACUCGAUGUUUGAGUACAAAAGAAGUCCUGUUGCAAAGUAUGUUUUGGGGUUUUUUUUGUAAUGUUUUUUUCACAUUUUUAUUUCUGAGGAUAAAAAUUUAUAUUUCUAGACUAUAUGUACACAAAAUUGAUCGAACACCCUAGCAAAAUUAUGAAAAGUGUUGAGAGCUAUAAUUAAGGCUAUCAACACAUUGCAAUCAUUGGCUUUACUGCCACCUCAUAUGACGUUUCCACUAGCAUGUUACAAGCAAAGUUUGAUACCUCCCCGCAGUCCAUAGAUCGAACAUUUUAAAUAGGGGAGUUCAGUUACUCUAGAGCAGGGGGUUCUCAACGUUAGUCCUCAGGACCCCCUACCAGUCCAGGGUUUAGGGAUUAACUGGGUGUGUCUAAGGUGUUUAGAAAAAGAAAAAAAAAACACCUUAGAGUCUAAGGUGUUUUUUUCCCCCUUUUUCUAAACACCUUAGACACACCCAGGUAAUCCCCAAAUCCUGGACUGGUAGGGGGUCCCGAGGACUGGGUUGAGAACCCCUGCUCUAGAGGAUCAUGUAAGCAUGACCAUAAAUACCAUUUCGGGUAAUGUUAAGAAUACUCAAGUUGCUUGAUUUUAUGGAUUUAGAUUUCUGGUAUUAAGCUAAAACUAUGUUGCUUUGUAAGAAAGAUGUAUUCAGUUACAUUCCUGCGUUUGCUACCAAGUAUUGGAUACAAAAUGGCUGCCUGACUGGAACUAUCCCAGCCUUCCAAUUAUUCUCAAAUCACCAUGGAUGGACAAUACUUUUUUCUAUUAUUUUCAAAUUACUUUAAGAAUAAGGAAAAUGCAAUUUUAUUAUUAUUAUUAUUAUUAUUUAUAUAGUGCCAACAAAUUCCGUAGCGCUGUACAAUGGGUGGACUAACACGCAUAAUUGAGAUCAGACCACUGACGUACAGGAACACAGGGGGUUGAGGACCCUGCUCGAUGAGCUUGCAUGCUAGAGGGAGUGGGGUAUAGUGACACAAAGGGUUAAAGUAGGGGAAUUAAAUAGUUUGUUACAGAAGGGUUUAUUGAGUGCUUGGUAGGUCAUUUUUGACAGUUGCAGGAACGGAGUCAUGGGCUGGGGGAUGAGAAACCUGCUGACAUUUAAUUCAUACGCUUUAAUGAAGAAGUGAGUUUUCAAAGAUUUUUUUGAAGGAGUGGAGGCUGGGUGACAGUCUGAUUGAGGAGGGCAGGGAGUUCCACCAAAUAGGUGCAGCCCUGGAGAAGUCUUGAAGGCGAGUAUCAGAGGUGGGGAUCCGGGCAGAGGAUAGGCGUAGGUCUUGGGCUGAGCGCAGGGGUCUCGACGGAACAUACUUGUGUAUGAGGGAGGAUAGGUGUGUUGGAGCAGCAUUAUGUAGGGAUUUGUAAGCAAGCGCCAGAAUUUUGAAAUAGGCCCUAUAUCUAACUGGAAGUCAAUGCAGGGACUGACAGAGCGUGGAGGCGUGGGAGGUGCGACCGGACAGGAAAAUAAGCUUCGCAGCCCCAUUCAUUAUACAUUGCAGCAGUGCAAGCUGGGAACAUGUAACACCGGUGAGAAGGGGAUUGCAAUAGUCAAGGCGAGAGAGAACAGCAUGAACCAGUACCUUAGAUAGAUAUGGGUGGAUGCACACGAUGUUCUUGAGUUGGAAGCGACAGGAUUUGGCUAUAGAUUGGACAUGGGGAGUAAAAGAGAGAUCAGAAUCAAAAAGAACCCCUAGGCCGCAAGCCUGGGAGGUAGAGGUGAUAGUAGCGCCGUUGACUUGGAUGGAGACACACAGGAGUAGCAGCACUUGAGGGAGGAAAAACUAGAAGUUUUGUUUUGAACAGGUUGAGUUUAAGGAAGUGAGCAGUCAUCCAGUUGGAAAUAGCAGAGAGGCAGUCAGAGACACGAGUCAAGGUGGGCGGAGAGAGAUCAGGGGAGGACAGGUAGAUUUGCGUGUCAUCUGCAUAUAAAUGGUAUUGGAAGCCAAAGGAGCUGAUGAGUUUACCAAGGGAGGCAGUAUAGAUAGAGAACAGUAGGGGGCCGAGGACCGAACCUUGGGGGACGCCGACAGAGAGGGGUUGGGGAGAAGAGGCAGAGCCAGAGAAAGAAACACUGAAAGAGCGCUGGGAGAGGUAGGAGGAGCACCAGGAGAGAGCAGUAUCCCGUAGACCAAAGUUACGGAGAAUGUGAAGAAGCUGUUGAUGGUCAACAGUGUCAAAGGCAGCAGAAAGAUCAAGGAGGGUUAGGAUAGAGUAUUGGCUGCGAGAUUUAGCAGCAAUUAAAUUGUUGGAUACUUUGGUCACAGCAGUUUCGACAGAGUGACCAGCGCAGAAUCCAGACUGAAGGGGGUCAAGCAGAGAGUUGGAUUCGAGAAAGUCUGUCAAUCUGGCGUAGACAAUUCUCUUGAGGAUCUUGGAGGCAAAUGGCAGUAGCGAGAUAGGGCAGUCAUUGGAUGGGGAAUUGGGAUCAAGGUUGGGCUUUUUCAGAAUUGGGGUUACGGUUGCAUGUUUGAACGCAGAGGGAAAUGUGCUAUGCACUAGUUCAAGAACCGUUUGACGCUUCUAAAUGUGCUAUCUCUUAUUGUUACUGCUCCAAAAGCCCAGACUUGUUAAAAGGGACAUUUUAAUGAUUAUUCUUUUGAGUCUUGAUGCUUUUCCCUGUUGAUCUGUACCAUGAAUAAAUCCUAUCUCAAAUCUAAAAUGCAUGAAGACUGGUUUAUUUUCAGAUGAAUGAAUCAAUUCAUAUAAAUCCAUUUAAGGUAAUAUAUAUGCAUGGGGUACCACAUGGUGAUUAGGUCCAAAUUGUGUGUCCCCACAUGAUGGAAAAGAAAACCUAAGUAAAACUUCUAUAAUCUAGCAUAGAAAGGGUAGUGGUUGCUAUGUCUAUAAGGAAAGCUAUUACUUUAGUUGGAUGGCUAUAUAUUGUGCUGCCUUAGAUGAAGCCUAUACCAAGUCAUGUUCGGUCUUUAUAUAUUUUUAUCUCUGAGCCAAUUUUUCUUUGUUGAUUAUAUAGGUGGCCAGUGGGCUACAACAUGCCUUUUAAAACACAAUAUAAUAAAGUGUAGGAUAGAACACAAUACGUCCAAAUAGAAUAAACACUUGGGCCAUUCCUGGUUCCACUUAGUGUCUCCUAGUUAAAGUCACCUAUUUAUUUAUUUAUUGUUUAACAAAAUAAUUAAGAUGUAAGAAAUAGGACAUCUGUUAUUUUAAUUAUUUUACAUUUUCUUGUAAGGUCUUAUUUACUUUGCAUUGGUAAACUUUUCUUAAGCUAGCUCUGAGUGUUUUGUGAUAUUUGGGGUAAAAAUAUGAAAAUGUUAAAGAUCUACCUGCUGAAAUGAUCAGUAGAUACAAAUUUCCCAUCAAGAAAAAAUUUAUAAGAACAUGUAAUUUUAGAAAGCUUGCUAUUCAGAUAUAUAUAUAUAAAAAAAAAAAUUCCCAAAGCAAAUUUAAACUAUUUUUGGGGUUGCUUUGCAAUAUUUUUGUUUCCCAGAUUUGGUGAUAAUUAAGGUAAAGUGGUUUCUUGAUAGAAGCACGUACUUGCAGUUUACCUGAAUGUGCUGACUUUCUGUGCUAAUAAAAACUGUAUGAGCUAAAGCUAUGAGCCUGAGCUACAGAAUAGUUAUUUACAAGUGUAUGAGCGUCUGCCUUCUAUCCUCCAGGAAUUAAACCCUAUGUCCUGCUACGUUUAACUCUGUACUUGUCCAAUGACAAUUAACCAUACACCUUCUAUGGUGGGAAUUUAAGAGUAUGACCAAACCAUUUUUUUUAUUUUUUUAUUUUUUUUUCACUGGAUACUUUUGUAAAGUGUUUAUUUAGUUUAUUGUAUUUUUAAUUGUUUUCUGCUUUUAUUAUGGUAUUGCUGUCUUUAGUAUAUUAACUUCAUUAGUCUCUUUUCCCCCCAAGCCUAUUAUAAUGGACUACAGUAAAACAUUACUUUUAUAAGAAUAAAGACCUACAAUUGUGCAAACAUUCUGUAUUUAUUUUUUUACCGUAAAUUGGAUCUGAUUGCAUUUUAUUGUCCCACAAGUAUAUAUAGUUCUGCACUAUAAAAAUGGGGGUUUAUACUAUAACACAUUGAUUUUCAAUAGAAAGAGCUUUGAAUCACAGUGAGAAAAGACAUUCUAAAGACUUCUACGCUAGUCCAGGCCACGUUAUUGGACCCCUUUGGAAUAUGCUAACACAUAUACAAUAACAGUAUAUUUUCCAGUAUACAAAUAAAGGGGGAAGGGACUGAAACACUGAUCAUUAAGGAAAAAGUGAGAAAUUUAUAAGCGGUGUUAAAUCUGCAGAUCUUGUAAUAAAUUGCAAGGUGAUGUUUUAAAGACCUUUCCCUACACAUCAACACAAUGAGUGUUGCAUCUUAAGAGUACAUGUGGGGCAAAGGUCUAACGUUGAGCUAUUGCCAUGGAAACAAAUGGAAUCUUCCUGCUGAUUAACAUUUAGAACUUUGACCCAGUAUCUCCUUUUUAUAAAGACAAGUCUUAAGUGCUCUGCAAACGGUAUUAUAUUCUCAUCUUAAACUUCAUAUUACUAACUACAUUGCCUCUGAAUUAUGAUUUAUGGAUAACCCCUUGGUGCCAAAGAUCUAAAAGUGACAUAGUCAGCAGGAGCAGUCUAAUGGUUUCCAUGGUAAGAGAUGAGAGUUGUUACAAUGUAAAAAGAUCAAUAUGAGGGUGCAGUUCUAAUAGUGACAUAUAUGAAGCAGAAAAAAUCUUUUUAAUUUUCCUACAAUACAAUUUCUUUCUAUAUUUUUUCAGUUUAAAAAUUCCAAAAAAAAGAACAAACUUUUUUAUCUGUUUUUGAAUUAAGAUAGCAUUAAUAACUCUCUCAAUAUCCCAGUGGCUUUAUUUAAGUAUAUUUAAGUUCAAAAAAGUACAAGUAAAAAAUAAUCUGAUAAAGAAUGUCAAUGUAUCUGAUGUGCAUGUAAUCAUCCAAUAAAGGUAUAAUUGUCUAAAAAGAGCAUCAUUGAACCUUACAAUUAAACCAUUUUAACCUAUGGGAACCAGAAAAUCUGCCAAUUCUUUUUUUUUUUUUUUCAGAGAAUAAUAAUUCAUCUUUCUAUUUUACGUUUUUUUCUAGAGCUUUUGGAGAGUGGAUGUAGUUUGUUGAACUGAUAGAGAAUAUUCCUACCAAUUGCCCCAUACUGUAUUUUUUCCUACAAUCAUUCUAUGGCUGACUAGAGCCACAUAUGGAAAAUGUCUAGAAACUGGUUUGCUGAGAAGGAAUUCUUAUUGCAAAGAUCUAUAUUCUGAUCGAAUAACUUGUAAUUAACAUUUCUAUUUAAUUGUGUAUUAUGAUACAAAAGAUCCGUAGCAACAAAUCCCCAAAUGCAGUUAAACAGAAUUUGCCGAUCUGAUAUAAUUUUUAACUGUAUCCACAGAAGGAAUCCUGAAGUAGGACAUUAAUAUUCUGUGUUAUGUAAAUUAACUAGGCAUAAGUUGUAAAGCAUCUGGUUAAUUUGUGAUACAAUUUUGCCUCAGUGUGUCUUAAUAAUUUAAAGAACAAUAAAAUAAGAUAUAAAGCUAAAAUAUUUAGAAAAAGUUGAAAUAUUAGCACUUGAAUAUGUAGAAAUCUGAAAAGUUUUAGAAUAUUCAUGUUUCAUGAUUGUGUCUGGCUCUGAAUAAGAUAACAAAAAACAAUCCUAGCCUUUCUUUAAAUUGGCAAAAUAUUUAUUGUGGUGCUUGAGGUUUCAGGACUAUGUGCAAGGAAAACUGUAUGGAUAUAUGUAAUAAAACCAGAAUUUUGUGAGUUUGCCAUUUGAUGUUCAGUAUACCCAAGAUUUAUAAGGGGUUAUAAAAACAAAAAAAACAAACAAAAAAACUAUACAGAAACGAGGCUGGCCAGUUUGGAUUUAUAUGCACCAUCUGCUUAAUAGCAGUGAGAUGUACAGAGAUACUUCUGAUCAGCCAUUCCAAUCAGACAGUGCAGGAUUGACAUUUCAAUUGAUUCCUGCAAAAAAUAACUUGAGUUAUUAUGGUGUAAAGUUGUUGAAUACAAAAUAAGGAACAACUGACCCCUUUUUAUUGCUUCGCAUUUUGUGUGUUUGUGCGUGCAUAUCUGUGUGUGUGCUUUCCCCCCCCCAUAUCUUUUUCAGUCUUACAUUUUAGAACAUUGAUUUGUUAUGAUAAAAUACAGUACCUUUGAAAUAUUUAGUCCAAGCAUAAUAAAAUUCUUAUGUUUUAGUAGGAUUACCCUUUCUUCUGGUCAAGAUAAAUAUCUGUGGACUAAGAUUCUUAAGACAUGUGGGCUCUUCCUGACUUGUUUUGUCUUAAGCCAAUGGGAAGAUUUCCAUUUUUAAAAAUAACUCAAAGACUGAACAUCCUGGUAUUGGCAAGGGCUUGAUUGAAAAAUCAGAUUACGUUAUGAAGAAAAUUGCCUAAUUUUUAUAAACGUUGGUUUCCUCUCUCCAACAUGGAAAUGUAAAAGUGCUUUGUUUAUAUCUCUCACACACUAGAUGCUUAUGUCUCUAUGUUUUAGGACUAUAACCCAACUAUCAUCUAGUGUCAAAAUUAUAGAUGUGAAGCCAGGGAAACCAAUUAAAUAUGUUCUAACUGCUCCACCUUUAGAACUUGAACCCACAUUUUUAUACAUUCCCUCUAAAGAGUGUCUUAUUCUUGCAUGGUAACACCUCUUUUUAACGAGUUUACUCUUGCCUCCUUUGGGUAGGCAUCUUAGCCUCAAUUGGUCUGUUAUCUUUAUUAGAGGCUGUCAUGACUUGGGAUCGUGCACUAGCUCUUGCCUGCUUGGUCUUUGUUCAGAUAAGUGUCCCUCUCCCACAAAGCAAUGGCAAGCACGAUAUGCAUUGGAAAGUAGUAUUUACUUAUGUUUCCUUUGCAAAAUAGAGUGAAUAAUGCACAUAAUCAUUUUCUUGAUUAAUACAUUACUGUCUUGCUUUAAAUGUUUUACCUAAAAGGCUUUCCUCUUGAAGCACAUACAAUUUAACUUUUUUAGCAGGGAAGUGGGGGAGAUAUAGAAUAUUUUUUUUACUCCCCCAAACCUACAUGGGCAGUUGGUUAAAGGUUUUUCCCAUGUCUGCUGUUUUGGAUUAAAUUUUGCAUCUGUUACAAGGACUGGAUGCUUAAUUUGAGUGAAUGUGUCAAUCGGCUGUCAUUCAUAAUAUAGCCUUAACAUGAUUUGGUUAAAGGGCAUUCUGUUUUAUAGUAAUAACACAAACACAUGUAUGACCCAUUUUCAAAAUAUUUUCUUCUCUGAGCAGUCACUGUGAAGGAAAUAUGAUAAAAUGAUCAUAUAAAAAAAAUAUAUUGUCAUUUGAUAAAAUAUUUUUAUGUAUGUGAGACUGAGUUAGCUCUCACCAGGGCCGGAUUAACAUAGGGGAUGAUGGAGCUGCAGCUCCAGGCCCAUGGAAUAGGCCCAUUUAAAAAAAAAUAAUAAAUAAAUAAAACUCACUACUCUUAGAUUUUCCACCUGACUGGUAUGUUAAGGCACAGCCGGUAUUUGAGGCUGCCUGGCCGUGAUGGUAUUGCAGUAAUAUUGGCUAUACAAAUAGAAAUAUUUGUCUCAGUAUAAAUGGAGAUUACUCUGCAAUGCCAGCACCAGCCAUUAGGGGUCGCUGUGUAUGGAGGGAGGCAGGGAUAGGAAGUUAUAGCAUAUCCCUGCCACUCUCUAAUCACUGAUCCACAGGGGAGCAGCUACACAGCACAGAGUGUCCAGACAGCAGCUCCCAGCCUGCAGAGACAGACUACAGCUCAGGUAAGUGAAGGAUGGAGGGAAAGGCAGCAGGGACACAUGGGGACACAGACACUAGGGGACACAUGGGGCAUAGACACUAGGGGACACAUGGGGCAUAGACACUAGGGGACACAUGGGGCAUAGACACUAGGGGACACUGGGGAUGCUGUGAGACACUAGGGACACAGUGUCCCCAUGGCUCCCAGUGUCCACAUGUCUGUGCCCCCAAAUGUCUCCCUAUGUCCACAAGUGCCAACAUGUCUCCCAGUGUCCCCAUAUUUGUCACCCCAUGCCUCCGAGCCAGUGUAUCAGUGCUCCCUAGUCUUCCAGUGUCUGUGUUCCCAUGUCUCUGUGUUCCUAGUGUCUUAGUUUCCCCAAAUAUGUGUCCCCAUGUCUGUGACCCCAUGUCUCCCGGUGUCCCCAAAUGUCUGUGCCCCCAUGUCUCUCAGUGCCCCAUGUCUGUAUCCACAAAUGCCCCCAUGUCUCUCAGUGCCCCAUGUCUGUAUCCACAAGUGCCCCAUGUGUCCCAUGUCUGUGUCCCCUAGUAUCCUAGUGGCACGGGACACACUGAGACAUGGGGACACUGGGAGAAAUGGGGACACAGACACUGGGAGACUAGGGGACUGGGCGACAUGGGGACACUGACACUGUGAUACAUAGGGACAUGUAUGCCAGGCUGGCCUUCCAAUUCUUUGGACAGACAUGCCCCUUUUUGGGCAUGUUCGCCCUUUUGGUAGUUCUGGUCACGUAAUUUGCAAAUGUAGGUCAUUUUUCAUGUCCAUAACAAAUAGAUUUGCACAACGUUUACUCUUCGUUUAACCCCUUAAGGACACAUGACAUGUGACAUGUCAUGAUUCCCUUUUAUUCCAGAAGUUUGGUCCUUAAGGGGUUAAAGUGUUUCUCAUUCUCUCCAAAAUGAUGCUUUCUCAAAUCGGUCCCAGCAUUGAUAGUUCUCCUUUGUUCCUCAGAGUAGAGUAGUAGAAGCUGUCUUAAACUGUAGUUUUGUGAAAACAUUCCCCUUAACCCAGUCCCAACAAAGGGGCAGUUCCAUACAGUUUGUUAUCCCUAAGAUCUACUGGAUGCAUGCAUUAAAUGUAGUAAUUACUCGGCAAUAGUGAUGUCCCGAACGGUUCGCUGCGGACUCAUCAUUGAGUAAACUUUGACCCUGUACCUCACAGUCAGCAGACACAUUCCAGCCAAUCAGCAGCAGACCCUCCCUCCCAGACCCUCCCACCUCCUAGACAGCUCACUAAGAAUGCAGCUUCACAAUGAAUGUAAAAUGGAUGCUGUCCUCACGUACAGGGUCAAAGCUUACUCAAUGAUGAGUCCGUGGCGAACCGUUUGGGACAUCACUACUCAGCAAUGCUCACUUUUGCAACACACUAGAUGCUAUAAUCUUGGAAAGGUCUACAUACUUUUGUCUUUAGACAAUAAAUAAAAAAAAAAGUCAUGGAAGAUAUACUGUUUGAGUGCCAAUUUCAUUACAAGCAGUAAUUGACUAGAUUAAAAAAAAAAAAAAAAAAUGUGCAGUUGACUAAACCGUAAAGAUUAAAUUAUUUCUCUGAUUUUAUUUAUUUUUUGUAAAUAAACUAGUAUAGAACAGCCUUAUUUGCUCUUUGAAAGUAAACUACCCCAUAUUAAAACCCGCCUACACUUUUAUUUAUUUUUUUAUAUUACUUUUUAUUAAGAAAUUUUGUUUUUGGGUUACAAGACAAUUAAAAAAAUACAUACAUACAGUCAUACAAAAUGCAUCCGAUUGAUGUAAAUAAAUCAUUUUAUGUAGAGAGAAUACAUUCAUUAAGAUAUAUCAAUCGGCCAGAAAAAAAAAAAAAUACAUAACAGAAAACAGGAAGUCAUUAAUAUGGGAUAAACAAGAGUCUAUAGAAAAAUAGUCAGAAGUAUAUCAAUGGAAGUAAACGCAAAUUUAGAUACAUGUUAUCCAUAAGAUAAAUUCCACUAACCAAAUAGAAUUACAUCUUCCAUAACCACGUCACCUGAGAGAUUUAUGAGUUACCAUAGAGUAGAGAACAUUUUUUUAGCCAAAUUGAAUACAAGUCUCUUUUUUUGGAGACCACUGACCAGUUUUUAACCAUAUCAUUUUCCAUUGUCAGUUGGAAUUUAAUUUGAUUAAUUAAGGAAAUUUUCUGAAAGGGAUCAGAGGAUUUCCACUGUCUCGCUAUGAUAAUUUUAGCUGCAAUAAAGCAGUGAAUAGCUAAACAAAUAUGUUUACUUGAUUUAAAAGGCCAGUUCAAGUGGAGGAGAGCCGAAGCUGGAUUUUUAUUUAUAUCUUUAAAUGAUACCUCAUUCAAAGAUAUUUCGGAGAAGAUAUUAUAAGCCCAGGCCCAUAAUGGUUUUAGUACUGGGCAAGACCACCAUGUAUGGAUAUAUGUACCCGAAUAGGUACCACAUCUCCAGCAAGUAGGAUCUUGAGAAGUAUACAUUUUAGCCAGUUUUGUCGGAGUGUAAUACCAUCUGUGGAGUAACUUAAAGUGGCACUCAGUCAAAUUUAGGCCAUGGACAGAUUUUUUUACAAGAAUUAUAGAGGAAAACCAGUCCUUUGGGGAAAUCACUAAAUUAAGUUUGUUUUCCCAUAUUUUAACCAGUUUAUAGGGAAAGGUAUCUAAGCCUUUAAAAAGCAAGUUAGCUACCGAAAUAACCUUGGGUACAGUUUGAAAUGAAAAUAAAGUUUGCAACUCUUUAGCCCGAGGAAAAGAAGAUUGGAUAACUUGUUUCUGAAUAUAGUGUUUGAUACGGAAGUAUGUACACUUUUAAUGUAAUAUUAUUAUUUUUUUCAACAUGUAAUCUUAAGUUAUUUGUUGUUUGUGGUUAUAUACAUAUGUAUAAUUUUUUUUUUUUUCUGUAUUCUAUUCAUACACACAUGUGGGUAUCUUUAGAUCUCAUUAUCUAUAUCAGAGGUAGGAAACCUUUGACAUUGCAGAUAUUGUGGACUAGCUUUGCCUGUAGUAGAUGUACUAGUAGCCCACAGCACCUAGAGCGUCAAUGAUUGCCUACCCCAAUCUAUAUUGUAUUUGUAUAACGCAAAGUACAUAAAACAGAAUAUAUUUCAUAUAACUGAACUAAUCACUUUUUUCUAGUAACACUGAAUCGCUCAAUAAUAAUUAGAUCUGACUGAGUUCUUUAUUCUGUUUAAUUAGCACAGGAGAUUAUUAUGACUACGGACAUGGGCUCGGAGAGGAAUCUUAUGACUCCUAUGGUGAGUAUGUAUUAAACACAUUUUAACUCCUUCUGUAACAACAUCCUCUAUGCAUUCACUUUGUGCAUUUUCAACCUGUAUACAGUUAAACAAAAAUAAAAAAAGCAGUCCACAAUAUGCUUAUAUCAUAACCAAAUUUUUAAAGUAGUUCUCACACCCUCGAAUACUUGUUUUAUUUAUAAUUCCAAAUUACCAGUCAUAUUGUUUUGUGAUCAUAAUAUAUUUAAAUGGACACCCAAAGCAUCAUAAUCACUAUAGCUUAUUGCAGUGGGUAUGGUGCGAUUUAGUCCUUGGGUACUGUUCUAAGUUGCUUGAACAUAUACAAAUCAAGUCUCCAUGCAAUUAAUUGACACCUUUGCUGCCAGUCCGAGAAUGUAACUUUAACUUAGAAAUUAUCCAUUCAAAGCCAUUUGACCUUAGAGGACCGUGGUUUUAAUUUGUGAGCUGGAAGUAACUGUUCAGUUAAGAUCAAACAAAAAAAGAACAAUAAGCUAUUGUGUCCUUCAAAUGCUUAAACUUUGUAAAGUAUGGAAAUAACAAUUACGCAUUAACUAUAGUCCAAGAUUCUGUGUGGCAGCAGUAGAUCUAGGCUUUGGGUGGUCCUUUUAAUGUGACAAAGUACUCAUAAAUGUCAUAUUUGGAAACAGGGUAAGAAUGGAGGGAUGGAAACAAGGACUCCUUGUACCAAAACCACUUCAAUAAACUGCAGAGGUAUUGGUGUCUAGAGUGCCCCUUUAUUAACAUGUAUAUGGUGUAGUGUUAGUAACUUUUUAUUUGAUAUUUAAUUAUUUUUUUUUAUUUCAUUCAUGUUUGAUACCAAUAUAGGCAUACUAUGUUUCUUAGCUUUCAGACCAUAAUGUGCAAUAGGAUAUGAUUUUUUUUUUUUUAUACAUUUCUAUAGAAAAGACACACUACUCCAAAAAUAUAAUUCUUCCCAAUAUUUAAAAAAUGAUUAGUCUAGUACCACUGUAGAGAAAAAUCUUGCCAUCCAUGUCUCAAAGUCACAACUUAUCUUGUCUCUCUUUACUUAUCCCUUGCUCAUGGAAAUGUCCUUCAUCCCCCCUCCCCCAACAGAGACUACUUAAUAAAACAUUUUGGUAUAUCAUUAUCACUGUUGGCAUUUAUAUAGUGCCAACUUAUUCUGCAGAGCUUUGCAAUAUUAUAAAGGGGGUGGAAUUUAGCAAUAAAUCAGAUCAUUACAAAAUGUUACAGGAACAACAGGUUACGGAGGACCUUGUUCAAACAAGCUGACAAUCUAGUCCUUUAAUAUUUUAAAGACAACCAUGUUUAUAUUUUCAUACAGGGCAAGAAGACUGGGCAAACUCAAGACACAAGGCUGCAUCGGCAAGAGUCACAAAAGGAAGCUACAGAGACCAGCCAUAUGCAAGAUACUGAUUGUACAGUCUGACGUUGUGAAUUAUCCAUUCUUCUCCAGCCCUGUAUACUGUUCAAAGUAAUUUUUUUCUAUGAACACUCCCUUUAUAAAAAAAAAGUUCUAAUUCUGUGAAUGGAUGGACUCAACCUAAACUUUUUUUUUUUCUUUUUUGAAAUACCAAAUGAAAAGAUACAAAACAAGCUGUAAAAAAAAAAAUGUUAUUUCUAGUCUGUAUUUGAAAAUAGGUGGGGAUCAAAAGAAUGAAUUUAACUUUUGAUUAACUAGUGUUAAACAAGUUAGGUUUACUAAAUAUGUUAAUCUAUUCUUUUAACAUAAGCGUAACCUUUUUAUUUUAAAGGUUUUGAACAAACUUUAUUUUAUUUUAUUUUUUUAGUUAUCAGCUUUACUUUAACAAUUUGCUACCUUUUCUCUUGUAAAACUGCAUAAAGGAGAAAACUACAAAUGCAAAUGUGGUAUCUUUUUGUAACGAGUCUUGAACAUGUACUGUAGUGUUGAGCAAAUUUUACUGUUGCUUAAUACUAAAUAAACUUUUGAAGGAAAAUCCACUGUGUGUGAAAUAGUAAUUUUAUGCAUUAUUUUUUAAAAACCAAAUAUAAAUAGUGGUAAAUUACAAAUUUACAAUGAUAAACAGGGUAAAUUACUUAUAUUUCUAAAAGGUUUACAAUAAACAUUGUUCAGUCUGGUUUUAAAAUUGGUAUAAACAUAUAAAGAUACUGGCUCACAGUAGAUUAAAUGCUGUAUAAAGUAUUCAAAGGGUUUGAAUAACCUUAAAAAAAAAUGCAAAAAAAAAAUAAUGCAUUUAAAAAUGGUUUUAAAAUAGAGAAUGAAUUUUCUGGAAAUAAAUGUGACUAGUUUCAUUCUGUUGAGCAUUUUUUCACUAGUGCAACUUUGGAAUUUAAAAGAAUUUUGGUUCCUUAAUGAGCACUUCGUACCGUGGUGGGAGCAAUUAGCACAAAGCUUUUAAAGACUUUCUGACUUGACUAAUUGAGAUCGCUUUCAUCAGUGGCAGAGGAUGUGUAACCCUUAAAACGAUCUUCAUUUGCAAAGGUAAAUAAAUGAAAUAAAAUUUUAAUAUUCCUUAAUUUCUCUUAAUAUAACCAAUAAAAGCAGGUGGAAUACAAAUCUAGAAGUUUGUUUUUUUGAAUUGAAAAGCCCCUAAAUUACCAUUUUAAACAUUUAUUUUUAAUAGCAUUAAAAACCUAUAGUUUUCUAUUUAAAACAAUGUAAAAUUUCAUAACUAGCUUUUUGACAAUGAUGCUGUCUAUAAAUCUAAGUACUCAAUAAUUUAAAAAAAAAUUACACUAACAUUUUUAUUUUUUAAUCUCUAUGCCAUACUUUUUUCCUUUUUUUUUUUUUUUAUUUAUUUAUUUUUUAAUUGCUGCUCAGUUUUUGUUUCUUAUAUUUAAAUUUUAAUUUCAAAUAAUUUUCCUGUUUGUUUUUUCUUCUGCCAGGAAGCAGGUAACAAGAACUGGGAAGACGGAUAUUUACGAUUUUAAAACUUGGGUAAGUGUAAAUUUAAUGUAUACUGUGUGUGUGUGUAUGUAUGUUUGUAUAUGUGUGUGUGUGUGUGUGUGUAUGUAUACAUAUAUAUUAAUAUAUAUAGGGUAAAUCUAUAAAACUAUACAUCAUGUAAUUUUGUAUCUAAAACUUUUAAAAACGUCAGUGCAGUACGUUAGUUGAUGGAAGAUCAUUUGUGAAGAAUAGGAAAAGAAACUAAAACAUUCUAGGUCAAAAUUGCCAAGCUAGAAGAAUAGUUGAGUUGCACAAUUUUCCAGUUUAAUUAGGUUUGCCUACAAUUUACAUUUUUGCCAGUGUAUAGUUUCUAUUUUCUUUGUACAAGGAAAUAGACUUUUUGAGGAUGGAGAAGUAAAAAUGUAAGGUAGGCAAUGCCAAUCUUUUUCUGUGAUAUAUUUGAGAUGUGAUAAAUGUGUGGCACUGAAAUGGUUGCAAAUGAAGUAUUAUCAUUAUGCCGGAAACUCUAUUUAGUUCCUACUAUUCUUCCACAAAAAUGAAGAUAUUGAGGAUACAGGACAAGACAGUAGUAUUCUUAUUUUACUGGAAAUGUGUGAUAGCCUUGAAGCCUGCUUCAACAGCCACACAUAUUGAUGGGAUUGGUGGAAGUAAUGCCCGCUUAGACGACACACAGUGCUGCAAUUGUAGGAACGAUUUUCAACAGACAUACAUUACUGUGGUUGGAGAAGACCUUUUAUUGAGACAAAUCCACAAAGAAAAUGUCUAUACUGAAUCGGCUUAGGUUUUGAGAUGGAGUUCUGAAAUUAAGCUUCUUAUUUUAGUCUAGUGCAGGGGUAGACUAUAUCUUCCCUGAUGCUUUACCAGCAUUAUGGCUGUAAGAGCAAUAGUACUAUCUGGAUAUAUCUGAAGAUGUACACAAAAUCUGUAGUGCCGAAGAUUGCCGCCCAUAGUCUAGUAGCUUAGAUUUUAGUUUUUACACUGGCUGCAAGGGCUCACUUCCUGUAUGGGCAUAAACAUGUUUGAGAUGUCACAUAUAAUGAAUACAUUAUUUUUGCUUCAACCAGCAUAUAAGUGAACCUAAUCACUCAUUGAAACUUUGAUAAAUUACAUUCAUUUUAUUUUUUGAUUUUCGGUAGUGUUAAGCAAAGGACAGAAAAAAACUAUAUACAGGUAUGAAAUAUACCUUUCUAUUACAAGUCAGAUUCUCUACCUCUAGGGCAGUACUCCUCAACCCUCUCCUCAAGGCACAACUAACAGGCCAGGAUUUAGGGAUUACCCGAGUGUGUCUAAAGUGUUUAAAAAAAAAAAAAACAACAAAAAAACACUUUUGCUUGUUUUUUUUUUCUUUUUCUAAACAACCUAGACACCUGGGUAAUCCCUAAAUCCUGGACUGUUGGUUUGCCGUGUUUUUAUUUAUUUUAUUUUUAACAUCACUGUUCCUUUCAUUAAGAGUACAUGCCCAUUUUACUAUGUAACAUAUACAAUAAUUCAGUUGUGUCUGUUGGUUAGUUCCAUGAAUAUAUGUUUAUCUAAAGGAAGACAUUACUCUAUAAAAACUAUAUCUAAUUGAAGUUGUUAUACUGCCUACAGUAGAUCUCACAUUGUGAGUGCCUCUAAAACAUUUGUUUAAAUAUUAGAAGUUUGGCUUCAACCACACCUCAAAGCCCUCUGGAUUGAGAGCUCUCAUACCCAGACAUAACGUGAAUUCACACGUACCAUGCCAUUGUGGCUUGUCGUAGAGAAUCAUUGGUGGAUUGUGGUGAGCACCGUGCAUGCAUCUUCUAUCCGAAUGCUCCUCUACAAGGAGCAUUACAUUGGACAAUCAUCCUGGAGACAUGUGAGGAGGAAUGGGGGAGACUUGGAGCUGGAGAAAAGGUACAUUAAAAGAAAAUAGUUGAAUACUGAGGGUACUGAAAACAAUGUACCCAGGAACAUGAAGACUAUAAUAUUGUGAAUGCAGAUUUCUGAACACUGUAGUCUACCUUUAAGAUUAGUUCUCUCGUGUUACAGAUUUUUUUCAUAUAGCCUAGCUUAUGAGUAUAAAAAAUAUACAACAAGGCACAUGUUUCUAUCUAUUCUGAAAACCAUGGACAUUUCUACCAUCUAGGAAUGUUCACAGCUUGCUUGCAGAACAUAAAAUGAUGCACCACUGCCUCUUCCCUGACUUACAGGGUUAUCUGCAAAACUGUGAACUGUUUGGAAUAAACUAGGGAAAUGCAAAUGUUAGGUCUAAAAUAUGCAAAUUUAAAAAAAUCUCCAACUUGACUAUUCUUCCAUGUCUUCCAUGUUCCAAAUUUUGAAAAUCCCUUUUGUGUUGCUGAUGGUGAAGAGCUCUGCCCCUGCAAUCGCACAUGUAGACAAGCAAUACAGCCCUAUAUCUGUGUGCUUAUCUGUGUUAGUGUGUGUACGAACACUUCUACAAGCACAAUACACAUAGAAACACACAUACAUUUGGAACAAGUGCACAAAUCCAUUCAGAAACAUACAAUAGCAGUGAGGGUACACUCUGUCUGCAGUGCUAUUACAACCACUGCACUGUGUGUUGGGGGAAACCAGUCAAUCCACGUUAUUAUUCGCUCUACUGCUUAAGUUCUCUCCUGUUUGUCUUAUUUAAGAAAACAUUUUUUAUUUUUUUUAAAGCGCUCUCUAGAGGUGUGUGUGUGUGUGUGUGUGUGCCUGCCCUCGUAAAUGGAAUGUCUUUCUUUAGAGCGAUGCAUGUGUUUCACUGUCAUUAAAAAUAUGCAGACCAGGAGACCUUCUCUUUCUCGUUAUAACAAAAAACUAAGCCCCAGAUCAGCCCAUCUGAAACCUAAAGAGUUGUUUGCGAGUCUAUCACUACUAGAUUCCCAGAUGUUGGUGUUCUAUAGUUAUUUGUUUGUCAGUGUACAUUGUUUCAGCUGGUUUUAAUGAGCGGAACGGAAAAAGCAUAAUUGCUGUAUGUGGUAGAAAUGUCUUUGCCACGUGUUCCUGGAGAGGCCAGCUGGCUAGCCUCCUGCCCAAAGACUAUGGGCCAUGCAAAAACCCUGUUAAAAGACUUUGUUUGUGCCAUUUCCCUAUAUUGUUUGGGAACCGAACAACCGCACGAACCAGAGGCCACCCAUAUGCUUGUUAAGCACAAUUGACACCUUUUAGCGAGGUUACACUGCAGUGUUCGAAUUGUUCAUCUGGUUGGCCGCAAUUCGUAUGAAUGACCACAAGCUGGCGGCCAUCUUGUUAGCAUGAACGCAGGCAGCGGUGUUUGAUCUCGAGUUCAUGGAACUGAAAUCGGACACUGAAACUCCCAAACACCGCUGGACUGUUCAGUGGAAUUCUUCCCACGAACAAGGUGAACAAGCUACACAUGUUAGCUAUGGAUUCCAUUCAGUAUUUUAUGCACUCUUAUACUCCCAAACGAGACCGACCGUUCACUGAUUUCAUGGAACUGUUUUGGGCAUAAGACCAUAUGUGUGGUCGGUCAAUCAAUUGACUUCGAGGGAAAAACUGAACCACUGAACCAAUCUGGGUGAUAUUUGGAUAUGUUGGUCAUCAUAGGAUGUAACUUUUUGGGGGGUUUCUAUAGAUUUGGGGGUACUUUGGGAUGUUUAUAAAUUGUAUGUUUUUUGUACCUGAGAGAAUUUAUUUUUUUGCUUCUCAGGCACAAAGGAUCAUGGGAGGGAUUUUGCAUUAAAGGCAGUGUGUGGCCUCCAAUAAACCAGAUGACUCCCAGCAUUAAGCCUUGGCUCAUGUGUGGGGCAACAGCUAUACUGCUAUAUCACUUGCUCUGUUACAGCUAUACUCUCUUGGAGGAGCGGUCUUACCACUGGGAGCUGGAUCCAGGUGUUUGGUCCAGGGUGGGAAAAGACUGGGAGACCCCAGCCAAGCUGCGGUGUCUAAGGGGCUACAGUAAUUAUGGUAUCCGGUGUGGUGCUUAUGGUACUCGGUGAGCACUAGGAAGUGUGAUUGGCAGAGGUGUACCUAGUCGGGGUGCCAGGCAGUCCGCAACACUGUACAAUUGCUCAUACAGUGUAUGUAUGUAUAUAUGUAUCCCAUCUAUCAAAGGGAAUAAUAAUUUUGAUAACUCAACCCAAAUAUUCUAAUCUGCACGUGCAUCUUUACUACCAACAUCAAAACAUCAACCCUAUUGAAUAAAGCAUUUUCUCAAAAAAAUGAAUUUCUCAAUUUACUAUAUGAAAUUAAACUAUUUCUUGACAAACCCGAACUCCCAAAGCUGCAAUAUCAGAGACUCAAAGAAAAAUCUUAAAUUUAAAAAGUGCUUCCUCAAAUAGAAAAUACAUUAUCUAUAAAAGUAAAACUACUUUUUUAUAUUUUUUUAUUUCAUGUCUUCUAGUCGGAUUUUGUUUUUAUAAUGGUUUAAAAAUGCACCGCCGGGGUUCAGAAUCCUACAUAUGUUUAUUUGUGUGCUUUAGUGAUUCAUAAAGGCUUUCAGACAGACUGUUCUUUUCAGCUAGUUCCUAGCAAAUAAAUAAUUCCAGUGGGAAAACUAUUAGAUGAACAGGAACAGAAAAUAACCUUUGUAAAAAAACAAAAUGAAAAUGUUGGUCAGAAAUAAAUGAAUCAGAUGUACAAUCAAUAGUCUUCUGCAAUCUGCUUCAAACAAAUUGCGAUAUUUGGGUGAUUUUUUGUCAUCCAAAUUCUUUAACUCCAAAUCAGCCUAUGAUCAAAUCCCGAAAUGAUGAAUGAACAAGCAGUUUCAUUGGUUUUGUGAUUCAGUUCUACGCUCUAGACCUUAUUUUUUAUUUAUUUAUUUUUUAAUACCAUUCUCAAUAUAGUAACACUUCGUAGUGCAGGUAUUUUGUGAAUGUCCUACUUGAAUGAACAAACAAAGUGCCUUUUAUUGGAAUUUUCUUUAUUGUCUUAUUUUUUUUUAUUACUUUUAAAUAAUUUCGUACAUACAAUAAAUUAAAAUGACAUAACAAAUGUACAAAAACAUAGACACAAAGACAAUAACAAACAUACAAAUUUGUGUUUGAAUAGCAUCACAAUGUAUUUUACAAUUCAAAAGCCCUUAAAGAGAUAGAAAACCUUAAUUUAAUUAUAACUUAUGUCUACCAAGACUGCAUAUUGAUAUUGUUUACUUAACAAAUGGAUGGAGGAGACCGGAAGAUCUUUUUCCAUCCGAAGUUGGAAUAACAAUUGGUCGGUAAGAUUCCUCUUCUCAAAGGGAUGGUAUGACUUCCAUUUCCUCGCUAUUACAUUCUUGGUUGACAAAUAAAAAUGAAUUAUAAUACAUUUGGAUGUAGAAGAUAAGUUCCAAUUUAGGUGUAGUAAGGCAGUAUCAGGGCCCGGAUGAAUUGAGAUGUGGAAUAAAGAUUUAAGCAGUUCGAAAGACCACCUCUUGAGAGGUUUAACUAAUUUUCAAUACCACCAUAUAUGGACAAGAGAUCCAUCAAGACAACCACUACGCCAACAAUGAGGGUUCUAGUCCAGAUACAUCUUGUUUAGCCUAUAUGGGGUUAGGUACCAUUUAUACAUGAUUUUAGAUUGACACUCUAUUAAGUUCAAACUAUGAACAUUUUUACGGAUGUCUCUGAGGGUGGCGCACCAUUCAACAUCGGUGAUAUCUAUAUUUAGUUCCGUUUUCCAUUUAUCUAUAAUAUUUAAGUAUUGUUGGUCAGAUAAAAGUAUCAAAUUGGAAGCUUUAGAAAGGAUUUUUUUUUUAACUUAAUUAAAUAUCUCCUGAAUAAAAGAGCUCAUUUUUGAAGUGGGUUUCAAUAAUGCUGUAUUCUGGAAAUUUUUACUCCUUAAAUAAGAAAAGUUAUUUGUUAGGGAGAUGUAAUUUAGUUUUAAUAUCGGCAAAAGGUAGUAUGUGAUCGUCAUGGAGGAUAUCUUUAAUGGUGCAAUGGAAUUUAGACCAAUGUUGUAAAGAGAUAUCUUGCAUAUUGUCUUCCAGUCUGGCCAAGUUGGCCGUCUUAAUGAUUUUAUUAGAUAUUUUUAAUCGACUUUUUAUUAUAUCCCAUGCCCUGAUAAUUUGUGAGAAGAUUAGUGAUUGUUGACUUAAUUCAUCUGUCACCUUUUUGUUACUAUUAAACCAUAAAUAUAUUUCCAAUCUGUCAAAGCCAACAGCCUCCGAUUCUAUUCUAUGCCAUAUCUCGUUUUUAGAUGAUUCGAUCUGGAGUUUAUAACCAUGCCCAAUAAUAUUCGCAGAAUAGCAAUUUCUAAUAUCUGGGAAGUUCAAGCCCCCUUGUUGGUAUUUCCUAGAUAAAACAUUAGCGCUAAUUCUAGGUUUUUUAGAUUUCCAUAUAAAGGACUGGAAGCUAGAUUGUAUCAUUACUAGCCAACUAUCCGAGAUCUGAAGAGGAAUCAUCCUGAAUAGAUAUGACCACUUAGGGAGAAUGUAAGCAUUAAUUAUAUUAAUCCUGCCAGACCUGGAGGAUUCUAGUGAACGCCAUUCUUUUAGCUUUAUAUUUGUGUAUUUUAUAAGGUUGAGGACAUUUAUUUCCAUUGUGUUUUUAACUGAAAUACCCAAGUAGUUAAGCGCAGUCUUAGACCAUACAAAAUCAUGAUUAUUAGUAAGUCGGCUAAGUUAUAAUCGUCAACCUUAACUUACAGCAUUUGGUUAUAUUUAAUUUAUAAUUAGAUACUUUCGAAUAGUGAGUAAUCACUAUUAAAGCUUGAGUUAACGACAUUUCUGGAGAAGUCAGCGUAGAGAGAUAUUUUUGAUUCAGAUUUAUUGGUUAACAAUCCCUUAAUCUUAUGGUUUGCUCUAAUAUUGAUGGCUAAAGGUUCGAGAGUUAAAAUAUAAAGAAGAGGGGAUAAAGGGCAUCCCUGCCGUGUAACAUUUUGUAAAUUAAACCAAGUUGAUAAAAUGUUUACUCCACUAGUUCUUGCUGUCGGCUUGGAAUAAAGAGCCAUAAUGGCAUUGUGAAUCCAACCUCUAAAACCAAACGCAAUCAAUACAGCAUCUAAGAAACCCCAGCUGACCCUGUCAAAGGCUUUUUUGGCAUCUAACGACAGGGCCAGCAAGGGGAUACGCGGUGCUCUGCACUGUCAAAUAUAUCCAAUAUUCUUCUGGUACAAGACUCUGAUGAUCUACCCGUACAAAGCCAACCUGGUCCGGAUGGACAACUGUCUCCACAAAUGGUUUUAAUCUGUUUGCUAAGAUUGAUGCAUAUAUUUUCAUAUCAGUGUUAAUCAAUGAUAUCGGUCUGUAGUUUUUAACAUCAGUUGGGUCUUUAUUAGGUUUCAGUAUUGGGAGAAUACUAGCUUGCAACAGCACUUUCGGCGUUUUUGCUUUUUUAGCCAUCUCGUUAAAAAGAGCAGUUAAAGGUACCAUUAUUUCUUUUUUCAUGAUUUUUUUUUUUUUUUUUUUAAAGUUGCUAAAUCCAUCCGGACCAGGGGUCUUAUUUAAUUCCAAUCUAUCAAUCUCUCUCUCCACCUUGUCUAGCUUAAACUCAUAGUUAAGUUGGGCUAAAUCAGGACCAGUGAUUCUUGGUAUUUCUGUAUCUAUUAAAUACUUAUUAACUUAUUUGUUGUCUGAGGAUGUCUCAAGAUUGUACAAGUUGUUAUAAAAUGUAUUGAAAAUUUGACCGAUAUCUUCUGGAGAGGAGUAUGUAAUUUGGUUGUCGAUCAAUUUAUCAACCCUGUUAAGAGUAUUUUGUUUCUUUAUUCUCUUCAUUAAAUUCUUAUUAACUCUAUUCCCUUGAUGAUAGGUAUUUACUCUAAGUUUAUUAAUUAUUUUUUUAUCUUUUCUUCUGUUUUCAUAUUGAUCUGUUAAUGGAGUUCAAAUAACUUUAACUUAAGUUGAUCUGUCGGUUUAUCUUUAUUUAAUUUAGUCACGUUAAAAUAAUGUAUAUUUAAUUCAAUCAAAUCUUUAUCUAUUGUAUUUUUUGUUUGUUUUUCUAUCUUAAUGAGAUAACCUCUUAUAACUGCUUUAUACGUCGCCCACAAGGUGGAAUCUUGGAUAUCCGGACUGGUAUUUUCAAGCCAGAAAAAUCUUGACAACUCAAUUAUGUGGUCCUGAUUUGCUUCAAGUUUAAACAGAGAAUAAUUUAUUCUCCAGGUAUUAAAAGGUCUGAAGUAGGGUAUUUGGAGUAUUAUAAAACUGUGAUCAGACCAAGUAUUGUCCUUAAUUUGAAUUGUCAAUUUCUCUGUGUGUUAGCAUUAACUAAACAUAGAUCUAUUUGUGAAUACGAAUUAUGGACUUUAGACAAGUGAGUGUAGUCGCGUAAAUCUGGAUGAAACACAUGCCAGGCAUCAUAUAAAUCAUACAUGGCGCAAAUAUUAAAUAGUUUCUUAGCUUGUUUAAAAAUGUGAUUAUUCGGUUUCCACCAGAGAUGGAUAUUUUUAUCGAUCUUAGGGUCAAAAACACGGUUAAAAUCUCCUUCUAUUAAUAAGGUACCUAUAGAUAUGUUUUCUAGUCUAUGCAUUAUUUUAGAAAACCGAGAAGUUGGAUUUAUAUUUGGCAAGUAGACAUUAACCAAAGUGUAUAGCUUGGUUUCGAUUGUACAUAUAAUUAUGAGAAAUCUACCUGAAGGGUCACUGUCUAUAAGUUUUAUAUCAUGUUUUAUAUUUGUAUCAAAAAUAAUUGCUACACCUCGUUUUUUAUUAUCAUUGAGAGAUGCAUGAUAUAGGUUUAUAUUUUUCUCCGCCCCAUUUUUGUGGUUCAGAUCUUAACCAAUUGGUUUCUUGAGCAAAAGCUAUUUGUAUUCCGUUGGUUGCUAAAGUAUUAUAAAACAUUAGUUUUUUCCGUCUUGUAUUCGGGCCUUGUACAUUUAUAGAAAUAAAUCUCAACAUCUGUCUUACAGGGACCAUAUAUAGUAACAUUAUUAUAUCUCUUAAUUAAGGGAGCUCGAUUAGAACAUUUUAUAGUGAUUUUUGCUAAGUUAGACAAAUUACAGCCACACAUGAUAAGAAAGAGACAAAACAAAAGAUGGAAUACCAAGUUUCCAUCAACAUUAAAUGAAAUUUGACCCCAAGGAAAAAAAAAAAUGUAAUAUUUAUAUAAUUACUUAUACAAUUUACAGUGAAUUUGAACUUGUGUCUUAACAUCUCGUCUUAAAUUUGGUGAAUUUUAGUGACAGAAGGAUUAAUACCAUUUAAAUAGAAUGUUGACUUUGUGAGCUGGUUAUGGUUGACUAUAGACAAACAAAAUAUAUACGAAGAAAAAAAAAACAACCUUGUUCCCUCUUUCAUGAUUACAUACAAUUACUUCCCCAUCACCUUCCACAAGUUAUGCUAUGCCAGAGUAUGUCAAACUGAAAGGAAUGGAGACUAAUUUAACAAUUUGUUUUGUCGCCAAGCCAUAAGCUUGUCUGGGUGAUCAAAAUUCUCUGUUUUACCAUCUAUUUGAAUCACCAUCUUCGUCGGAAAGCCCCACCUAAAUCUAAUAUGUCUUUUUAGAAUAGAAAUUUCCAACAUAAACAGUCUUUUGUUUCUGGUGUUAUACGAUAGGUCAGGAAGAGCGAUGAUAUUUGAAUAUGGAUCCUCUUUGAUGUUUUUUCCUCUGUUCGCUUUUAGGACUUUCUCUUUAAAUUCGUUUGACUGGAAGCACACAAUUAUGUCUCUGGGGCUUUCGCAGGCUAUUCCUGCAGGUUUAUUUAUCCUGUGACAUCUGUCGAUUUUCUCACUAUAUCCAUCUAGGUUUAGGCCUAGUGCUUUAAAGUAGUCGCACAAAAUAUUUUGCAGAUUUUCAUGCUUGUUUGUGCCACUGAAAUUUUGAAAUCUGAGAUUAUUCCUACAGGACCUAUCUUCAAGGUCUUCAACUUUAUUUUCAAGAUUUUGGAUUUUGACAGACAUACUGUUUACUUCUUCAUUCAGAGAUAUGACUCAGAAAUCCAUUUUUUCUUAAGCACUCUUCCAUUACCUGGAAUUUUUCUGAUAAUUUAGAUAUUUCGUGUCUCAUUUCUGUAGAGUUAGUCAUAAUUUCAUUCUUUAUCUAUUCUAGUAUGGAUUGUAAGCUUGCAUUGAGGACUUUAACAGUGACUUCCUCAUUAUCCUUAAUCUCCAUUGUGGAUUGGUCAGAGCUUGAUAAAGAUAGUCUGGAUGUAUUUUCUUUACCAUCUUUAGAAUUGGGAGAGUACAAAGUGGUAAUGGUCUUAUCUUGUUUUACCUCUCUUUUAUCCCGUUUCGUCAGAGUUUUAGACUCCAGGUGUGUUUUUCUGGAGGCCAUUUUACUUCAAGGGGAAAGUGAGAGAACUGUAGUUUAGGGGUUAAGAUGCUUUUCAAAACAAGAUUAGGCAGGGACCGCUCUUUGCUCCUUUCUUUUCUCUAUUUUUUUCCCCUUUUUUUCUCUUUCCAUUUUUCCCUUUUAUUUUUUCUUUUCUUUCCUUUUCCUCUUUUCCCUUUUUUUCUUUUCCUCCCUUUUUUCUUUCCUUUUUCUCUUAUUUCCUUCCCCUUUUUUUUUGUUUCUGUAUAAUGAAGGGAAGGCUGUAUAAUAAAGGAGGGGAUUUCCUUCCCUUUCUUCUUCCUCCUUUUUCUUACUUUCUUUCCCCCUUUUUUUCUUCUCUUUUCCUUCCCCUUUUCAACUUCUUGCUCUCUCCUUUACCUUCCUCAUUUCUUUCUUCUUCCCUUAUUCUUUCUCUCUCCCCUUUUCGUCUCUUUAUUUCCUUUAUCUCUGAAUCUUUAUCCUUUGUUCCUUUUCCUUUUCUUUUCACCUUAGUUUUUUAACUUAAUUUUCUUCACUAUCUCCCAACUCCUGAAUGGAUGUAGUGCUUUAUAUAGCAACCAAGCCCUCAAUGAGUAAAACAUAUAAUGUAAAGUAGAAAAAAAAAAUCUGAUCUGUUUAACAGUGCAGCGGUCUUUGGCGUCCUUGUGUGAUUCCCUUGCAAGCGAGCACACACGUCCUUAUUGAGUGCCACAGUUUACGAUAAAGUGAGGUACAGUCUGGAACGUGGCAGGAUUGUGGAGGUAAAUGUUAGGAGAGCUGCGUCUAUUAAUACCGGACGCGUCUGUUUCACAACACUGUGCGCUUGUUCUCAAAGGCUACCAGAAGAUCAAAUGCUGUUACCAGGUAGGACUGCUCAUCGGGAAAAAAGACACUGUACUCCUACUGGGAUUUCAGCGUUGGCUUUGGGGUUCAGAAAGGCUUGUGCGACAGGUUAUACAGCAUAGCCAGUCGUGUGUGUCGAGUACUCAAGACGCCAAGACGCUUCUCCUCCUCAUGAUGCGCGCGGCGUCUCACGUCAUCACGUCCCCGGAAGAUUUUAUUGCAAUUUUCUAUAACACUCUAAAGCAUUACGGGGACUUUUUGGUACAUACUCUAGUACCUACUCUAGACUUUUUGGUACAUACUCUAGUUCCAGCUUGGGCCUAUGUUUCACCUUGCUCUUACCAAAUUUAUUACCAUUUACCCAUGUUCAGGGCAAAAACUACUAUUUAACUUGGGACUAUAUGUUACUCCUCACGUACCCCAACAUUUCCUAGUGCUCAGGGUGAAAGAGCUUAACUGAGAAACCCCAAGCAUGUAACGGUUUUGUAUUUUAUGAUUUUAAAAUAUUUACCCCCUUUUUUUUUUAUUUUCUUCAUCAUUUUGUUUGUAGUAAAAGUAAUAAUUCUGCAGUUGUAUUCAAUAUAUGUUUUUUAAUGUCCUGUUGAUGACUUUCAUACAAUUGCAGGAAAAAGGACAGUGUCUUAAAUUUCCCAAGAGAGGCUGCUGGUUACAUUAACUCAUAUUAAACUAAAGCGAUUUCUAUUCUGUUUUCCAUUAGCACUGCAGUUAUUCUAGGAAAUAUAUAAUGGCCAUUACUUAAAAGCAUAACAGGCAGGAAUUCUCACUGGUUUACUGAAAAGUGGCAACAUAUAUAUAUAUAUAUAUAUAUAUAUAUAUAUAUAUAUAUAUAUAUAUAUAUAUAUAUAUAUAUAUAUAUAUAUAUAUUAAUAUAUAUAUAUAUAUAUUCCAUUGAUGAUUACUAGAGAAUAUGAGAUUUUCUAUCAUUCUUUAAAUCUUUUUUUUUCUUUUUCUUUUCCUCUCUCAUCCAAAGGGAGUCCAUUUUCCACUUCAGUCUCACCUUCUAGUUUUAAUAAUCUACCACCCUCUCUCUUUUUGUCAUUGCCUUUGACCUUGUGUUUUUACACAACAUCUCUUCUAGCUUGUACGUUCAUUUUAGCAAGGUCAUCAUUAGCCUAUUGUUCCUGUCAACACUUGUAACUGUUUUCUAUUAAAUCCCCUGUUAAAAACUGUAAAACACGAUAUAAAUGCCAAGAAUAUGUGAUUCUGUGCCGUUUGAUACCUCUGGUGAUAUACAAAAUGCAGGUCUGCUUCAGAGCAGUUGGCCACUCCGCUUUCUUAUCUCGUUUUGUCAAAAAUUGUCGUGUGCUCUUAUUUAUUCCUUUUUUUUGUUAUAAAUUAAAACUACUAAGAAAAAAGUCAAUUUUUUUUUUCCUGCAGAAAGGUUUGCAGCUCUGCUGUGAUAUCACCAUAUAUGCAAGGGAUGUAACUGUAAAGUCACCCGUAACCUUUUUACAUAAGCACUUGUGCGAUCGCUUCACCGUUCACCUCACUGGACAUGCACACGUAUCUCUAAAGCUGAAAAACUACAGGGAUCAGUACUGUCUCUUUUGGCAGCAGAAACUCUAAGAAAUUCUAUGUCUAAGCUAGAAUGAGAACUGGCGGUCAGAGAAGACUGCUGCUCCGCUGUAGAUUCACAUGCUAUACAAAACAGACAUGUUUACAAGACAGCUGACAUUAGUUUGUUUUCGCAUGCAUUCAGUACAUUGUGUCAAUUCCACCUUUCCAUUUAUUACAUUUUGUUAGUGGUGGUCUUCAUAGAGACAAGUGCCUAGUUUUGUCAUACAAGGAACAAUUAGAUUUUUUUUUUUUUUUUUUUUUUAUCAUUGAAGUUAUGUUGUAUAGUUUAUUUUGAGGACUCCUUGAAUGCUUUGCGUUCUAUAAACCAUGGUUCACUGUGUAUAUGUAUAACAUGUAGUGUGUGUGUGUGUGUGUAUGGAGAAAAUUUUUAAUCCAUUUAGAAUAUCUCCACAUACAGUUAAUUUAAUGAAGUGAAAUCCUUAAAGAUGAUGGAUAGCUCUUAUGACGCUAUCUUUAAUGGUAUCCCCAUUAUUGUACCCCCCGUAUAGCCUUUGGUUUAUAUCUUAUAAAGAUUAAAAUAAGAAUGCAUAUUUUCUUCAAAGUUUGAAGAUUAUAGAAAUAUUUCUAGAUGUCUGUUUUGUUAAUUGAACCUUCUUUGCUGUGAUGCUGUUUAAUGAGACUACUCGCAAACACACUUUGCUGAACAAGGGCUGAUUUCUGGUAUUCUUUUGAUGUUUCAUAAAAGUAACUUUUUUGCUAGAUAUCGUUAAUAAGUUUCAUGAAAACCAUGCAUAUAUUUGUGCAGAGACAAAAUAAAUGACCCAUGUACGUGCUGUGCUUUUUAACAUGUUGUCUUGGUAUCUAUUUAUUGUGUUUUGUUUUAGUCCAAAUUGGGACUUCACAAUUCAAACUUUGACAUUGGGUUUGGCAAAAUGCUUUCUCCUGACAAUAUAAUAAAAUCACAAACUGCGGUUGAAAAAUGAUUAAGAGACAUUGAUUUGAUUUAAUCUGAUUAACCAGUGGUUUUCGAAUUUAUUUGUGAAAAUAACCAAUUUGAGUGGUGAGUUUUUCCUAUACUAAGAUAGUUCUCAUGCUUUUAUAUAUUUUAUUUUAAGAGGUUUCCCUUUUAAUGUUGUAUGAUGUAGUUGGCACUGGGUUGAGAAGAAUAGUUAUCAGUACUACAAAUUAAGAGACACUUUCUAGGCUGUGUUGGUUAUAAUUAUAAAUAUAAAUUUUGUGCAAAUUUAGCAUCUGAUGCCAGCACGAAGAGCAUACAGACAUCAAAUGACCGCAUGCCUACCCCCUUGCCACCCAUGUCCUCACCUACUGUCUCCCCUACCUCUCUGGUUAGUGAAAGUGAUGUCUGCUUUGGAGGAUGAAUCUGCAGGGGGAACUUGUAUUUUUUUUUUUUUGAGGUUAGGAAGAGUUACUUUUACCAAAAAAUAGUGUUUUCUUAAAAUACUUUUUUUUUUUUUUUUUUGGAUUGCCUAUUUAAAGGGGCACCCUACUGCCCAAAUACAAAAUAAAUUUUAAAAAAAAAAAACACAGUUUAAUAAAUGCAAACAUAAAAAAAAAAAAAAAAAAUCAUACUGAAGGGGAAAACUGCUGGUCACAUGAUAUCAAAUUAAUCUAUGACAUGAGGGCCCAUUUAUGUUUGUAACAUUUCAAUAUUUAUUGUAAUAUAUUGCAAGGUGGAGCUAUAACUCUAAUGGUCCCGGGAUCUCUGCAGCUUGUUAUUACAUCAGAUGGAGAGCAAUAGACUGGCUUUUGUGUUGUGAGUACAUGAAGAUUGAUUAUAUAGGAAGCACUAGAGGCCAGAACAUUAGAGAGCAGAUUUGGAAAGGAAGCCAUCAUGCAGAUCAAUUGAUCAAAGUGAUGUCUCUUUAGACACUUAUUAGUAUUGCGGAAUUUAGACUUAUCUACAUUCUCAAGAAUAGCUUUGCAACUUGUCUUGGUUUUGCAGAUAUUCUGAAAGCAAAUGUGUUUUCUGCACCACUUAUACGAUCACUUAUUUAUUCUCGGAUUAUGUAGCCUACAAGACAGUGGUGAAAGUACUUUGAAGCAGUUUCUCUUGUGAAAGGCAUGUUAAAUCCUUCAGAGAUGAAAGAUUGCAAGCUGCGUCAAAUGGCGUUCCUUCUCUGCAUGUGUUAAGUCACAGUUAAAGCCCUAAUUCCAUAUUUACAUUCCAGUUUAAUAACUUAUCUUGCUAUACUGUGCCAGAAUUUGCAAGGUGAUGCUUUUUUUUGUUUUGUUUUGUUUUAAUUGUGGCAUCAAACCUCAUUCACUUUUUAUCCAUUAAUUGCUGUAUACCAGUUCUAAUUUUCAAUGUUAGGAGAAACUCAAACCUUUCACGUCGAUAAUAUAUAAAAAAAAAAAUAUUUACAAAUCUUCUGCAAGGUAAAACUGUUAUAGAAUGACUGACUGAGCCAUAACCAAAAAUCAAUCUGCAUUUUAAAAUAUUGCAAUUAAAAUCUGAUUAUUUUGAUGUAUCUUCUGGACUUGCCAAAAACACGUCUUUAUGUGUAAUGUCGGUGUUAACUGUCAUAAACCCAGUUGGGUAACAAUACUAUUUCUCUACCGUAAACUGAUAAUAAUAAAUAAUUAUUCUAUUUUGGAGUUUUUUUUUUGCUCUCUUCUCUCAUCAAGUUACCUGGUCUACCUUCCAAUCGUCUGUGGGCUUUUUUUUUUUUUUCUUCUUCAUUUAGUCAUUAUCCUCUCUGCCUCCAGAAUUUUACCCUAAAAUAGCUUUAUUUAAAUUAUGUACCUUAAGCUUUUCACCCUCUCUCCAUUGCAGCAUUCUUAGAACUCUCCCUAUUUGGUGACAUGCUUUUUCACUUAAAAGAAUAUAAAGGUAUCACAUUCUUGUUGCCAGUUGAGUGAUCACUAUUUCUGUGCAAAGACUGCAAACCUCUUCAAACCAUUGUUCCUUCAAGUUGUCAAGGAGUUUUAAUAUGGUAAACCAUUGGAUGGAUGGAGUGAUCUCUUGCCCUGUGAAGAAGAAAAAAAUCAGUGGAGGUUUUGUGAAACUAAAAUUCUUAUGGGCAAUGUUAUGUCCUGUGCCUUGUUCUGACUGUAUACUUAUCAUGUGUCUUGCCAUGUAAAAGGGACACUUCAAGUUGUUAUGGAGGUUGUACCACUGGGCACCUGUGCACACUGCCUCUUGUCUCAUCCUCUUGCUAUUUUAAUGAUCACGUUUAUACAGUGGGUGGCCAGUGAAAGGCUGAAUGUGUCAGCAUACCUAAUAUUUGCUUUUUUCACAAGCAAAACCCUAAUAAUCAGUCUGGCUGUUUGGGUUGGACAUAGAAGACUUGUGGUUAAACGGUUUAAUUCCAGAAGGUAAGAAGACUAUGUAUCUUGGAUAUCUCUGUGGAAAUCAGAGAAAAAUUGUUGCAGUGUCGCUAGCAGCUAAGUGGACAUGGAUUGUAACAGGCUUUGGGUAAGUGGAGUAUCAGGCGAAGAAGGCCAUUGGGCCAGAUCUGAAUAAUCUUUGCCCUGUUUUCUGUUUUUGUGCCAAAGAAGUUAAUCUUGUCAGACUUCUCAGCCUGCCUUCAAGAGAUCAAACUCAACACAGAGCUAGCAGCACAUGAGACUGCUCUCAAUCAAAUCUAGGACAUGCCCCCCACUUUUAAGCUCAAUGACUAAAUACUAUGUAUGUUAAACAUAUAUAAAAGGCUCUCUGGCCUUUCUCCAGUCCACAAAGUCACCUCAAUGAAGUCAUUAAGAGGGCUGGAGUCCCUUUCGACUCCGUACCUCUGCACUGGAAAAUAAAAUGUUGGAACACACAGAGGCCCACAACGACCUUACUUCUAAUGUUGAGGACCUCAUGACUUAUUUUGGCCAAAUAGGCUGAUAUGUAGUACUGGACAUGCCGCAGUAAUCUCUGAAUAAGAGGAGUGCUGGAGACUGAAUCCGCAAGAUCAAAGAGCCUAUGUAAAUGGUCUGUUUCCCAUACUUGCCCCUGAUCUUACCCAAGACCUAAUGGAUCGCAUACACUGGUUUGUGAAACUAUUAUACCUACUGAAGAAACUACCAUGGGGCGUUAUUAUAAAAAUGUAUGAUUACCACACUAAGGAAGUAUUAUCCGUUCCAGACGGUUGAAGGGCUUGCCGAUGACUUACCACAAGCUACUGAUUUUUGCAGACCUCUCAGCGGCCACUGUAAGGAAGAGGAAAUCCUUCACCACCAUCAGAGUUGCUGCAGGAAAACAGAUUGGCAUAUAAAUGGGGCUACCUGAUCAAAUUGUUCAUUCAUUGAAAUGGAACUGUUGAUAUUCUUAAUUCUUCUGAAGAAGACAUUCAAAUACUCUGAACCUGGGGAAUCGCACAACCUGAAGGCUCAACACACUCCCCACUGUACCCACCAGAAUGGAAGAUGGCUCACCAAUGAGACUCCUGUGAUACCAGCCUGUCUUCUUGCCACCUUACAAAUUCCUCCUGGCACAAGUACCUUUACUGCUUGGUAUUCAUUUUUUUUUUUUUCCAUUAUUGCAUGUUACGUUUGUUUCCCCGCUGUCACUGGGAAUUGGAAGUUAUGUCUUACUGGAUAUAUGUAACUUUCAAACUACUUACCCUUCAUGUUGUGAGUGUGUGACUGCUGGUGAUAUGUACUAUACAAAUGAGACCCCAUUACUGAUUGAUACCAUCACCACAGCCCCAAAGAUUACACUUUUAUUACUGUUUGUUGAUCUAUCAAACACACUAAUUAUGUGGCUACCCCAAAAAAAAAAAAUGUAGUUGAUGUGCAUAGUUAUCCCUAUCUUACAUUCACUGGGGGGUUUUCUAGUACUUGAAUGCUAAAAUUAUGCUACAACUAACAAACUUGCCUCUACCCAAAAAAAGUUAUAAAUAUAUAUUACCACUACAACACUACAAUGAAAUAUAUAUAUAUAUAUAUAUAUAUAUAUAUAUAUAUAUAUAUAUAUAUAUAUAUAUAUAUAUAUAUAUAUAUAUAUAUAUAUAUAUAUAUAUAGAUAGAUAGAUAGAUAGAUAGAUAGAUAGAUAGAUAGAGAGAUCGAUCCUCCAAACUUUAAUAGUGAGGACAGAUGAUGUUGCACUAUUACCUGGUAGAUGUUGUUAUUAUUAUUAUGAUAUUUAUAUAGCACCAUCAAAUUCCACAGCGUUUUACAAUGGGUGGACAAACAGACAUGUAAUUGUAACCAGACAAGUUGGACACACAGGAACAGAGGGGUUGAGGGCCCUGCUCAAUGAGCUUACAUGCUAGAGGGAGUGGGGUAAAAUGACACAAAAAGGUAAGGAUAGAAUUAGAGUAGUGACAGUAGAUGUGACUUUUUACCUAUAGAUACAGCGUACACCCUAGUGCAAUAUAUUAUCUUUACCAUAGCUAUAAUUAGUGCUAUAAUUAGUUGACCAAGCAGAAAACCCAUAAUUUCCACUCUAAAUUUCUAUUAUGCGCAAAAUGAAAAAGGAGGAGGAAUGUACUCCAUUCAAUCUUUAUAAGACAAUCUAAUGUCCCAACAUGAAUGCACAGCCUAUUUUGAGGACUGAUGAAGCAGAAGUGCAUCCAGGUUUGAAACUAUUAGUUUCUACCCCCACGGCACUGCAUUUGGUGCCUAGCCAUUAUCAAAGCCUUUUACCUUUUAUGUUACGGUUUUCUCUCUUUUAGUCAUUUCUGCUCAUUUGCUUACACGCUACCUUUACUGUUUUUCACAUUCCUGGGCCGGAGGGAUGAUGGCAAUUAUUAGAGGAGUGAGUUUACGUAGAAGUACAACUAGCCAUAAAAUCCCUCCCAACUGGUAAGUCGACAGAUCCUGAUGGUUUUGCCAAUUCAUAUAAGAAGAAAUUUUAAGAUGCCCUAGCUCUUCAACAAACACAGCUCUUGAAUGAAGCCAACACUGCCACCUCUUGGCACAUGUUAAAUGUUCCGGAAACCAAGUGAACUUCCUACUAGCCACCAACAUUUUGACCCAUAUACCUUGUAAAUUCUGACACAAAACUCUUUGCAAAGAUAUUUGCUCUGAGGUUGGGCCCCAUCCUGCCACACAUUAUCCAUGAUAACCAUGUGACAUUUAUAAUGGCAAGACAGAGAUCAGAAAAAAAGGGAAAGUACUGAGCAUCUGAAACCAUCUUAAACACCUUAACCAAAGCAGGCUUUUUCUCUGUAUUACAGAUUCUCUGAAGUCCUCCUUCUCUGACUGGAGAAACAAUUACAUCACACUUUGAGGCAUACGAGUCACCAAAACAAACAUAAAUUAUUCAAACAGAACUGUGAAAGACUAAUCCAGGAAUUUGAGCAGACCUUUCACAUAGUAGACGAAGAAUAUUUGUCCUGGUACAGCAGACUAGCUGCUUUUAAAAUGUCCCUAUUACCCAAAUUCCUCUAUUUGCUGUACAUUUUUUUUUUUUUUAUAAACCUACAAGAGUCUAUCACUGAGUUUAUAUGGGUGGGGAAGAGUUGGGGUGGCUACCAUAAUUCUCCAAAAAGCAACCCACCAUGAUGGCCUAAACCUGCCCAACAAGAAAUUGUAUUAUAAAGCAGCCCUGCUAUGCUUGUUUGUAGCCAUUCAUACCACUGAAGCGACCCCUCAAUGGGUGGCCGUAGAAUCUUUGAUUAUGCUAAGCCAGACUGUGUUACUUAUUUUGAAUCCCUAAACACUUUCAACCACAAACUCCAGCAAUGCUCAACACUAUUACAUUAAUACAACUUAAUGGGACUCAAGCUGCAAACUUUUUAUGUAAGGGUGAACUGCACUCUCUAGCCUCGCUGAUAUGGCAGAUUGUUUUGACAAUUAGGAAACCUACUUCAGCUAACACUCAAUACUAUGCCAUAUGACAAAAGCAGACAACUCAUCAAACAAACCUCCACUCUGCCCCACUCAACUUGGGUAUCUCCCAUCUCACCUAGUAUGUUUUCCAAUCAGUUGUGUCUUGGAAAGUUACAGGGUUAAAUAUAGUGCUAGCAAAUUCAAUUCUCUGGACUUUUGGCCUGGGUUGUCAGACAGGUCCCCCAAAUUGCAAUCAAUAAAAUCACUUAAUUAUGUAAAAAUAUUACAUAAAUAUGCACUUAGAAUAUAAAUAUAUACAUAUUUAUAUAUUUGAAAUCUACAUGUAGAUUUAUGAAAUUAUGUAUGUAAUUAUGUAUUUGGACAUGUAUAUAAAUCAAAAUACAGUUAGAAUAAAAUUACAUUUAUAAUUUCUUUAAAAAAAAAAAAAAUAAUUUUACAUUGUAUUUAUUUUUAAUUGUUUAUUUUUAGAAUAUUUAUAUUUUUGUUUGGAAAUGCCUAAAUCAGACUAUUGGUUUGCCUGAGAACUGAGUUGGGAACCACUGGACUAUAGUACGUCCAUGAGUUGGCUGCUGUACAAUCAUCUCAGUGAAGGCCAUUCCAUUGUCAAACUUCUGAUUGGUGCAAAUCUUCUGUUUGUGUUUUUCUCCCUUAAAACAUUGUAGUGUACAAUUAAAUUAAAAUGCCCUUGGAAAGGGUCUUUAGAAAUAACCUUUUACAGUUUACUAAUUUUGAAUAUUGCUUCCGUUAAACAAUACGUGUUUUUCCAUUAUUAAGUACUAUCCUAAUCUGAUUAUGUGUAAAACCCACUAACAGAUGAUGAUGAUGAUAAAAACUCAAGGAUAAGGGAGGGAAAAGCAGGAAAUGUGUGUAGUAAAAAAAAGAAAACAAAACUGGUUCAUUUAUUUCAAACUUCCCUAGGAAGACAAACAUUAUUUUACUCUCUAAGCCUUUUCCCCUCUGCCACGGAUCACACUCCUACCUCCUCCAUUUCUCCUCUCCAAGUCCUAUGGGCACACUCUGAUAUACUCCUAUUCGCACACUCACAGAUAAAUACUUAUAGAAACACUCAGACACACUCAUAUAGACAAACUCAAAAAUACACACUUAUAGGCUCACUCACAAAUACACUCCUAUGGACACACUCACAGAUAUACACAGAUGCAUAAAAUUAUACUCCGAUACAGACUUACAAUCAUGCAUGCACACUCAGUCACACAUUUACACUCUGACACACAGCAGACAUCCCAAGUCUCCCAGUAGUUCCGGGAGACUCCCUCAUUUUGCAUGUGGCUCCCUGAUACCUGCAGAACAUGUAUAAUAUCCCGGAAAUCACACACACAAUCUGACCUACAACUUAUAUCUGAUUGUUUGUUGGUUUUCCAGGAUAUUAUACAUGAUUUGAGCCCCCUUUCCUUAUUACUAAACAGGGACCGGUGGGGUGCCGGCACUUUUAAGAGCCGACCACAGAAUCAGUGGAUGGGGAGGAAGUGAUGACCGCCUGUCAUUUCCUCCCUUCUUCAGAGAGCCACACGGGAUGACUGGAGGGAGGAGACAGCAUGGAGUCAGCAGCUCCAGCAGUGACCCACCCUUCAGUAGCUCCUCAGUGCACAGUGUACAUUAUUCUACUGUUUCUUAGUACUACUAAUUCCCAUUCCUGGCAGCCCUACACCAUCCCUCACUUCCUGUAUUACCAAGAAUUCUGCAUGCUGUGGCUAUUCCUACCUAUAGGGAGCUGCAGCCUUUUGCCUUUAUAGUGGGAAUUUAUUUUCCACUCCCUUGCAGUCCGAUGAUUGAGGCUUAUGGGGUGGGGGCUUUGCAGACGGCAGCCAAUGAACUGCUUCAGUGUGGUACAAACCCUCAGGGAGGUCCUGCAGCUUCGUGUUGGACUUCAGCAGAGUGCCAUAGCACCAGCAUGGCUUUCUAGAACCACAAUAUAGGGCUUCUAAGGGGCUGGCUUACAGUAGCUGCUGUUUUGUUCUGGCAGAAAUAUUUAAAAAUCCAAGUCUCUAGGGCGCACCCCUGCUAUUGCACUCGAAGGCAGUCACCUUCUGUAUAGAAGUCUAGUAUAUUUAAUCUAUUAAAAAAAACAUUUAUACAGUCAUUGAUAUGUCCUACUAGAAUAUCCAGUGGUGUAACUCUCACAAAUGUAGUAAAUAGAUCCAAUAUAGAGUUGUGGGAAAUAAAAGGCUUAAAAUAUGAUUUGUAACUGUAUUUGGUGUUUUUUUAUGUUUGUUUACAUGUCCACUUAAAGAUAUCUCUCAUUUCAGGACUGCUCACACUACAUACAAUCUGCUUGGAGCUACACUGUGUUCACCAAUGUGCCUAGGAGUCAGUCAUUGCUCGGACAUGUGAAGCAUAUAUUUUUAUUUUUGCAAAUAUCUGAUUGCAUUGUAUAUAGACAUUAAACAGAUGAUCUCUACAUUUUACUUAAUAAAAAAAAAUGUUUUCCAUUGUUUCACUGUACUUUUUUUUAAGGGUUAAUGUGAUGCAGAACUAUUUGAUUUUCACUUACUUUGAACAAAAAAAUCUUGUCACAAUACAACUAUUGUUGGGUUUUGUUGUAAAUGUUAUUUAUCACUAGAACCAAGCCAUUAAUGUACACCUAAUGUAGUCAUGCAGAGCAACAUGAUUCCAUAAUCUGUCAAUCUGAAUUAAAAUUAGGUGUAGAUUGAUUGAUUGAUACAAAAUGGAUCAAACUUCAAUAUCAAACAGCAAGAACAGGCACCGAGAUCUCUUGCUUGACUUGUAAAAUGCAGCAGAUAAGAUAGCAGCACUUUAUAUACAUAUCUUAUAAUAUGACUAAAGCAAUGCAUUACAAAACCUCUUUAAAUAGAAUAUUGUACUUAUUGUUGCCUUAAUAGUCAUAUUUACCAUGUUCGAUCUUUCAUGAUAUUUUGAUGCCUUUUACC